AUUCCUGGUACCACGGUACAGGCUGCAUGCAGGAUGGCCAGCAGGGGGAGCACGCGCGCCCCUUGCUUCCACACUCCAGAAGGCAAAGAGACCUCCAGGAAAGCGCUGAGUACUGCAGCUGUUGCCUCUGGCUGACUCCCCUUGUCUGCUCCGCGCUGUACUCUCUCUCCCGUACAGUGUAACUGGCCCAGACACAACACUCAGGAGGAGCAGGAGGGAAGAUGGCGACGCUGGGAAACGAGUCUCAGCCAUUCUCAGCCCUCCCAGCCGCCAGCCCCUCACUCCAUGGCCAGUAUCAGCUCCCCCACCAGCAGCACAUCGCCGGCAAUGGGGUGACCAACUUCAGCCUCAACCUGCCUGUCAACCGGGGGCUGGAGAGAGCCCUGGAGGAGGCUGCAAACUCUGGCAUCCUCAAUCUCAGCUCCAGAAAGCUGAAGGAAUUUCCCAGGACCUCAGUGAGCCAUGAUCUAUCAGACACUGUGCAAGCAGGUAAUUUGGGGGAUUAACCCCUGCACUCAGCCUGGUACUACAGAUAUUGUUGCAGUGCAUCAAGUUAAAUGUAGUCCCCAAUCAGCAGGAGUACCAGUGCUUAGCCAUCACUAGACUAGAACCUACUGCAAGACAGAACACUGGCAUUUGUAUGCUGCAUUCAGCCUGGUCCUCCUGGUUCUAUUUAACCAUGUGAUUGCCAGGAGGAUGCAGUAAGUCAGAGCUUGUAAGAGCCCAAAGGGCUAAAUCCCUUUUAAAUUGUGGAUAUGCAUGAUGGUUAGCAGAUAAAACAAGAGCUGUGAGCGUGUUUCUGGUUUUCUAGGUGGUUUCCUUGUUAAACUGUAUCCAUAUUGUGAAUGGUGCAUUUAAUUUGAAGUUGCCAUGGUCUCAGGUUCCACACACUGGGCACAUUGUUGUUUUAUAGAGCAUCAUGCAAAUGAAUAGACUGAGAUUGAAAAGGGAAGUUUUUUUUUUUGUUUCCAUUUUUGGAGUGAGCCAUUAGCUGGUUGUUUAUCAUUCAAUGUGAUCUGUGAGAUCCCAGCACUGAAUUAGUGAGUGGGUGCAGACAGCCAGCACAGUGCUGCAUAGUAAUGUGGCUCUAGCUGUUACUGACUACCACUCUAGUGAUGCUCAUCCAGAUACGGGGCUGCUUAUAGGGUCAUUUGUUCCCAUAUACCUUUAACCAUUUGUUGGACCAGUCUGCUUCUGUAGACUUAUUGUUCCAUGAUGCUCAGUAAUAUUUCUGGCUGACUGAGAAUCUUAGAGGCUGUAUUCUACAAGCUGGCCAAUAAGCUUAGUGUUACAAUGUAUCAGGCGUGUCAGCUAUAACCUUUCUGGACCUGAAGUUAUAUUGUGACAUCUCUGCAGUGGGAUGAUUCUAUUUAGAACGAUACAGACACAGUGUUCUGAUCUGAAUAUAUGUGUCUAGAAAGGUAUAAUGGUAGAUCUGUUGUGGCAGCAAAUUAGUUAAUAUGGUUUCUGUGUUUAACCACUACACUACCAGAAAAAUCUGCAUUGCAGAAUACACCGACUAUCUGUGCAGAGGGCACUACUACCAGGAUGCAGCUAUUGCUCUACUAUGUAUGUUGUUUGUGGGUUACCAGUGGAUGAAGUACAGGGGGAUGUGGUUUUAUCACCACAUCUUGACUUCUGUAACUUAUUUGAAUGUGAAACAUGAAUCGUAAUAUUCGUUUCAUUAUUAAUCUACCAAUGGUUUGACUGGUAAACCACAUAUUUAUAAAUGUACAAGUUUUGUUUUGUUUUUUGCAAUGCUGUAUGCACAGUGUGCCCCCAUGCCAAUGGUUUGUACCAGUUGUGAUAAUACUGUAUUUGGCAGCUGUAUUGAAUGGGACAUUCUCUAGUUUGGGCAGAGCUAGCACAUUAUGCAUGUUCGAUUCCUCAGGGAUAACUGAAUCAAUACAGCGGAUUAAUAUAUUAUAUAUUAUGUAUUAUGGUUGGGCUAUUUAUUUCCUAAAACUGCUGAUGUUUCUCACACAUUAACAAAUCACAACAAUCAGUGAUAUUAUUCUUGGAAAACUGCUAAUUGAGUGUCUGUGCAGAAAUAAAAUCUGAACUGAGAGGUAUAAUUAGGUUCUCCUGUAAACUACAUCAUUUAAUGUGUAACCCUUUCAUCUCUAAGUGCUUCCAUCCGUAAAGCACUAUUGGACCAUAAUUCUCUGCUGUUGUAUAGAUAGUUGGCUGAAACAAAUUGCAAAGUACUAAAAUGAUCAUGUUCAUCAGCUAUUGGAGAGAAACAAAGUAAAAAGAACACCCCAAGGAUCCUAAAAGUGACAUCACGCUGUAGUGGUUAUAGUACCUGGAGUGUCCUAGUACUUUUAGUACAAAUUGACAGCAUACACGGAUCCCACUGAUUUCCUCUCAUCGCCUACCCUGCAUCUGCUCUUUUUCUGCAGGAGUAUCUGGAUUCUAAUUUCCUCAUUUCUAAAACACCAUAGACACAACUGGGUAACCUCUAAAUCCUGGACUGGUAGGGGUGGUGUGAGGACUGGUUUGGGAACCACUACUCUACAGAGUGAAGGAGGUCCACGCAGGACCUCACUUAUUAUGAGGGGAGUGUAAGCUGAGCACUUUGAGUCGGGUCCAGCAUUUCUUUUCUUUUCUUUGGAGACAUCCAGUUUCUACUGCAGUAGAACAUGGAUUUGAUGUAGGUGCCCAGAUCAUCCAGCUAAGUUUGUCUACUACUUACUGUUGUUUUAGCCCCAAGGGGCUUUGUGGUCCAGCAAAGCUAUGUUUGGGUUCUUAUAUUCUAGAUUGAUGAUGUAACUAGAGUUCAAUCCCCAUAAUCCUUUGCCAGAUUACUGUUCUCAAAGUAUUGUGGGGAAUAUAGAGAAUCAAUAAUUGAAGGAUUCUAGAACCAUGUGUUUUGAGGCAUGAGAUUUUUUUUUUUUUUUUUUUUUAAUUAUCAAAGCUUCAUAUUGGAUAUCAUUUUACACAAUGACUUUCUCUUAAUGUGUGUACUUCGUAUACAAAUUCUACCCAAAUCCCAUGGUUCCUUUUGAUAAAUUUAUGAUUUAUAUUUUUACCAAAAGAGAUACAUUGACAAAACUAUUUCAAGAUCUGGGGAUUUAUUCAGUAAACUGGGAAUUGUGGAGAAUUGACAAAGACUUUGCAAAUUGCAGGCAAACCCACCUAUAUGGUAAAAAUAGCCGAUUUAGCAUUUUUUCAAAUUGUGUUGUUCUGGCCUACAAUUUGUAGUUCUCAUGACGAACACAUUAUCCAGUUUUGUGAAUAAAUAACUGUAACACUACAUCAUGCAGGUUGUGUGACCUUGGAUAUAAUGAACUUACAAACUAAGCUAUCGUGGGAAUGUUUGUGAACGUAGAAUAGCCCCAUUGUGUCAUUUGUCCUGUUUCUUUAUUAAACAGUUUUUAAGUGACUCUUUUGCUAAUGUCACAUAUGCACUUCCUCCUAAGACCCAGUCUUGGGUGUGUGACUGUACAGCUUCUGUCAUACCUCAUUUAAUCUUGUACUAUAAAAAUGAAAGCUACUGAGGAAUGGAAGGGGGUUUCCACAUAAUGGAUGAUUUUUAACUAUUAAUCUCCUGUAGCAUGACCAAUGUAUUCAUGUGCAAAUUGCAAAUUGUCUCCUUCCUACAGAGCUCAAAGGCCUUGUUAUAUAAACUUUUUUUAUAUAAACACUAAGAUUUUUUUCCACUUUUGUUAUCAUUUCAAAACAUUGCAUCGAAACAUUCUCCAAAUUGCUGGCAUAGUUGCAACUCUUUAUCUUUCUAAUUCGUGUUUAUUUUUUCUGGAGUUCAGGUCUUAUAUACAGUAAACAUAAUUUGCACCCAACAAGGACAUUUGUUACUUAUACGAAAAGUCUUUGUACUUCUCAAAACCCGUCUACCUGAAGGGUAUAAAACUGACUCUUCUGCAUGGCAAAAAAAUAAAAAUAAAUUAAAACUAUGUGACCAGGACCAGAUUUACAUCACAAGCACCUGUAGGUACAGAAUUCUAUAGCUCCCCCUCCACUCCCCCCUCCCUUUCCCCAAACGAAUAAAUGACUGUACUUGGACUUUUAAAUAUGAUAACAGUUGUUGUAUCUACACAUAAAGAGUGUGGGUAGUAGCAGGAUGUAUUAACAGAAUUUAAAAAUAAAUUUAAAUUAUUUUUCCCAUAAGGCACAAAAACAUUAAAAGGAUAUUACAACGUUUGAGGUGGCGGGGCCAUGCAGAGAUUGCUUUGCUGAGUCUGAGGUGGCGGGGCCAUGCACAGAUUGCUUUGCUGAGUCUGAGGUGGCGGGGCCAUGCACAGAUCGUUUUGCUGAGUCUGAGGGGGCGGGGCCAUGCACAGAUCGCUUUGCUGAGUCUGAGGGGGCGGGGCCAUGCACAGAUCGCUUUGCUGAGUCUGAGGGGGCGGGGCCAUGCACAGAUCGCUUUGCUGAGUCUGAGAUGGCGGGGCCAUGCACAGAUCGCUUUGCUGAGUCUGAGGUGGCGGGGCCAUGCACAGAUUGCUUUGCUGAGUCUGAGGGGGAGGGGCCAUGCACAGAUUGCUGUGUUGUGGGGGUGGGAACAUGUACAGAUUGCUGUCAGAGGGUUUGGGGCCAUGCACCGAUCACUGUGUUUUGUGUGAGGGGGUGGGACCAUGCAUAAAUCAGCCUCUUUAGUCUGGGUACAGUGAUCCCAGGGUCUUGCAGACACAGGACAGUAAUAGGGAUUUUUAUUUUAUUUUUUUUAACAGGACAGGCACAUGUAUGCAGGUGUCUACUCUGAGUAAUAAGAAAUCUGGCCGUGUUUGUGAUCAUAUAGAUACUUAAAGGGACACUAUAGUCACCAGAAACAAGCUUAAUGUAGUUGUACUGGGUCCUAUAGAGCAUCUUUUAAGGCUUUUUAAUGUAAACCCUGAAUAAGCAGAGAAAAUACAUUGUUUCAAUUUCUGGCUAUUAACACCUCUAGUGGCAGUUACUGAGACGGCCAUUAGAGGUGCUUUCUGUGUCAAUGCUGUACAGUGUGCAGUGUUCCCCCAUAGAGAUGCACUGAUUGAUUUUUUUAAAUUAUUAUUUUAUUUAUUUAUUUAUUUUUCCCCAAUGGGAAAGCAUUGGAUUGGCUGAGAUCAUAAAGCUUCAUCUCUGCCAAGGAAGUGGAGUGAGGCAGGGCCUGCUGCUGUGAGAAGUGAGUAACGUCACCUUUUAAAAGGGAGGCUUGUGGGACGGAAACCUAAACUGUGAUUUUACCACCAUAGGGUAAGGAAUACAUAUUUGUGUUCCAUUAACGCUUUGUUCACCAAAGUGUGAAUUUCAAAUUUUACGACAGUGAAUAGAAUAUUGCCAUUUCUGUGAAACUAAUAUUUACGUUUGUCAGAGAACACACCUCCAGUUACUAUCAGACUGACUGCUAUUAGAGGUGCUUCCUCAUUAAAGACCUUUAAAAUUCAAAGGACUUCACAUUUGGCAUCACGACACACAGCCAUCAGUGCUUCUGAUUAAAAUAGUGAUUGCCAUGCAUGCACCCUAUAUAUCCCCAUUGCUUAUUGAAUUGGACAAAAAUCAUAGGAACUGAUUCUGUCACUGGAGGCAAAUCAGUUGCCCUGAAGAGAAUGCCUCUGUGCUGACUUGUAUGGUAUUUUAUUGCUAAUUUUCAUCAUUAUGUUUUAUUUGACUCUAAACACAUUAAGGAAUAUAAAUUAUUUAUGUGUGGUCUAUUGAUGCUUGUCAAGCUUAGUUUUAGUAGUUCAUCACUACUUAUAUCUCCUUCAGGAUAAAUAAUAUGCCAGCACUGUCCUGAUCAUAAGGGGGGUUUGCCUAACCCCCAUCUGAAAGAGAAUAUACUCGAAAUGUACAAUUUUUACUGGGAACUUCUACUUCUGGGGAUGUUUACUUAUCCCCUGUAUUUAACCAAUAUGCAUUUGUAAAGUGUGAGGACACUACUUCAGAAAUAACAGGGAAUCAUGACGGAAUAUUGUCCUUCAGGGGUCAAUAUUGGCUCCCUGUCUGUAAUGUUGUAUAUAAGCUCGACUUUUGUGCCUAGACUUCAAAAAAGAGGGAAAAUUAAACAAUGUUUCUAUAUUUCCCUCCUUAUUUGCAAUGUGUACAGUACUUUGGCUAUUUCAGGACUGAACUGGACUGCGAUGUUAUUUGCUCAAUCUUUUUUAUAAUUGAUCAUUGAAAAAAGGUAAAUAUAAGUUAUUGGUGAUUUUCUAUGUUUUAUUCAUUUGUGGAAUUUUCAAAGAAGUCAGUACGCUGCCUCCGCAAAAUGACUAUUUCAUGAAGACAGAAUCUUUAUUAAACACUCAUUUUGGCGUGUUGGAAUUUUACUGAAAUUUCAACCUAGUCAAGAGAUAUACUGAGACAAAGUUACACUUCCCAACCUACCCAGGCAAAAACCAUUGUAGAUUAUCAAGCAAUAUGAUAGAAUAUAAAAUAAAUGAACAAUGUGUAAGAUGCAGAAGGUUUUAAUACUAGACAUGUGAUACAUGUAAGAACAUGUUUAGUGUCUUGCUUAAUGCCUGUUUAAUACACCUUUUUAAUGUCUGUUUCUUUAAAGAGCUUGCACAUUGUUUAUAGUGUAAGUUUCUUUUGCAAGAUUUACAAGUCUGCAAACACUAAUAGCAAUUUGGAGAGCUGUCAGUAAAACCCUUUGAGCGGUAUUUAUAAAAGUGUGAAUUGUUAUGAAUUCAGAGUGAACUUUACAUUUUUACAUAGCUGACCUUGAAUUUCCAGCAAUUCAUACAUAAGUAAUGUUAUGGUUCUAAAACAGAUUUCUAAUCUUUAAGGGAAACUCUCCCUCUUUGUAUUCCUAACAAGAUAGACUGACAGCUGAUUGGGCCCCCGGCAAAAUUUGUUUCUGGGCCCUUUGAAGUCCAAAAUAUAUGUAUUAAGUAAAUCCAACAUUAUGACUGCAUGUUUGCAUUUAAGCUUGUAAAAUCAAUGUGAAUGGACUUUUUUUGCAUAUAACUCCAGUAUGAAUUCAUGUAUAUAUUUAUAGAAUGCCAACGUGUGCAUAAUCAAUGAGAUAUCUGAGUGUUGUGAAAUUGCGUGUGAAUGAAGGGAUGCAUUCUGUCUACUGCAAGAAUGUUAAUGCAGUCCUGUAUUUAUAUGUAAUUUCAGAUUAUCAUUGCAUGUGUCAAAGUCAGGGUGUAUGUGUAUUGUGUACUGUUAGAGUGUAGAGCAGCUGUGUGUGAAUGCAGGGGUUUAUUUGUCUGGAAUUUUGGUGUGUAAAGGCAGAAGCACAUAAAAACAAAAACAAAAAAACACUCACACUCUCUCUCACACUCAUUUAUAGGUGUUGCUGCCCUUAUCUUCCUAGAGCACUCUGCUGCCGGGAUAUGACGUAAUUUAUCCCAGUGGUCUUUAGCUCAUAAUGUGGCCGUAGCUGCUCUCAACCCCUCAGGCUGCGUUCACUCGGCUGGCACCUGAGUACAACGGCCAGGUAAUUUGGCCAAUCGGCAUGGCUACAGAGAGUGACCAGUGGGAGGGGGUAGUGUGGAGAGUCUCUGUAUGAAUGCAUGGAUGUGUGAAUUUGAUCAGUGACUGUGUGUGUGUGACAGUAGUACUCCAUUUGUUACCUUAACUCCAAUGUCUCACCAUCUCACUCCUCUAACUCCAGAUGUUUCUUCCUCCAUGCACAUUACUCCAAUUCCACCUUCACAUACUUCUCUUCCUCAUUUCACCUCAAUGUGUUUCACCCUCGGUGCCCCAUCACCCCAAUUGUGACUUUACCCAUUCACCUGUACUUCCUCUGCACCCAAAAUGUAUAUCUGCCGAAUCUCAGUUUGUAACUAAAUCACUCCACAACCCUGUUUCUACCAAUAGGCCCAAAUGUCUGUGCCCCAUCUCACCUCCAUUUGUGGCCACAACCCACCUUUCGCCUCCAACUCCUGCUGCUUAAAGUAAAACCUCUCUGCCUGUUUCUCUUGGAGAAGAGGCUCACACACACACAUGCUAUAUGGACUCUGCAUGUGUGUAAUAAAAACAAGGGAUGUGAUGUCACAUCCUAUCCUCUCACCCCACACAGAGCGCCUUGCUGGACCGUGCCAGUUGACUAAAGAGUCCUGGCAGGGAUAUGCCGCAUGCUGCCUGAUUUCACGCGGCCAGGAAAGCGUUGGGAGAAGGUGAUCAUGCGAUCAGUUGCGGUCCCACGCUGUUAGGAGCCUGUGACUAUCGCCAAGAUAUAGUAUGUUUAGUUAUGCCAGGUCAGAUGCGGAGAACCUCUGAUAUCCCCACUAGACAAUGGGUGUGCGCCGUGUCCUUACUGCCCCUGGCCCUGGGUCCACUACUGAUGUGCCAAGUGGACGGUCCGUGGCCCCGCUACUGAAUACAAAACUGUAUUCACAACACCAUAGUGUCCUCUGGCCCCUCUCUUGCCUCCCUCUCCCCGUCACAAAUAAAGGGUUAAACAUUUUUUAGUGCAGGGUCAUUUCCUCAUCUGCCUAAGUAAGCAUGUGGGGGCACAUUUCCCCAUAUGAAAUCAUUGCCUCAAUGCUUUUCUAUGGGGAUUUUCUACUUGCUGGACGUCCUCAUGCACAGCAUGAGGAUGUCCAGGGCUGUUCCAAGGAGUGAAACUCUGGGAUAGGCCACGUGGUAAUAUAUCAGCAAACUAUUAGGUCUGUAUGCAGAGCUCACUUUGACUUCUGCAAACAGCUCAUCUGCCAGUCCAUUGCCACUAAAUAUGGCCUCACCAUACCGAGGGGGUCAUCAGGUAUGAUACCUGGGUUACUUAGUGUGAGCAGGGAUUUAACUUUGCUCACGUUAUUAUUAUUGGUCUUUAUACCAUGCCAGCCUAUUCCGCAGCGCUUUACUAUAAAAACACAUCAGACCUUCAGGAUGUGCCAUGCUUACCCCCAGUCUGUGGAGGAUGGCAUGGAACAUCCGAACAUUCAUUAAGUGGUUAAUCAACUCCUCUCACUGGUUGCAGUUUCUGGCAUAAAACAUAUUUUCUGUGUUCAUCAUUAAGUGCAUUGUCUCGAUGCUUGAACAAAUAGUACUGUAUACUGACUGAACAUGUUUUUGUGUGGUAUGUUCAUAAAUCACUCCAUCGCUGCUGAAAAAAAGAGUUUGUUGGGCUGUGAAAUUCUAGCAAAGCCUUGAUCUUUUUCCAAGACAAGAGGAGAACAUCCUUUUUAUAAGAUUGUUGUAGGCGUAUUCAGAUUAAUUCCUACAUGCUGUACAAAAGAGUAGAAGACACCAAGGAGCAUGGUGUAAUUAAUAAGACUCUUUUAAACUUAAGCUACAAAACUCCAUCAAGUAUAAAGAAGUAAAAUAAUUACUGUAUUGCUUUGUAAUGAUUUGUCAACAUAGUCUGAGAUUUAGAUGUGUAUUACAAUGUUCGCAGCUGAAAUAUGUGCUUAAAGGGACAAUAACAUGUUCUGCUUAAAUGUGAAAAAGUGUUGAAGCACUUGCAUUAAUUUUAACUUAGCAAAUAGUUCUCAUUUAGACAUCCCAGGAACAAAAUGCAAUUUUCCACUUGAUAGAUGAUUCAUUAAGUUACAUGCGUGAUGUCAAAUGCAUGGUUUUAAAUGGAAAACCAAACAAACUCUUGAACUUUACUUAGAUCCAUCUCCUGAUUUCACCAUUCAAAUUAGUUAAUGGUCAAAUAUAUGAAGGAAAGCAUAACGAGGGACAAGUAUCUGCAGUCUGGUGUUUUUCAAUCAUAAAGUAACAGAAUUGGCUUAUGUCAGGGAAUGGACACAGUGCAGCACUUCUAUAGAAACCUAUGGACUUCCAAUAAUCAGCUGUCACAUCUAUGGCUGUCGCUAGUGAAAGAGAAUGUCACAGGAGAAGUAUCCGACCCUGGGAAUUUGUAGCCUCACACACUAUCUAAUUUUGCAGUGUAUAUAUUUCUCCAAUAUGCCCAAAAGUCCAAAAUUAAAAAGUCUCUAUGGUGGAUAAAUCCAGAGUGAGGAACCUGUCCAUGAAGAAUGGUUAUAAUCUUGCUAGAAGGUGUGUUCCUCAGUGUGAAAUCAAUUCUUGGCGUUUAUAUUAAAUAGAUAAUUGCCAUUAUCACCAUCCUUUUUACCUAGUACCAGAAGUUGUUUUUAUCUUUCCAGUGAGGAUAUUACUCCAAAGAAUCCUAGGUGGGGAUUAUACCACUUGAGCUGUAUUCAGUGAGCAGUUAGCCUGCUCAAUCAAAUGUGAGUAACCACUUGUUAUUUUAUUAUCUCACCUCUGGUUUUUAUACUUUAAGCACUAUUGCUGUCUCUUUUUAUAUUUUAUAUGGUUCCUAUAUCAAGCAAGACUACAUAGACCUCACGUAUCCCAAAAGUGGGGAUUGUACCAUUGUACGCUAUCAACACUAGAGCUAAGUAGAUAGCGCUAUAAAACAUGAGUAGGACCAUAGAGAUUCUUUUAUAAUUUAUUCUACACCUAACUGGGACAUACUGCACCAUUAGUUGUCAACUUUAUCUAUUUCAUAUGAACGCCAAGAAUUGAUUUUACACUGAGGAAUACACCUACUAUCAAGAUUGUACCAUCCUCCAUGGACAGGUUCCUCAUUCUGGAUUUAUCCACCAUAGAGACUUUUUCAUUUUGGACAUUUGGGCAUAUGUUCCAUUUCUCCAGUUUGUCAUAUGUGAUUGCAGUAUACUAUCUUUUUAUUUUAGUGGCACUACCUUUCAUUUAUCUGUUUUUACCAUUUAUGUUAUAGGGCCUGUGAGGGAGCCCUAUUUUUAGGUGUGCUGCCACCCUUUAUUUAUCUAUUUUUAUUGGAUGUUGUUUAGAUAGAGCGCGCUGAUCCACUUCUUUUGUAUAACAUACAGAAAGUGCUGCCCUGCAGUAUGUCAAAGUAAUAUUUUGAAGGUGGUAAAUCAAGAAUCUUGCAGCAUAUACAUUAUCCAUGAUACAGGGCAGUUAACCGGAAACUAUAAUGUUAGAAGAACAUGUUCGCAAAGCUUACAAUAUCAUGACUGCCAUGUCACCUACUACAACAUUUUUAAAAGAGACAGGGAUGUGUAUACAAACACUUGCUUAUUAACCAGAAUACAAAAUAAUCCUGCGUAAUUAUUAAUAGACUAUCUGCAAACUGUGUGCUAGUAAAUAUAGUGCCUGCUGUUUUAAUUCACAUAUAAGAUUUAUUGCCGUUUUUCAGCUGUUCUUGGUAGGAGCUCAUAAAGCUUAAAUGUAUAUGAUAUGUAUUUAUAAUCAUAAUAAAAUUACUGAAUGUUCUGUCUAUCUGCAAAUCUGUUUUCUGUUGUAUUUGCCUGACUUUACAUACAUUAUUUAUGUUAAUGGUUAAAUGCUGAGGUAACUGUUUGUUUUGUCAUGUUUACAUAUGGAUGUUUGUCUUGUAUGUGCAUGAGUUUUAUAUGCUAUUAAUGGAUACAAGACAAAAAUAGUGCUUCAUAACAUAUGUCAUUUAUUAACUAUUGUUGGCAGGUCAUAUGGCAACAUAUGUUUAGUACCAUGCAUGAAGUUGGAAAUGAUGGAAGAUGUUUGGUAGAAAAUUAGGUAAUACCACAGUAAAACAUAGAAUAAUUACAUUUUAUGCCAGAUAGCUUGAAGGACCACUAUAGGCACCCAGACCACUUCAGCUUAAUGAAGUAGUCUGGGUGCCAGGUCCAGAUAGGAUUAACCCUUUUUUUUAAUAAACAUAGCAGUUUCAGUGAAACUGCUAUGUUUACAAAUGGGUUAAUCCAGCCUCUAGUGGCUGUCUCAUUGACAGCCACUAGAGGCGCUUCUGCGCCUCUCACUGUGAUUUUCACAGUGAGAAGAUGCCAGCGUCCAUAGGAAAGCAUUGGCAAUGCUUUCUUAUGGACUGACUGCGCACGCGGCUCUUGCCGCACAUGUGCAUUCAGCUGAUGACGUUCGAAGGAGGAAGAGAGUCCCCAGCGCCGGGCUGAGUGAGUGUUUAACCCCCUUCCUCCCCCUUCAGCCCGGUGGGAGGGGGGCCAUGAGGGUGGGGGAGGGAGAGACCUAUUAAUACUAUAGCGCCAGGAAAACAAGUUUAUUUUCCUGGUACUAUAGUGGUCCUUUGAUAAUGGUAAAAGAAAAUGACAUGGUAAAGGAGGCGAUAUGAUAAAGAAGAGAGUGAGAUAACUUGAAGGAGAUUGUAGAGAGUGUGAUGUGUUUUUAGGUGGUUCAAGAAGAUGUGAUGCAAUGAAGGAGGCUACAAAGGUGACAUGUUUAAUGUAAAUGGACAUCAUUAGCAGUUAUGGAGAGUUUGAGUAAGAGGCAACAUGAUGAAUAUGGUCAGAAAUUAAUGUGAAAUGGAUUUAAGGGAAAAAGGAGGGUAUUCUAUAGUGCAACGUUUAAUGGGAUGUAAAGUAAUACAAGUCAGUUUGUUCUUCUGUUAAUAACAAGAGAUGCAAUAAGGGGACAAGUUUAAAAAAAAAAAAAAAAGGGGGCGGGGGGGGAGUGCAUGCGGGUGAAAUGUAAUUUGCUUUGUUGUGUUCAUGCACGGUCAUUUGAUGUCAUCAAGAAAACACUCCUAGUACACAUCAGCAUAGAGGAGCAGUACCAGACCCUUUCUCAUACACCAAAAUGAGAACUGAUUCUCUCCUACAAGGAGGGAGUGAAAUCUAGGCUGAACAUUAGAGGAAAGUGUUGCAUGUGUUGGAUAUAUAGGGUUGGCAGUAUUAUCUACAAUGACAGAGCUAGAUUAUUUAUUUUACAUGUGUUUACACUCCUCCUUCCUUUCUUAUGGACAUAUGGUCCCAUGCUGGAGAUAUUUCUAAUGAAAAUAGAAAUUGAUGUUAUUUUAUUAAUUAAAUCCUGUAUCCUUCAAAUUAGUUAGAGCUACCUAAAAUGGCAUCUUCUGAAGACACUAGUGGAUAUUUGAUUGUAAGCUUAUGAGCACAACUCAAAAAAACUCUUCUAUAUUGGUUCUUUAGUGAUUGUCAGAUAUACUCUAUCUCAGGUUAUUUGAUCUUCUUUAGGGUCUCCCAAAGUUUAGAAUGGAGGUGUGGAUUCAUUGUGCCUAGAAUUAUCAUACAGUAUUUCUGUGUUCUGUUGUGCAGAAGCGACCUGCCGAUAUAUGGACUUCCCUUGUGUGGGAUCAGUCUGAUAUGUCAAUGAUAUGUUUCCCCUGUAAUGCAUUAGUGUGCUAAACCUCAUGUGAAACAUAGGCAGAGACUAUUUGAAGGGCAAGCUGUUAAUUAUUAUUAUCAUCCCUUUGUAGUAUUCUCAUACACUCUAGUUUUGAUUACUUUAUUUUAUGUGUUUUGCAACGUUAUUUGUGGUGGUGUAUAAAACCACAAAAGAAAAAAACCCCACAGGCUAGCUAGCCUUUGAUAUAUUGCUUGAUGUGUAAACUAACUAUCUAAAUCAAAUUAAUUCUGAAUGAGGCAACAAAAAAAAUUGAAGAUGCAAGCAACUUCAAAAGAUGCUUUGGAGCCUUAGAACCACUUGUUUGUUUUGGCACUGCAUACUCAGUAGUUAUGGACUUAUUAUUCACUAAGCAGAUAUUAGGGGUGGUUUAUGGUCACAGAGUGGGCUUGUAUAACUUGGCUAAAUACAGCAUUGUCCAGAAUACAAUACAGAGGGAUUUUAAAAAUACUUAAAUGAAUAUUCAUGUGUUUAAGAAAGGCAAAAAGUCAGCAGAUCUGUUACUAGCGUCGUGUUUAAUUGGUGACAUUCAGUCCAAGCAGGAAAACUUAACAUGUGUCUAAAUCUCCAACAUCCUACUCCGCAGGUAGUUAAUGAUUGCUCAUAAUAGAGCUGUUCAUGGCGACCCUAAGUCAGAACACAUUAGCGUUUGAGAAUAGGGAGUCUCGUGAUACACAGGGGAGCCAAGAACAUAUGUUUGUGCUGCUAUAUAAUGCAUGAUGCCGAUAUUAAUAUGUUUACUACUGUAAAGAAAAAGUCUAUUUAAUGGACAGUUCCACUUGAUUUACUUUUGAGAACCUUAAGGUUUAUUAAAAUGCUAGAUUCUAAUGGACAGAACAUGAGAAUGGAGAAAAUUCUACAUUUAUUAAUCCAAAACUAGAAUACCUAUGGAGCUUCAUUUGCCCCCACAUGAUUUCCGAAGAAACCCAAACCAUAGAGCUGUGGGAGCUUUGCCUUACGUAAACCUUGCAGUUGAGAAGUAACGAGAUGUAAUAGUGCAAUUAGUUAGUGCUGAACUCCAUACAGCUGCUUAUUUAAUGUUUGGCUUAUAGGACUCCCUUGGGCAGGCUGAAUUGAAUGGGAGAAUUGUAAGAUUCAGAACGCAGAGCUGUAUGGUUAAUAAUUAGGUAAACAUUGCUGAGUGCACAUUUCUGCCUUUUAAAACCAGCUUGCAUAUUAAGCUACAAGUUUUCGGCUUUUUUUUUUUUUCUUUUAUUCCUUGUUAUCCCAAGGCAUAAUUAAGACUGCCAGAAGCUAUGUAUGGUUAGAUCAGACUGCAACAUAUUUAAUAUUUUAAAAGAAAACAAUAUGACCAAAAAUAUAAGCAAGAAAAAAUAAAAGAUACAGACAGAUCAGUCUCUCUCCAGACAAAGUAUCUAAUCCUGUUUAUGGUCUGUUCUUGUCCCAUUGAUUCCUAUCCUCUUUAUGGGUAGGAGAGAUGGAUCAGUCCAAAUUCUGAGUGCAUAGCUAAUCCUAAUCAGGAAGACCAGUCGCUGUCUGUCGGAGUGAAGAUAAUGCGUUUUGAUAGGUUAGAGGGCGUGGACAGGGUCCUUCCAUGCACUGGAACUACUUAAAAAAGCUAACAUUAAAGGGACACUUUAUUUCAUUAAAGUUAUCUAGGUGCAGUGUUUACAUUGCAGGCUUAACUCAAUCUCUAGUGUCUGUCUUCCAGAUAGCCACUAGAGGAGCUUCUUCCAUAGCAGAGUUUUACUCCACAAAAUGACGUGGGAUGUCCUCAUGCUUUCCAUGAGAUCGAAUGGCAUCUUCAAAUUCCCAUUCGGAAAUCAUUGAUUCAAUGCUUUCCUAUGGGGAAGCUUUAAUGUGCAUGUGGCAAGUACCACACAUGCCUAUUAGGGCCUACCAUCACCGUGAUAUCGUGGGAGGAGGAGACCUAGCCAAAGACAUACCUGAAGAGAAGUGGGAAAAAAAGGAUUUUAAACCCCUUUCAUCACUGGAUGGUUUGGGGGUAUCUAAGUUAGAGACAGGGACACUAGUGUCAGGAACAAAGGUUUGAAUUUCUAAUGCUACAGUGUUACAUUAUUCUGUUUGCCAUAUUGUUUUAAAUGGAUUUAUGAUUCUUCUGGACUAACAUUGCUACUUCAGUCUACAAAACCGUUUCAUGGAAAUACAUUUUCGGUGACAAAGCCACUUUAAGAGCAGAUUUUGUAUUUUAUGGAAGAGGUUUUUAGUGAAAACCCAAGGAUUAUUGGUGAUUAAAUGAGCAUCAUGCAGUAACCAUUCAUUAUGCUUACGCGGCUGUUUGUGUAAUUGAAUCACUGAACAAUGACUGCACAGGUGCAUGUUCUUAUUUUUUUGUUUAUUGGCACUUUAAUUACAUUUUGUGUUGUUGACAUGCUGUGAAUGAUUCACCAAAGAUGUUUGUGUAGAAGCAGCAGGAAGGUUUAUUCUAGGGGAAUUAUUUGUUUGCAGAAAGAGUAGAUUAGAGGAAGCAGUGAAGUGGCUCCAAUUUGUCUUCUCGUUUGCCAUUGGUGGUUGGUACCCUUAAAGGCUUAGAAGACCUGAUGAAAGGGAAGCGAUCAUAACAAGAAGUAUAUUUGUAGUGUUUUUAGCUUAGUUUUGCUUUAUCUUUAAGUAUUCAAUUGUACAAAGUAGUUUAGUGUACCUACAAAACCAAACACUAUUCGGGUAAUUCAUAAAACACUGGAAUUUAUCCUGAUGGACAAACUCAUGUGAGAAUGUCUAAAUUCCAGAGUGGCAAUUCUUAUAUUUACUAAAGCCAAAUCUGGUCGGGAUUCAAUGAGACCGAACUAACUAAUCUGUAGCAAUUGACUAGGUGCAUUAGAGGUCUGGUUUUAAAUGAGUGUUUUUAGAUGUGAAGCUUACAUACAAAUUAUGAGAUUUAGAAUACUCUUUAAAGCACCAAUUUUGAAGAAAGAAAAAAGUGCACCUGAAUGCAUCAAGCUUUAUUCAUGUUCGCAAAUCCUACUAUGCUUAGUAGAUAUGCCGGGUUAUAAUAGAGGUCUUAACCUCCCUUAUAGUAAUAAAGGGGUCAUUUUAACUCAUAGGAUUUUUGUUUUUGAAUUCUCUUAAUGUGGCUGUUGGCUAAGAUGUGCUGGCCAGUUGCCAGAUGGUUAACCCUUUCAGUGCCGGGUAGGGAUAGACUGAUUAUAAGAGCCAAUAUUCAGCACUUUACUGAUAAUUGGUAUUAGCCUUGUAAUGUAUCUAUAUUACUGAUAACUCACUCCCCUUUCCCAGUCACCACACACUGUCUUCUGUAUCCGGAAACUCUGGCUGCGAGUUUUUGAAGUGCCACAUCGUGACCUCAUGUCACCCCUUUCUGUGACUCCCCGCAUGCGGAGCUCCGCUAAAGGCAGGGAGGUGAGACAGUGAAUAAUCUACUGUAAUGUACUGGGCUGGCUGCCUGAUAGUGAUGGGAUUAUGAUUGCUGUCAGCAAAUUUAUUUAAAUUUUCCAGCAGUCUUCCUAGUUGUAUUCCCAUUACACAUUUGCGUGCCAGUACGUUUAUAAAUCAUGGGAGCUGAAAAGUGGGUGGGCCAUUGAAGCGAACCACGUCACUGGCUCCACCCAAAGUGGGCGGACCUUAUAGAAAUGGAGUGUCCACAAGUAAAUUUGACAGGGCAGUCUGGUGUGCAUGCACUCCAGGUUACCUGCCAAUCAAGUAGAAGCCCACCAAUGGCGGACCAUGCAGUGAGCAUUGUUUCAGUGCUCUGCAUGGUCCUAAUGCCCUGAGUAUAGCACAAGCAUGUCUAAUUCUUUUUGUUGGGGACAAUUCCCUGGUGUUACUAAAAGCAGGACCAGGGACCAAAAUUGGGACAGGACACAGUAUUCAGGACAUUUGGUAGGCCUACAUUAGGUUUACGGUGUAAGUUAGUGGAGGGUUCAGUCGGUAUAAGUGGGAUUGGCCUUGGACUAAAACCCCUGGAUCUGUCUAUAGAAGAUUAUAAUUUAAGCGCUUUGUAACUUUUCACAUUUUAUACAGAUAAAACAUUAAAAUAUAGGGUCUGGUUUGUAUCUAAACAGCCUCUUUAUUUAUUUUUAUUUUUCCUUUUUUCCAUGUGAUAUUUUUUUAAAAAUAAUCUAUAUGAAGCAUAAAAAAAUAUGGGAUUAGUCGUUUUUACCUAGACCAGCCCUUUGAGCUUUAAAUGUCAGGCAACCGCAAGAUGCUUUUUUACAUCCUGGAAAAAGAUCAGUUAUGGUUAGAUAAUGAAUGAUGUGACAGUGAUGCAGUAGAGACAUACAUACAAUUUAACAGUGGCUGUGAUAAUAAGUGAUGUUAUUUUGUAUUGUUGUGACUUAAAUGUAUUGUUUCACAUGUAUUAAAAUAACAGACCUGUAGAUCUUACAUUAUUACUGCAGGCAGUUAAUUAUAAACGUAUAGGGGGAAACGUUUUGUCCGUAAAAAAUGAGGCAAAAUGACAGAAGUGGAGCAAUAGAUAUCAGUGGGGCGAUCCUGUCUGCUUUUUCCUAAAGGCACACGUCACUGCCCAAAUGAAAUUAAUAAAAAUCACUGUUAGGCAAAGAUAGCACGGAUGCAUUUAACUAGACAUUUUCAUUGAGAGUAUAUCUAACAGCCUGAAAAAGCUGCAGAUCUCAUCUGGAGCCUCUGCAAGACACCCCAGUCCCCCCAAAGGUGUGCUGAGAAAAGGCCUGCUAUAUUAUAAGUCCCAAACCCGCUAUUUAAAAAGUUUGAGCGGAUUAAGUACAUCAAUCUUUUUGCUAGAAAUGUAACCAUUACAUAAAUUCCACAAAUUACUAACGGAAAAAAGGUUAAAGGAUAUGGGUUUUUCGGUUAGGGACUAGGAAUGCUUCCAGGCAUUUGAUGUGCUCCUUGAAUCUAAUUAUCCAAAUACACCGAUCCAAGAGCAAUUUCACCCCUAAUUUUAAGGAGCUUACUUGUAAAUCCAUACAAUAGAUUGACGCUAGCUCUCUACAACUUAGACCUUGUGUUAACCUUACCCCUAAGGAAUGGAAAGCAUUGCUAGAACUUCCCAAAAAAUUGGAAUGUCAUUAUUAAGCCCGCUGAUAAGGGGAGCAAUAUUUGGUGAUGAACAGAACACACUACAUUAUAGAUGGCUAAAAAUAUCCUUCGAGACAAUCUCAGAUAUCCUUUAUUAAGGAAUAGGGCUUUUGAUAAGAAAGUGAUUUUGUCAGGAAUCUUACCUGAUGUGGAGUUCGGUAUGCAGAGAUAUACACUCACCCUUGCAAAUAAACACAGACCAGGGUGACCAGGCAAGAAGCCACCUGGCCUGUGAGUCUGUGCACGGGGGAUAUACUCAAAGUCGCUGUACAGGUAAGGACAAGCAAAAGCGUAGUCAGGGGAAGCCUGAGGUCAGAGAAAAUGAUGAGAAGAGCCAAGGUCAGGAGCCAGGAACGAACUGGAGAACACACGAUCUGGAUACUCAGAAACCGGAACCAAAAACGUGAAUCAGAGUCAAUGAAUUGACACUGCUCUCAGGGAGAGGCAGUGCCUUAUGCCUGGCUAAUUAGUAAUAAGCUACAGGUGGACCAAGAUUGACAGGAGCAGGCACAGGUAAAGUCCAGCCCCCAGUGCUGGAGACAUGGCAAGGAUAAGCCUCAGGCUCAAACAAAAAUUGAAGUAGCUCAGAAGCAGGAACAUAAGCUUAGAACUACAAAGUUCGCAGGUUUAAAUCCCCUGUUGGGCACUUCUGGGACGACCUUGUCUGGCCGUCUGGAUGUCACGUUGAGAAUCGUGACCGAUUUAUAGUGAUUCAUAUGCUUUCAUCUUGGAUAAGUCCCACCGGAUCUUCACAUUUUACUGCCUCCCUAAAGUUCAUAAACAAUAUGCCAACCUAAAGGGAAGGUCGAUUGUAUCAGGGACUAAAAACCUUACACAGAGAUGCAGUAUAUGUGGAUAGGGUUUUAAGAAUUUGGUCAGCAAGCUUAUUUAUUUUUUAAAGGAUACUAAAGAAAUGAUGUGUCUACUUGUUACUAUCAAAGUUCCCACAGGCACUCUAUGCAGCCUUGAUAUUGAGGCACCGUACUCAAUACCCUUUAAUUUAGGGUUGGUCACAUUCGACAAUUACUUGAGAGUAGGGGGGCACCACAUUAUGAACAUACUGAGUUUGUUGUUGAAUUAUUAUAUUUUAUACUCACACACUAUUUUUUUUAUUUUUAUAUUUCAUAACCUCUUUUAUCAUCCGGUGCGGGGCACUGCGAGGUGAUAUUUUGUACCAAACCUAUACCAACCUAUACCUUGGUUGGUGGGAAAAAUUUGAGUUCUUCACAGACUAAUAUUACCAUUUCACACAGUUCAUAUUUUUGUGGAAAAGCUACAUUGAUGAUGUAUUGAUAAUUGAAUGAAUUGAAUGGCACCAACGAGCUAUUUAAUGUUUUGUGGUGUGUCAUAAUGAUAAUAACCUUAAUCCAAAGUUCUCUGUGGAAAUUGGGAACCCAUCCCUGAAUUUUCUUGACUGUACAUUAUCCAUUGAUGAAUCUGGGAAAAUACAGACUUCCUCAUUUAGGAAACCCACUGCAACAAACAGUUUAUUAAGAUGGUACAGUUACCAUCCAACAACUGGAUGCCAGCUUAAUUACUGGGGUUAUAGUACUGAGGGCUAUUAUGGCCCCAUAUUUAGUAAUAUUCUCUGAGGUUCAGCCUUAACUGUAGUUGUUUAUAGUUUGCUAUGGAGGAGGAAGUGUAAUUGUUAAGAACAAUUAUUUAGAUGCACUUGGACGUCCUAUAAUGAGCCGUACAUUUAGGAAGCCCUAGCUGUAUAGGUACAGACUCUGGCAGGGCAAGGCGUUUAAGGUUGGAAAAAUCUAAGAACUAGGUAUAUGAACUGACCUUACUUCAGUGUUCUUAGAGCUAUAUAUUUCCAUUACUCUGUUGUCAAUGUGUGUCAAAUUGUCUGAAUCCUUUGGGUAAGUCCCUAGCUUGCACCUUAUUGUGAAGGGUCUGAGAAAGCCAUUUAGAUAAUGUUAUAGCAAUAAUGUUAUUCCAGUUAACUUUGGAAGCCAGUGUGCAUAACUCAGUGAUGUAUUCCAACUCUGACCUAGAUCCUUGCUUGAUCCUCCACAGUCUUUAGCGUCAUUUUAACCUAACCAGGACUUUCGAGGGCUCUUUUGAAAUCAGCAAUACAUUUCUGGUAGUUGUUUGCUAUUGGCUUAUAACUUUCCUAAGAAAUUAUUUUUCAACAACCAGGGUAGGCGGGAAUGAGGCAUUUCUUGAUAAACCCCACCUUCACUCUGUCAGAGAGCUAUGGUUUUAGGAGGGAAAACGUGAGGUUUUGUGACAUUUCCUCAGAUUAAAUUCUUUCUCCAAAAUCCCACUUUGUUUCUGCAAACCCUGAUGACUCCAAUCCUCUCCAUGCACUGUAUCUUACCCUAUUAUUAAUGACUUUCUUGGGCUAAAAUGGAAUAUUGGUAUUACAUGCUCUAGUCUACUUGCCAAUGAGAGUAGUCUACAUUGGUGGCUGGACAGGCCCAGGAGAUAAAAGGUUCCAUACAGGGUUCCAAAUAUCUGGCAGAGAGGCAAGCAUCUAUGUCUUUUUCUCCUCUAUCUGGCCCUUAGCUUUAUUUGCAUUAAUUAUUAUUAUUAUGUUAUUUAUAUAGCGCCAACAAAUUCCGCAGCACUUUAGAUUGGGUGGACGAACAAACAUGUAGUUGUAACCAGACAAGUUGGACACACAAGAACAGAGGGGUUGCACAAUGAGCUUACAUGCUAGAGGGAGUGGGGUAAAGUGGUAAGUAUAGUAUUAGACUAAUGACCAUUGCAAGAGAGGAAUCAGUCGGGAGCUAUUAGCAGUUUAAUUGAUACGCUUUUAUGAAGAAGUGGGUUUUUAAAUGAUUUUUUGGUGUGGAGACUGGGUGAGCAUAUAAUGGAGGAGGGAAGUGAGUUCCCUAGGAACGGUGCAGCCUUGAGAAGUCUUGAAGGCGAGUAUCAGAGGUGGGAGUACGGACAGAAGAUAGACGUAAGUCUGCAGCAGAGCGUAAGGGCCUAGAUGGGACAUACUUGUGUAUUAGGGAGGAUAAAUAGGUGGGAGCAGCAUUGUGUAGAGAUUUGAAAGCAAGAACCAGAAUUUUAAAUUGAGCCAUAUAUCUUACAGGAAGCCAAUGUAGGGACUGACAGGAGGGUGAGGCGUGGGAGGUGCAGGCGGACAGGAUGAGCCUUGCUGCCGCAUUCAUUAUGGACUGUAACGACGCAAGUUGGGAGCACGUAAGACCACUGAGAAGCAAAUUACAGUAGUCAAGGCAAGAAAGGACAGUGGAAUGGACCAGCAUCUUAGUCGCAUCUGGUGUUAAGUAGGGUCGGAUGCGCGCAAUGUUUUUGAGAUGGAAGCAGCAGGAUUUGGCGAUUGACUAAAUCUUUGAGUAUCUUCUCUAAUAAAUUUUGCUUUUAAAUUUGAAGUAGUGUUAGACUUAGUCAUGAUAUGUUAUUUUUACAUAAUCUUUAUAAUCUAUUUUUAGAAUACUCUUCAAAACCGUAUUAAGCUCCGAACAAAUCUGUCAAAAAAUCUUUACAUUAAAUGUUAACGGGAGGAUCUUUAAGUUGUGUCCGUUGGGUUUACACAGAUGGCAUUUUUGGAUUUCUUGUACUCUGAUCACAUGCAGAUUGAGACAUGUGGCACAGGGACAAGUUCAUCUAAUUAUAGCUUUGUCAAAAAUAAACACAGCAUUUAUAUUGAGGUUUAGCUUCUAUUAAAAAAAAGGCAUAAACAAAGUAUUGGGGAAAUAUGAUUAGAAAGAUAAGAUUUAAAAAAAGAAAAAAAAAAAUCUGCUUCAAAUGCACUUUAAAGGACUUUUGAUCGAUGGUGCACAUAUUUUAUCGCUUGUUUGAUCCAGACUGUGUUCUCUUUUUUUUCCAGCUGGAAUCUCAAUAAUUUACACUGUUAACUUCUGCUCUCAUCCAUAGUUAGCGGACUCCCAUUGACAUUCUUUCCCUAAGAAACAUGCCCACACUUCAUUCCAGAAUGCUGGACAUGGCUACUGGUCUCUUUCUCUGUCUGCUCAUUGUACAGUCUCUGCUGGUCAUAUUUUGAAUGUCCUCUAUCUCUUAUUUAAUAUUAGAAGGCUUGCACAGUUUGAGUUAUAUUUCUAUAUGAACUAACCAAAUUGUGUUUAAGAAUACAUUUGUCUACUUCUGACUUUUGUAUUUAUCCAAAUUCCCAUUAUAAGUAAUCCAUACUUUUUCAUGUACAAUGUAACUGAUACCUUAUCGAUGUGUACAUAUUGGACAAUACAAAUACAGUCCAUUAUCUCUGUGCAGAUGGGACUACUUUAUUUUAUGGUGGAUGUUAAUUUAUUAGCCAUCUGGUGACUGCAUUAAUCCAUUAGUUAUGUUUGUUUCUUCUCUUUCUUCUUAUAAUACUUUCUCCUGCAUAGAGUGUUUUUUGUUUUGUUUUUUAUCACUACCGCUGGAACUUACAAAUCUAGAUCAGAUCAUUCAUAUAGUUUUACUUUGUGUUUUAGCAUAUGGUCUUUGAAUUUUAACUCUUAAUUAACUGACCACCACCCAAAGAAAAAAGGCUUACAAAAAUUUGGAUUAUCCGGGUUAUUCACUAAAGUGUGAAGUGGCAGUAAUUCAAAGUACCCGUAUAUACUCGAGUAUAAGUCGAGUUUUUCUGCACUUUUUUUGUGCUGAAAAACCCCCACUCGACUUAUACUCGAGUCAAUGUCUGUAUUAUGGCAAAUUACAUUGCCAUAAUACAGACAAGGACCGCUGGGCUCAUUACAAGCCCGGCGGUCCUGUUGGGGGCUGGCAGCGAGCUGUAACUUACUUUUCCUGCAGCUCCUGUCAGCUCCCUUCACCUGCGUUCCGGUCAGCUCCACUGCACUCAGACCACGAGACUUACAGUGGAGGAGAAGGGAGCUGACAGGAGCUGCAGGAAAGGUAAGUUACAGCUUGCUGCCAGCCCCCCUCCUACACAGCCCAUGCCACUGGACCACCAGGGAAUGAGAGCCCCCUUCCCUGGCCAGCUAACAAGCAGGGAGGGGGGACGAAAAUAAAUAAAUACAAAUUUAAAUAAUAUUAAAAUAAAAAUAUUAGUAAUAUAAAAAAAUAAUAAUAAAAAAAAACUGCCCACCCCCCACCAAGGCUCUGCAUCACAUACACACACACACACACACACACACACACUGCAUUCAUAUAUACACACUGCAUUCAUUAUAUACACACCCUGUAAAUAAAUAUUCAAUUAAUAUAAUUUUGGGGGGAUCUAAUUUUAUUUAGAAAUUUACCAGUAGUACCACCCUAGUCUUAUACUCGAGUCAAUACGUUUUCCCAGUUUUUUGGGGUAAAAUUAGGGGUCUCGACUUAUAUUCGGGUUGAUUUAUACUCGAGUAUAUUUAAAAUUUUAAGUCCUAAUAGCUUAAAUGGAAAAAAACUGUUUCCAAUCUAUUUUAUUUGCCUUCAUUUUGGUGAUUAACUCUGUAAAUAUUGAAAACAAGAUGGUAAAUGAGUAAUUUUUUACUGUGGACCAAAAAUAAAAUGAAUCUGAAAUCAAAUAAAAUUACUUCCACUACUAGUGAUAAAAACCCUGAAAUUUGCCUUUAGGCCAACAAUUUUCUCCAUUAGAAAAUGGUGGUUAUUUUCUCCAUUAGAAAAUGGGCAGGUUUACAUUUUCUUUUUUAAAUAGCUUUACAAUCUCUCUAUAACCAAUGCAUAAUAGUUAUCUCUACUUCAAAUUUCACAAUGUUGACUGAACAUAAAAUUAUUUAUUGAAGGUAUUUCCCUUAGAGUUAUAAUGUUCCUGAUCUAUACUGAAAUUACAAAUCUUUGAAUGACACCUUAACCUUUCAUAUGCUCUGACUUGUCCAAAUAUGUCCACCAUGGAGCUCGACAGAGAUCAAAUAAGAAUUUAAUGGAACUUCCAACAGAAGGGUCAAACUAAAAAGAAAAAGCGAAAACAUGAAAGGCCACCUUGAGGGCUGAGCUCCGUAGUGGAAGGUCUGCCACCAUGUUGUCUAUACAUAGUCGGGCCAGUUAGCUUCUUUCAAAUUAGAGGUCAACUUUCAUAUUGGCUUAGGAGGCAGAAACAUUGUUGUGCCCAUGAUAUUGUGGGCCCAUGUUCUCACCAUGUCUGCAGUGAAGGACUCUGCUUUCAAAUAAGUAUUGUCUGGCAAGUAUAAUAUGCAGUGCACGGGGCCUGUUGUGUCUAGGAGCCUAUCCUGGGUGCAUUUUGAGGUCUCUCUCUUAAAGGGUCAUGGCCCAUGUGUGCCACAGGUCAGCAUUAAGAGUGUCUCAGGCAUUUAUCUGGAAGGACUGGUCUUGGGUAGUCAAAGCAUAAUUAGUUUCACACCUCCCUCUCUUCCUGAGCCAUAAGUGCACAAAUCUCUCCAGAUGGUCAUGUGGUGUCCAUUCAGCUAAACAGUGGUGUCAAAUAUUUCUUAGGUCAAACAUACAGUAGCUCUCACUAUCCAGAAUGUCUUCUUUGUCAUCCAGUUGAGUCGACAGACUCCCUUGUAACUCUUGUACCUGGGGCUAACCCCCACAAAGGGAGACUCUCAUUUAUCAUCCUCCAGCCAUGCCAUCACCCUUCCAAUGUCUUUUCACUGGAUGGGGCAUCUCUUUUUGGGAGUAGUCUGAGUCACCAUAGUCUGCUGAGUAAUGAGCAGCUAUUUUAGAAGUGGUCAGUGGUUUAACCGGUUCUGGUAGCUGGAAAAACACGUUUGAGAGUGAUUUUUCCACAGUGGCCAUAACUGCUGAAUUUAUUAUGGAUAUUUAUAUUAGUGGAAUGGGACUGAGCCUCUUGCAUGUUGAAAAUUUAAAAGGGUCCCAAUGUGUAAAAAUUCUGUACGUAACAAGGCAGACUGAAAACUAGGACAGAGACGGGAAACCAGACUCAAUUGAGGCCUCAAUAUAAUAGUGAAAAAAUAUCCACUCUUAACAGGAGAUAAUGCUGCAAUAUGUAGAAAGGCAGACAUUGGAAUUCACACAGCAAGGUCUUACCUUAGCUUAUUGACCGAUGUAUAUGGAUAUAAACACCCAGUCUCACUGUGCAGCAGACAAGUAUCUGUAGUUAUAGAUAAACCCAGUAGUAUAUACAAGUUAGGUCUAAUAACACACAGGAGAACAUAUGUUUGUGUGGUACAUAGAGCCAGUAGUUGUACCAGACCAAACUAUUGUCCAGAACAAGGACAGACCGAGAAAAAGAGCAGCGGCAGUCUGGAAUUAUGGGUACAUAAACAGUAACUACAGUAAAAUAGAUAUAAGGUAUAGUGUAGUACAAAUAACUGAUAAGUCUCCCCCAUAGUAGUGUAGAGCAAUACGUUGACCUGUGUCCUAUUGGAGGAGCAAAGAAAGAGAAGUUUGUUUUUUCUGAUUGGUUGAUUGUUACUGUAGUUUUUUUGUUUGCUGCUUUUUUUGAGUCAAUAAAGGAAGAUAAACAAAAUAUGAUGCAUACAUGUAUGUACUUACAGACUAGCCCCCAAAAAAUCACUUCAUAUAUCAGACUGCCUAGCUAUAGAGCAUAAUGUGAUUUCUCCUAAAACAUUGGUGUCUUUCUUUCCUCCAAAGUUUUGUGGAGGAGCUACAACUCAAACAACCUAAUUUGAAUUUGUGUACCUCUAGGAAAGUGGUUAUUAACCAGUCGUAGAAGCUCCUAGACUUGUGCACAACUAAAAAAUUUGGUUGAACAUUCAGGCAAAAAUCAGAUAAAGUCAGGGCCGGCGCUACCAUAAGGCGGCCCAGGCAAUGUCAGACACUGAGCUCCCCUCCAACCAGCUACUUCUUAAAGCAUGGCCGAGUGCAGCCCAGAGCUUUCCGCCAGCCGAGCCCAGCCUCCUACUGCCCCCUUUUCCCAGCCUUUUACCAUAGUGUCUGCCUCAGGCUGUGUGGAGGGGUUGGGGAUAUAAAUUACAUCAUAUCCCUGCUCCCUGUGUACCACACAGCGUGGCUGGUGCCCAUUGAUGGGGCUGGGCUGCAAGACAGGACUCCACAGAGCUGGACAGCAUGCACCCCAGGGACCAGAUUGAACAGAUGUAAGUAUGUAAUUGUGACUGUGUGUGUAUGUAUGUAUGUCUCUGCAUGCAUGUAUGUAUUUCUCUGUAUGUAUGUUUCUGUAUGCCUGUAUGUGUGUCCAUGUAUGCAUGUUUCUGUAUGCCUGUAUGUUUCUGUAUGUAUGUGUCUUUAUGACGGUAUGCGUGCAGGGGCCCAUUUGCCUUGGGCGGCACUAUCUGGGGGGCGGCAAAAAAGGCCACCCCCCAAUUGCCCUGGCAAAUGCCUUGCCAGCCUCUUGUCCUGGGGGGCCCAGGAGCUGGCCACCUCAGGGCCCCCCGAGACUGGCAGUGGCAGCACUUUCAGGGCAGGCGGCAAGGGAGCACUGAUCCUCCUGUUCAGCUCUCUCGGGCGCACCGCAGUGAUGCCGGAGCCGGAAUAUCACGCCACUUCAGCCCCGGCAUCACUAUGCGGCACGCCCAGUAGCAGAACUGGAGGAUCAGUGCUCCCUCGCCGACUUCAGUGAACGACCAAUUGCCCCCAGGAAAGAGAGAAUCCACCCCAGCACUCCCAAAGGUAGGGAGGCUCGGGGGAUUGAAUAAAAAAAAGAAUGUGUGUGUCUGAUAGUGAAUGUGUGUCUUAUAGUGAAUGUGUUUAGUAUGUGUGUGUCUGUUAGUGAAUGUGUUAGUAUAUGUGUGUCUGUUAGUGAAUGUGUUAGUAUGUGUGAAUAUGUUAGUAAGUGUGUAUCUGUUAGUGAGUGUGUGUCUGUCUUUCAAUGAGUGUUACUAUGUGUGUGUCUGUUAGUGAGUGUUAGUAUAUGUGUGUUAGUGAGUGUGUAUGCAUGUCUGUUAGUGAGUGUUAGUAUAUGUGUGUGUUGGUGUGUGUGUGUGUGUAUCUGUUAGUGAGUGUUAGUAUAUGUGUGUUAGUGAGUGUAUAUGCAUGUCUGUUAGUAUAUGUGUAUGUUAGUGAGUGUGUAUGCAUGUCUGUUAGUGUGUAUGUGUAUUUAGAGGGCGGGGCGGGGGUGCCUGAGUUUUGUCAUGCCUAGUUCAGCACAGAACUAGGAUACACCACUGUAUGCAUGUAUGUUUCUGUAUGUCUAUAUAUGCCUGUAUGUCUCUGAAUGCAUGUAUGUAACUGUAUGCCUUUAUGUCUCUGUAUGUACGUAUGUAUGUAUGCCUGUACGUCUCUGUAUGUAUGUUUCUAUAUGCCUGUAUGUAUGUGUCUGCAUGCCUGUACGUACGUAUGCAUGUAUGUAUGUAUGUAUGUGGUAUCAUGCUUGAUAAAGACCUGGGUACAGGUCAAAAUAUUGCAGAUCCAUUAAAACUGCUUUGAACAUAUCACAGUGAGUGCCUGAGAUAUUUUUUCUUAAAUGUAUGUAUGUGUCUGUAUGACGUUAUGUCUCUGCCUGAAUGUGUCUGUGUGUCUCUGCCUUUGUGUAUGCAUGUCUGACUAUGUCUCUGUGUCUGCCUGUCUCUGUAUAAUUAUUUCUGUGUUUGUAUGACUGUGUGCCUGAAAAACGACAACUGUGUGCCUGUGGCUUGGGAGGAAAGACACCCAAAGGGACCUGGAGGGGAGGGACACACAAAACGGACUGAGGGGGAAAAAGAGCCACACAGAGGAACUGAGGUGGAGAAGGAGACAAAAUAAGGGGCUGGGGUAAGAAAGAGACACAGAAAGGGGCUGGGGUAAGAAAGAGACACAGAAAGGGGCUGGGGUAAGAAAGAGACACAGAAAGGCGCUGGGGUAAGAAAGAGACACAGAAAGGGACUGGGGUAAGAAAGAGACACAGAAAGGGGCAGGGGUAAGAAAGAGACACAGAAAGGGACUGGGGUAAGAAAGAAACACAGAAAGGGGCAGGGGUAAGAAAGAGACACAGAAAGGGGCAGGGGUAAGAAAGAGACACAGAAAGGGGCUGGGGGAAGUAAGAUGCAUGCAAAGGGUAUUGUAAAACACACUAUAGGGGGAAUAAUAUACAAUAGAGCACAAAAGGGGAAGAAAUUCAAGGUUACAACAAGACACACAGGUGAAGAUGCAUUUUUGUGUUUGUUUUGAAGGGAUGUGGGGGGCAGCAAAGUGCAUCUUCACCUGUGUAGCUAAAAAUCCUUGCACUGGCCCUGGAUAAAGUGCAAUUUGUUUGAAUCCAAACACACAAGUCUAGAAGCCAGUCUUCUAAGAAGACUCUUCUAAGAGUUACACUUCAUUUCCCUUUACAUUCCCUAACAAAGACCAACAUGGCCAAUUUAAAUGAUAAAAAAUAGUCUAGAGAAUUCAAGAAAACGUAUUAGAGCUUCCAACCACCUGAUCAGUUUACUUUCAAGGCAAAUGGGUUACAAUCAUUUGGUUUAAAAUAAUUAAUUCUUGCUUCCUUGAUAAUUGUGUCUUGUUUCAAUGAAUUGAGAUGCAUAGUAACUCCUGUAUGUAUGUGUUGUGAGUUACUGUAUUUUUAGUUUAUCAUAAUUAUUCUUUUUUUUUUUUUUUAAAUGUCUGCAAGACAAGUUUCAUGGGAAUAUUUCCUCUUGAUUAACGUAUGUAAGAUAAAAAUCUGGAAACACUGGCUGGAGGUGAAAAAUGCCAGUUUUUCGCAUUUUGAACACAGACAUUCUACUUGUCUUUGGAGAAGUGCAGAGUUUAUUUUAGGCUAUGGUCUGAUGCAUUCUAAAUCCAGCUUCUGUGGAAUGUGAGCACAUCUUCUGAUGCUGCAUUUCUACCAGAGAGUAAAAUAAUAGCACCAUCAAUUGGCAUUUAUGUCACUUCAACAGGCAUUCCAGUUAUGCAGUCAAGUCGAUUUUUGUGGUUGCUGUGUUCACAAUUCAUGUUUGUGGCCAUGUGUUCUGUAACAUACAUUAUUAUGAUUAUACAGGGUGGGCCAAUAUUCAGAGUAGGGUUUGACGUGUCAAUAACUUUUUUAUUAAUGAUCCAAUUUCAAUGAUAUUACAUACAAUUUAUUUAUUGAUAAAAUAUUUUUUUUAAAUUGCGUUACAAUAGGAUACAGUCUUACAAAAAAUAUAAUAUGCAAACAAUAUAUAUAUAUAUAUAUAUAUAUAUAUACAUACACACAUAUAUAUAUAUAUUUGAAAGAACUGAAUGCGAUCAAUGUGCUAUUUGAAUUUGUUCUGAUACGCCGUUAUUUAUUUUGUAAUUUACGUAAUUUAGGUACAGUUCUAAAGAUCAUUGUACCAGUUUUGUCAGUGUUUAGGGAGAGUUUGUUAUCCGCUAUCCACUUUUCUACCUCUGUGAAUUGGUUUUGGAGCACAGUCUCAAGCUGCGGUAGAUUGGGUUUACUAGCGUAGAUUAGUGUCGUCUGCAUACAUGUGUACAGUAGAGGAUUUGCAGACAUAGGCAGAUCAUUUAUAAAUAAUGUGAAUAGCAGGGGGCUGAGUAUGGAGCCUUGGGGAGCACCACACAUGACUGGAAGAGGGAGGGAGGCACUAUCAGAAAUAGUCGCAUAUUGCAAUCGGUCUGAUACCUAUGAUCGAAACCAGGUUAGCGGACGAUGACUAAUGCCUGAGUUUUUACGUUUUUGCAAAAGAAUGCCAUGGUCUACUGUGUCAAAGGCCUUGGCAAAAUCAAGGAAAAUAGCUCCAAUUAAGUCUUCUUGUUCCAUGCCAAUUUGGAUGUCAUUGCAAACUUUUUAAAAGGGCAUCGAAGUUCAGUGAUUUGGACAAAAGACUGAUUGAUCAGUGGUUAGAUAGUUUGAUUGUUGAUAAUAUUCACAUAGUUGUGUGAGGACGCAUUUUUCCAAGAUUUUUGACAAUACUGGGAGCAGUAAUAUCUGGCGAUAGUUAGAUACCAAAGUAUUUUCACCACUUUUAUGGAUAGAUACUACUUAUGCAGUCUUCCAAAGUUUGGUUAUGUAUCCUGACACCAGGGAUUCAUUGAUUAGGGUAUUGUCAGGUUUAGCAAUUGCCGUCACACUGAUCUUCAGCAACAUUGCUGGGAUCUGAUCUGGUCCACACUGGUUUUUAAUUUUUAAAUUACUAAGAUGUCCCACACUAACAGGGACAAUGAAUACUAAACUUAUGGUAAUUUGUUUGACUAGAUACUGUUGACAUCUUUGAAAUGAGCUCCUUUUCCUAGCUCGCAAAGUCAGGCUCUUUCGAUUGCAUUGUUCAUAACAUUAGUUAAUGUGUGAGGUUCUAGCGCUCUAAUUUCUGCACUGAUUUUCUUUUGAGCUGCUCAACUGUGUGCGGUUUUAUCACGUACAGCCGCUCCUUCAGAUAUCCCCACAGGAAGUAACGGGGACCUGAAAUUAACCUGGGGAUUUCUUAAAAUUAUCCAAUGGCUGAACAGUGGUCUCUAUUUAAAAAAAAAAUAAUUCCACUAUUUUCACUUGUUGUUACUUUGUGAAAUUACCCACGAUGCAUCUCCCAAGACUCUGUUAUAUUUACCUGCAACAAAAAAGACAUUUAACUAUUAACAGAUAACUUAUUUACUUGUCAAAUCCUACUCUGAAUUUUGGCCCACCCUAUAUAUAAUGCAGAGGAGGUGCUAGUUGUAAAAUAAACAAACUGUGAAUCUAUGAAAACACAGGUGAGAGUUGUGAGAAAGUUGACUGUGAUUGAGGCACUGGUAAUGUGAAUGCUUAUGUGUGUGGUAUAACUAAGAGGGAUUAAUCAUAAGAAGAUGGGAAAACAUGAGAUGGUUGUGAAUGUAAAAUUGCUAAGUGUCGAAUAUAAUAAUGAAACAUUGUGUGUGUGUGUGUUAAGAAAAUACAUGCCAUCUUAAAAUAAGGGUGGUGAUAAAGUGUAAUGAUGAUAAAAACACGUUGACAAAUGUAUCUUAAGAAAAUGAAGUUGUGUGAGGGGCUAUUAAAAUGGAAGUAAAAUACAGCUGGCAAGAAGUUGUAAAGAGAAGCAUAAAAGGUAGUUUUGAGAAGUAAUAAAGUCAAGAGAGAGAAUAAAUAUAUAAUAUAAGUAAGUUCUAUAAAAAUAGACCGCAACAAAUGAAGGGACGCAAUGCAAUGCAGAAGUCUGGCAGAGAGAAUAUUUAAUAUCCGACAGUAGGAUCGCUCCUCUAGGGGUUAUAGAGUUGAAUGUUUGCAUCCAAUUCAUUUCUGGAUUUUAUGUUUAUUCAUAGGACAUAUUUCCUUGAUAUACUUCACAUUUUCUCUCUCUAUGGUUACCUAAAUAUAAACAGUGUAAAUAUAUGAAUAAUAGUGCAAAGACCAAGACUGACUCUUGGCAGAUUAUGUAGACAGAUGGGUUGUUUAAAAAAAAAAAAAAAGUAUAAUCUGUCCAUGGGUAUACAAAAAUCUUCAGUUUAAAUGAGGCUGCAAAAUCACAGUUCAUUUUCAGCAGCAUUGACUGAUAAAAUGUAGGUUAUGUAAAAAGAGCUGUUCUGCGUCAAUACUAAAUGGUUUAUUCACUAAACUCAGAAUUGUACAGAAUUGAAACUAAAUUGCAAAAUUAUCCAAUUUAGCCAAAGCCCAGGUAUACAUCUAGCAAGAAUGAUUGACAGGAAGCCAACAUGGACACGCCCAGUUGCAGGAUUAGGAAGUGUGGAUUUCAAUUUGUAAUUUAAUUUUUUUUUCACACUUCACAAAAACAUUUUUGGGAAAUAUAGGGGUAAUUAACCAUAAUAUAAACAUUCAGCACUGAUUUUAUACAGUUUGUUAGUGCAUUUCAAAUUUUGCCUUAUAACUAUUCAAUUAAGAACUCCUAUUGUGUGUUUGUUUAACUAGUAUGUGUAUUCAUUUUUCUCUUUCCUAUGUUACGGCCAGACUUCAUUUUUAUUGUUUUGAAAACAUUGGGUUGUGUUGUAUAAUUAUCAAUAUUUCUGUUUUGUAGAAGUAUUACAUGUUUUUCUUUUACCUGCCAAGUGUCUAGGAAUCGGAGUAUAAAUGUCCCUGUCCUUGUAUCCAUAGCCAAGCUAUUACUUUGUGCUUCUACAUUGGACUUUCCUGUGGUUGCACCAUUCCUAGCCGGCACAAAAGGUUCCACCCCCUCUUUCCUCUACACCCAGCACUUCUUCCUGUGUUGCUGCCCUAAUGUUUUAUUCAUCCUGUCAAAGGCAGCCUUGACAAGCAGUCACAUAAAUCAUUUAAAGAUUGUUCUCCUUUAAAGGGGCUACCAUAAAGAUAUGUAUAAACCAAUGGACACUCUCUCCAUACUGGGGCUGGUGUUUUCCUGCAUGACUCUUUCUGCGGCAGGAAAUGCUUGGUGUUCUAUUAAUAAGAAAUCUCAAUUCAUAAAAUCAUGUAGUAAAUGGAAAGGAUUUCUGGACAAUCAGAUUGUCUUUAGGCAUGUUUCAAUCUCUGCUAUAUUGUUCGUUGUAUGUUCCAAACUUGUCCUCGUGUUAAUUGUUAACAAACUGACCAGAAGGUCACAUCACUGUAAAUCAGCAAAUAAUCAUUGCAGAUGCAGAAAGGUUGGACUUGUUGGAAAUGUAAUUAUGCAUUGAACUUUCCCAAAUUAAAUGUAAACUUUUUUUAUAUUCUUUGCUAGACUGAAAUAAUAGCGAAAAACUAUGUGACAUGAUCCUAGUCUUCUACUUCCCCUUUAUGUCUGCAAAAUAUUCUCCAGGGAAUACACAAAACCAAAUGAAAUUACUCUCCUAAUUAUAUCGGAGUCCAUGCUAUGAAGCAUCUGUUCAUUCUGCAGACACUGAUUACUGUAUUGCUGACACCUAUAAAAACUCAGACUCUCCUCUAAUAUCUAAGUGUGCGUGUAUUAAUACAUUCUUCCAAACCAUCAUAUUUCUAAUUCUAUCUUCAAACAAAAAAACAAACAUAUUAAAUUAUUAUUCUGAUUUCAAAUACUGCAGUUACUUUAGAACAAGGGGAUGUGAUCUCAAGUUGAAGGGUAGACGCAGGUUCAGAUGCAAUGUGUGUAAGUACGUCUUCACAGAAAGAGUGGUUAAUCCGUGGAAUAGACAUCCAAUGGAGGUGGCAAAGACCAAGACUGUCAGGGAAUUAAUGAAUGUUAGUAUCUGCCUAAGGCUAUCCUACAAACUAACUAAUUUUGAUAUUGAUAUAUUAUUUGACUUGAUGAUUUGCAACUGUGUUGUGGUAAGGAAAUUGCUGAGUAAUGAGUUCCCACUCUGUGAUCUUGGCUUAUAAGAAAAACACCAGUCCAUGGUGCCUUAGUAAAAAUGACACACUCUAAAACCAUACUGCAUCAUUAGUUGUCUAACCGCUCACACCAGUGAAACACCCAUUGCCAUUAUGGUUAUAGGCAUCGCUGAAUAGUCUAGGGUUGUAUAUAGGGGCAAUGUCUAGUAAGACAGCACAAAUUAUGACUGAGUGAUUCCAUGUAAGAGAUUACAUUACUAAUUCCCAACCAGUUGUUUAAAUGUAAAUUUAGGAAACUCUGUUCUAGUUCAUCAGUUUACAGAAUAAGUAAACUUCUCCACCAUAGUCAGACUACACCAUAAACAUAGACCUUUUAUUAAAUUAUUGUAUCUUAAAUAGCUAAGAAACUAUAAAUCCAAGCAUUAAUCCUGUUAAGCAACAUUGGUAGCAUCAGCACAAUGAUAAAGGGUUUGAAUCAAUAGUUUUAAGCAUAGCAGCUGUGAUUGCUACAUGUGGGUCGUUCAAGAGUCCACCUGUUCUCUGCAGUUUAACCUCCGGCAAGUUAACAUCACCUAACAGACUGCACAUUCUGUCCAGGGAAGGGACUUUCCCUUAAAGCUACUUUGCCUCCUUCUGAGGACUUUGCUUAUUUUGCAAUGACCCUUGAUGGUGACAUCGCUGCUUGGUGUGUGUGGUGGCCUGUAGGUUCAGGAGAAGGUUAGUCUUGUAACAUAAAGCUGUCUCUCUCAGCUACUGCCUUGUCAAUCCAGGGGAUUCUGUUAAUCUGCCAGAAGCCCAAGUCAGUUCCACACUCUUGUGCAUGUUUAAGAGUACAACACUGAUAUCUAUGAAGGAACCUGCAAAAUCAUUGGAGCCUCCAUAGAGAAUACCUUUUUCUUCACAGCAACCAGUGAUGGCUGAGAGGAUUGAUAAAGCUUGAUAACCGUUCCAAUUCUUGUCAAGUGGUGGGAAAAUACAUAAGACAAAGUAGUCCUUAUUUUGUCUUAUAUCUUUUGACUGCGUUAGAAUUUUUUGGGGGGAGGGGAAGGGAAGUGGGAGGGGGGUAGGGGGUUGAAACUGCACCUGAGAUAGUGUCUGCAGGUACACACAAAAUAUGCAUAUUUUUUACCCAAUACAUCUCUAUAGCAACGUUGAAACUACAGACCUGAAAGCGAUCACCCUGUUUAAGAAAGCUUCAAUGGGGCAUUGGCUGCUGUGAGCGCUGAUCUCAGUGGGAUGACUCUUCAAAUGACCGCUUAUAAAAAGCAUUAAAAAAAAAAAAAAACACAUGGCAAAAUGCAUUAAAUCCUGGUCAGAUGCAAGGGACAGGCCAUUGGAUCUGACCCUGAUUCAAUGCAUUUUGCUAUGUGUUGUUGUUUGUUUGUUUUGUUUUUAAUUUUUAUAAGCUGUCAUUUGACGUUUUCCUAUACCUGCUAUGCUACUUUAGAAUAAAAACAGUAGCGUUAAAAUAUUACUAUGAAGAAACAAAAUAAUUAACAGGUAACAUUUAUCACGGUCUCUCAGUAAUUCUUAUCUCAUCACUUUCAUUUUCAAUACCUGAACUUUGAAUUGUUCAUUACACACUGUGAUCUAGAGUUUUCAUAUGGAAAAAUGAGAGUAAUAAUAGUCCGUCCCAGUCCCUCUGGAUUUGUAAGCCUCGGUUCAAUAUACCCCAAAGAAUACCAGAGUACAGAGGGGGGAUUUAGUGUAAUAAAGUUUUGUGAUCGAUAAUGAUUAAAAGUGGCAAUUAUUAUUACACAUUAUCUAUAAGAAAAAAAGAACAUUUAAUAUUUGACUUAACUUAUUAAUAUUAGAGUGUAUUCAAACAAAGUGCUGAGAUAAGAAUAACCAGAGACUGGAUUAAAUUGUGGGUUAAGUUGCUACAUUGUUAUCUGUUAUUUUUUUUUACCAUAGUAACAUUUUAUUGCUACUGCUUUAAUUGUUAAAUAGCAUAGGAGAUAUGGGAAAAUAUCUGUAGCGCUGGUUGGUUAUUGGUAUUACUGGUGGGAUUACUAUUUUAUUAAUUCAGCAGCUGAGUUUAAAAAAAAAAAUGUAUAUUUUUUUAAUUCCAUAAUUUUUCAUUAUUGUGCUUCUGUAUUAGAGUGUCACUUCAGUCAUUUGAACUAAGCCAAUCUUGGACAAUGAAAUGAGUGCUUGCAGCAAAGAUGUUUUCUUUUGUAGCCAACUGUAACGGAGCUCCUUGUACUCCGACCGAGUACCCUCCGUUGACGGAUGCUCCUAGCGCUUCCUGAGGACUCCAAGCAGUGCAGCAGACUCCACAACCGCUGUAUCUUGACUGGAGUCUCGCCGUCUUCCUUCCACCCUGGAUCAGCUUCUGUCCUCCAGGACUGUGUGGGAAAGAACUCUUCCUUCAACCCUGUAUGAACCUCCAGCAUCCAGGACUGUGUGGUGAAGACCCCUCCUCCAAGGAGAGCGCGUCAGGAACAAGCUCUUAAAAGAGCUAAGUGAUUCAAGCUCAGGGGAGCAUGCAGAGCAUAGCAAUCCCCAGUGUGAUUAUAACAGCUCCCUCCAAUAACAAGACAAGGCUACGUUUAGAGAAAUCAAGAAGAACUGUCUAAAUCUUUAUUUCCCUGGGGACCAGCCCACAGGGUCACAACAUUAACAUUGCUGUGAAAACUCAAUAAAAUCACAAACAGUCAAACCAUAGCAGGCAACACACAGUGACUUAUCACAACACAAUGGCACAUUUUUAAAGGGGUGGGGGAGACAAUAUUUAACAGAAAAUAUCUCACGUGUCUGCAGAAUUGGCAAUAUGCAAAUCUACCCGAAUAUGCAAAUGAACCAGUCUUGCUAUUCACGUAGUGCAUAUUGCUGUUGCUACCAACAGAGGGCACUAGACAAGCUCCGUAGCCAAACCCACCUAGUUGGUAGAAAACUUCAGCAGUACAGGAGAGCAGGCGAUACAUUACACAGUACACACACACACACUAUAAACAAUUACAUUACACACACCCUGCACCUAUAAUGGGUACAGGGUGACUAAAACAUAAGAGAAAUAAAGCAACCUACAUAAAUAGUCUGUCUGAAGGUAGAAUAGGGGCAUUAAAUCCAAAUACAUCAAAGAGUCAUAGUCACAGGGGAGGAGGCUGGCAAGCAGGCCUCUCCAGGACCAAGUGGCGAAGGGCACUUCGUCACACCAAAACAGCAACAGCUUGUUUUUAAGUAUUGUGGAUUUUUUGCAUGAUGGAUGCUCUGGGCAAUUGUUUCCUCUAGAGUUUUGUUCCACUGAGCUAACCAAACCAGGAAAUAACAUGACCCGUUGUCUGAUUGACAGCCAGAUGGGUGUAACAAGGUUCAUUUAUAAAAGUGCCAAUUUCUUUCGAAAAUCUGCACUUUUUGGUAAAAAUAAAUAUAUAUAUAUAUAUAUAUAUAUAUAUAUUUUUUUUUUUUUUUUUUUUAAAUAAGACAUUCUAAACACACAAAGCCUUUAAAGGCAUACUAUAGUGUAAGGAGUACAGACUUUUAAUCCUAACACUAUAACACCCUCUGUUUCUCCCCUUCUUCAUGCUCUCGACCAAUAAAUGGUUAAAAACCCUUUAUUUACCUACCCAUCUCAGUGCUGAUGUCCCUCGGCACUGGGUCGGCGCUCUGCCUCCUAAGACAUCCAAUGGUGCUUUGUAAGUCUGAAGUGUCCCUUUGAGUUAAACUAAUACUUGCAUAAUGUUCUCUUUUAUUUAUUCAAUUAAAUGUAACAUUUAACCUGUGACGUAAAAAAAUAAACAAAGGUGACAUUUGCUAUAAAUCUAAUUCUAGAGUUUAUUCACUAAAUUCCAAAUGGCAGUAAAAUUAAAACAGAAUGAAAAAAUGUAGGCUAAAACAGCUGAGCUGUAAAUUAAGUAAAGCUGGAGAAUGUUUCUAGAUCAGCUAUUUUGGCCUACACCUUUCCAUUUCUGAUUUUCACUUUGCUAAGUUUGGUGAAUAAACCCCCUAAGCACUGACAUUGCUCGAUCGAAAAUUGUAAAUACAUACGUAGAGUACAUUUUAAUAAUUUUUAUUCCUGCAUGUUAUGAGGUAAUGGUUAAGAGCUGUGUAAUUGGCAAAUGUGAAAAGAGAAGAUUUAUCUUCAUUCAUCUCCUGAGAGGUCUUUCCAGUACUGCCAUAAACCGAUUACAAGCAUCGUUUCCCCCCUUACAAAUAUCUCAUAGAAAAUCCGAGAGGGUCACAUCUUAGAGUAUGCUGUAAAUUAGUUUUUAUAAGACUCCAGGGCUUUCAAUUGCCAAAUAUGGAUAAAGACUCUUAGCAGCAGCACUCUGCGUUCACUGAGCAUAUAUGACUGAGCCCCUGCGGGUUAUCUAAUUAUGUUGGGAACCUGCACAUCUGAGAUCAGACCAUAUCAGAUUACUGCAUUCUCCCCCUUGAGUGGAUGCCCAAUUUUUGUCAUAUCAUUUUUAUUGAGUAGCAAUGGUAAAAUACAUUAGUUGAUGGUAGUAAUAAAAAUGUUAGCGUAGUGUGGCCCAACAAUGAACGUGCAUCAAAUCAACAACUCAGGCAGGAGUAGUUUAAAUAAGAGAGAAAAGAAAUGAAAUAAGACUAAAAACAGGAGUGGGGGAGAGUAUUCAGUAUGGAAAGAUGAUAAUUUACACAGCCAGUCCUGUGAAGACAAAAAGCCCAUAUUGGAAUAUAUAUAUAUAUAUAUAUAUAUACUUUAAAAAAAAAUAAAAGUAUUGUCCUCCAGCCGUAAUUACAUUGGGACCCGCACAUUCUGCAGCAAAGGCCAUUUGGAGAGGGAGAACCUUAUGCUGUUAAUGUUGUGGCUAUAAGUAAGCUUGUGCAUUCUAGUUUCCUCUGGCAUUCUUGUGCAUUAAAGGGACUCUCCAGUGCCAGGAAAACAUAUCUGGUUUCCUGGCACUGCAGUUUCCUGCAGGUCCCCUCUCCCUCCCACCCCCAUCCCAUGUUGCUGAAGGGGUUAAAACCCCUUCAGUGAAUUACCUGAAUCCAGCGCCGAUGUCCCUUGGCGCUGGGUCAGGCUCCGCCCAUGCCCCUUCCCACUAAUACGCAUGCGUGGCAAUGGCCAAUUAGACCUUCCCAUAGGAAAGCAUUAUUCAAUGAUUUCCUGUGGGGAUUCCGGUGACGCUGGAGGUUCUCGUGCAUAGCGUGAGGACGUCCAGCGUCGUUUAAAACACUUUUCGUGUUUUAAGAAACUGGAACUCCCUCUAGUGGCUGUCUGAUAGACAGCCACAAGAGGAGGACUUAACCCUGCAAGGUAAUUAUUGCCGUUUAUGAAAAAUGCAAUUAUUAAACUUGCAGGGUUAAGGGUGAUGUGAGUUGGCACCCAGACCACUCCAAUUAGGCAGGAGUGGUCUGGGUGCCUGGAGUGUCCCUUUAAAGAAACAUCUUAAGCAGCAUAACCGCUACAGCUUCUAGCAGUAGUUGCAGUCUCUCCGAGCAUAAGAGAAGAGACCGGAAGGACUGUCCAGUAGAUCCCAGUUAGAAGUCAAACCAUUCAAAAUCUGUUUAAUAACUUUCAUUGAGCUGGUUCCAGGGCUUUGUGCUUGGAGUGUUACUUUAAGUUGUGAAACUUGUGAGCAUCAUCUGAUAAUGACGAAAAGAAGUUGUAAAGAAUCAAAAUAAGUUGUGUUUUUUGUGUGUGUUAUUUGUGCUGCUGUUUUUUAUUUAUUUAAUUUAAUUUUUUUAAAUAUUCUGGAAGUAUAGACAUAGUAUAAACAGUACAUGAUUUACACACAAUCAGUAUGGUAAGCAGUACACAAACAAAUUGCAAACUAAAUAUGUAGGCAUGUAAUCAUAUGUCUUUAUUACAAGGUACACAUAAAAUAGGCUAUUCAGGCAAUGGAACCAUAUAAUGAAGAAAAAUAGAUGAAAUUGGAAGGUGACAAAGACAUAAUUGGAAAUCACUAAAAGUUUUGGAAACAUAAAAAGUUUAUUCACUGUACAUUUAUCACAGAUGCAUGUGAGAGAAUGGAUUCAAAGUAAAUGCAAUGCAGUGGAAAGAAGCAAUUGAAGUGGACAUGAUGAUGAAAGUAUGAAAAGGAAUUAUAUCAGAUUAAAUCCAAGAUACAUUGUAAAACUGUGACUCCAUAUUAACCUAUUGAUGCUGACAAACUUGUAAAUUGUACAAGAAAGAUCUUAUGUGAGUGUCAGAAUACUGAGAAUUCACCGAUAUCCCUAAGUAAACUUUCUUGUACAAUUUUACUGAUCUUGACUACUAAUGCCUCGUUUCCGCUGAACGGAUCGGUACGGUACGCAAUUUUGAGUGUUUCCAUUAUGAAAGUGGCCCAUACAACCGAACUGUACCGCACCAUUCCUGGUCCUCCUUCAGAUGUAGGGCCAUAGGAAAUGGUACGGUUAGGGCGGUGCUACUAGCGUCACACUAUACAAUACAUUGAUUGGCGGACAGGAAAACGUCAAUGCUCACGACAAAUGACACGCUAGGCAUAUUUUCUAAACCCUGCAUGGUCCCUGAAGGUCUGACUUGCAGUGGAAACACUCACCUGAAUAGGCUGGACCAUUCUAGACCUUCCAAACUGUACCGACCCAAACCGUUCCGCUCAGUGGAAACGAGGCAUAAGAGUCUAUUAGAUGGGAUUCCUUUAGGCACAAAAAAAAAUCUUAAUACACAACUACAUAUGGCAUGAUCUAAACAUGAUAUAUUGAAGAUAUUUAUGAAAAAUAGUGAGGGAGCUAAUCAUAGAAAAUUCAUAAUAAAUAUGAAUAUUUUUGGGUUACAGAGAUAAAAUAAGAAAAUAGUUGAAUUAUGAAAGCAUUUGUACCUAUAAAGUAGCUGCAAAAUAUUUAAAACUAGAUUAGCUGCUGUUAAAAUUCUUUAGUCUCACAAGUCAUUGAUUUAGCAAAUAUGACCAAGUAGUUGAUAAUAUCCUGUUUUAUAAAACAAGUUUAGAAACAAAAGUUAUGAUAACUAUUUUACCAUACUUAAUAGAGGAACAUUAAACUUAAUUAAUGAGUUAUUGUGAUGCUUGGCCUGUAUUUUUGCAUGUUAAGUGGAAAAAGUUUUUUGUUUUUAUUGUUGCUAUUUUUGUAUUGACAUUGCAAGUUAAUAGCAGUGUUAUUUCCUUUACUUGCUCUAUUUAAUGACUUACCAGGGGCAUGUAUUUUUAAAUAGCCAGACCUACUGCUGGUAAAACAGCAGAGUAUAAGUGUUCAAACAGCGUUAAUUUCUUUAUAUUCCGUAACUUGAUCUCAGUGUACACUAUAGACUUGGAACACUUUGGCAAGGUCUGUUGUCCGAGACAAUGUAAACUCUUUGCUCUCAAACCAUAAAAAAACAAAGCUAAAAUAAAAGCCACCAUGUCCUGCUUCAAAUGCAAUGGCAUACAAAAAGUCAAUAUCAAAUGCUGGUUAUGCUAUGAAUACGAUUAUGCAAGAUGGAGGCUGUGGGGUUUUUUGCAACCAUAAUUUACAGUUGUAUUUUAUUGCAGUUGCAAGAGCAAAUGAUGAAUUUUCUUUUGACCUUUUUUUGUGUAGCUGGAAAAAGUUGAUGGAAGAUAACCCAGCAAGACUUUGACAAGUAGUAAGAAAUAUUUGAUUUUACAGGUUUUCUAUUUGGAUGUACCAUUCCCUUAAUAUUUAUGAAAGGGAAGGAAUAGUUAGGGUAUAUAUUAUAGGUGGGGUGUAGUUAGAUUCUUGGGGGCCCCUGUCCAACAUGGGAGAAGGAAUUAUCUACUAUUUAAGAUGCCCCUGUCUCGGCAUCCUGUUGUCUUAUUUAGUGGAGGGGAUGGGUAGACACCCUUUGGCCCCUGUUUUGAUCAUGACAAGGGGACUGGGUUGGGUUAUUGGGAUAUGCACUGGCGGCACCCUUAUUCCUUACCCUCAAACCCAGUGGUCCUUUAAGUUAAAGUUGUUUUGGUGACUAUCGUGUACUUUUAAACUUCAGUUUCUUAAUCAUGAUCUUCUCCCACUUUGGCUGAUUACAGCAUUUUUGUGGAUCUAUUCACUGGAAACCAUAAUAUCCUGCAAUGGAAACAAACUAUUGAUGAUGCAGUUGUUGUGUGAGAGCAGCAGGCAAUUCACAAAUGUCUGCCAUUAACUGAUCACAUUGGGAAUAGGAAUAACUAAAACACUGUUGAAAAUAUAAAUCGUAAAGAGGAGAGAGAAAAUUUUGUAAUUAAUAGACUUCACAAGCAUAUCUCGAGCAGAUGUUUUCCAUCAGCAAAGAGUAACCUUUUCUAGAAGCCUCAUUAGCUAAAAAGGGUUGCAUAAUUUUGUUUGUUUUCUUUUGGUCUAAAGAGAAUAAAAAGUAAUGUCCAGUGAGCAGUUAGAACAACCUUAUAAGCUAUAUGCCUACUCCUUACUCAAAUGUGCUACAAUGAAGUGGCUAUACAGCAUGUGCCUACAUGGUAUAGAUCAGGGCUGUCCAAUCUGAGCACAGCAUUAAAGGACCACUAUAGUACUACAUACUCGUUUUCCUGGCACUAUAGUGCCCUGAGGGUGCCCCCACCCUCAGGGAACCCCUCCCGCCCGGCUCUGGGGAGAGGAAAGGGUUAAAACUUACCUUUUUCCAGCGCUGGGCGGGGAGCUCUCCGCCUCCAAUCCUCUCCUCCCUUUCGGCUGAAUGUGCACGCGCGGCAAGAGCUGCGCGCGCAUUCAGCCGGUCUCAUAGGAAAGCAUUUACAAUGCUUUCCUUUGGACGCUUGCGUGUUCUCACUGAUUUUCACAGUGAGAAUCACGCAAGCGCCUCUAGCGGCUGUCAAUGAGACAGCCACUAGAGGAUUUGAGGGCUGGAUUAACCCAUUUAUAAACAUAGCAGUUUCUCUGAAACUAUGUUUAUAAAAAAGAAAAGGGUUAAUCCUAGAGGGACCUGGCACCCUCAUUAAGCUGAAGUGGUCUGGGUGCCUAGAGUGGUCCUUUAAAAAACUCCUGAUACACACUGCACUCUUCAAACACUGCAUCUCUCAUACACACUGUAUCCACUUUAGACUCUAAAGGGGAUGCAGUGCAUAUAGGGGUGGUGUGUGUGUGUGUGUUUCCAUGCAGUAUGUGAAAGGGGUGCAGUGUGUGUUAGUAUGUGUGUGGAAGGGGUGCAAUGAGCGUGUGUGGUGGUGGUGGGGGGGCAGUAUGUGACUGUUAGAUGGUAUAGACCAGGGGUCCUCAAACUCCGGCCCCCCAGAUGUUGCUGAACUACAACUCCAAUGAUUCUUUGAAUAACAUAGAUAGCCAGAGAAUAAUGGGAGUUGUAGUUCAGCAACAUCUGGGGGGCCCUGGUAUAACGACUGAAUAUUGUGUGGGGAGCUUAAGAGCCAAUAUGCAUUUUUUUUUUUUGUAUUACUUUAACAAAAAAAACAAACAAAAAAAAAACAGCAGAACUUUAUGUCACCCCCACCCCUCCCUUAUUCUUACCUUUUUUUCAGGGAGGGAGGACACGGCAGGCCCUGGUGGUUAAGCCAUGAGUGCAAUAUGACUCCAUGCCAGGUUUGCUUCCUGUAGAGUUCUUAGUGGAUGUUUACCUUGUUAGAACACCCUCACACAUGUGUGCACAAUCUGACCAGAUCUCUAAUUAAUAGCUCUGCGAGUUUAAAAGCAUGACAUGAAACAUGAUUCAGCUUUCAGUCUGUAUUUAUUGCAAAACAUCUGUGUCAGCGUUUCAUCUGAUUACCUGCUUCGGCUACCAGGUCUGAUCCUAUUAGUUUUGCAUUGUCUGAAGUCCACACACAAACAGGGUUAUUAACUAAAGUGAGAAUUUAAAGUGAUCUUUUCAAAUUUAAGGCCAAAGUAGCCGACCUCGAAACAUAGCUUGUUAAGAGAAUUUUUCAAGUUCAGCUGUUUUGAUUUUAAAUUUAAACUUCACUUUGAAUUCUCACUUUUGUAGAUAGCCCUGAAGGAGUGCUUCAUGGCAGUGUGUGAAAUCUUUAUUGUCAGACCGAAAUCCACUAUAGACUCAAAAUUGUGUUCUAGUCUUGAAUAUUUACUUGAAAUCAUGUUAGUGACAUAAGGCUGCAUGGCAGUUUUUUUUCAUAAAGCAUCCAACAAGAUGGUGUAUGUCCAGGAAAAAAUGGGAGCUUCAGAAAUGAUCUUACUUCACCGGUGUCCUGGUGUUUCAGAGACAGUCCACAGAUAUUUUUUUUUGCCAGUCUUCACCAGGUUUUUCUGUUUUUAAUAAUUUCUAUAUGCCGUAUUUCAGCUGUGUCACAGACUCUUCUUAUGAUGAUUAAUACAUUAGCUUAAUGAAUGCCAGUUUUGUGAUAGUGGUCAAUUGCUUAUAAAUUAAAAGAACUCUUCCAGCACUAUAACCACAGCUCACUGUAGUGGUUAUAGUUUCAGGUGUGUCCUAGUAAGUUGUCAAAUCAUUUUUAGUAUAGUUUGACUUCUUAUCCUGGAGCCCAUAACUGCAGCCCUUGCUUCUGCUACAGGAGAGUACUAGAUACAGUGCAGGCUCCCAGGAAUCCCAAGUAUGUUGUCAAACCAUACCAAAUAGUUUGACUAGUUACCCUGGAACAGCGCCAGUGGGCUGUAGUGCUUAUGGUGCCAAGAGUGCCUUCAAUAGAGUCUGGCAACAUAUGCCCAACUUCUGUCAAACCAUAUCUGAGUUAGUGGGGGCCUUUUGGCUUGUAAAGAAGGGAUAUUCUUCAAAACCUGUGUGACUUUGGACAGCAAUGGUAGGCUAAAAGCACUGGGGCAAGUAACAUCAGUCUUCAUCUUCAUACAAAUUUAGAAGGCUUAUUCAGCGUACCCCUUUAGUCGGGAAUGAUGACCUCACAAGUGACAAUAACUAUAGGAAUAAUUUUUAUAUUUCCUAAAAUAUAUAUAUAUAUAAUAUAUAUGUUUUUUUUUUUACAUCCUGCUAUGAUGUAUUAAUAGUGAUUUUUUUUCUUCUCCAUAAUGUCCUUUGUUUAGUGUUACUAUGACAACCUGCUACAAUUGUGUUCUGGAAGUGUCCCUGAGGCAUAACCCUGGUAUGUUGGAAUAAAUACAGCAUUUCAAUGUAAUCAUAAUACUGGCAUUUUCAGUUGUACUGAGCAUUAUGUUGUGGAUGUACCUGCUGAACACAGUAGAUUAUUCAAGUAUAGUAAAUAUCUUGGUUGGACAAGACUAUCCAGUAAUGGUCAAUAAAACAAACAAACAAACUGUUGUUUCAGGGCUUGACUGGAACCACAAAUAGGACUGGACAUAGAAAUAAAAGGCAAUAUAUUGAAUUGAAUGUGAAUAAGUUAAUGAGAACACUUGGGAUACUAAAAACAUUGAGGAUAUAUAUCUGCCCCACUAUUCUAAAAUUCUGCUACAUGUCUAUCUGUCAUUGAAAAUGCAACAUUUUUACUAGUCUGUUUCAAGUGUUGCUGUUUACAUGCAGAAGUUGAAUAAUUGGAAAUUUUGUAGAGAAUACGUUUUUAAGUUCCAGGCUUGGAGCAAUGUUGCAGCCCAAGCACUAAGGGUAUUUGCUGUCUUGUCCAAUACACACUGGCUUGAUAAAGACCUCACUGCAGGUCGAAGCGUUGCUAUUUAUGUUUAGAUUCUCCAAAUAAACUUGCUACCUUUUUGUAUCUUGAGUGCCUGGAUCACAUUGCUCUUUCCAAUACACACUGGCAGUCACAUAAAGAAAUUGAGCACAACGCCUACAGAAAGAGCAGAGAACAGACACAAUAACAGUUGAAAUACUGUUUAAAGACUGCUAUAUAAUUUAUUCUAUGAACACCAUGCUGUCCUCCUUGUAAUUUCAAUUAGAAAAAAUAAAUGACUUAAAUCGUGCCAACAUAUUUAUGGGAAUUUAGCAAGAAUCAAUGUAUGAAGGCAUUUUUAUUUACUAUGUUUUUUUUUUUUUGCUUUUUAUUAUUUGUAAACCCAUAUGUUGUUAUAAAUUCCCUGUCUUAUUUUUUUCAUUUAUUUUUUGUAUAUUUUCCAUUCAUUACUGUAUAGUUUCCUAUUGUUUGAUGUAAUCCUAGAUAUGUUGUGCAAUUUACAAUGGAGGGAACUUUUUAAUUAGCCCAAACAUCAAUCAAUACAGAUUAGAUUGUACAUUUACAGUGUUCUUCCUGUUUUGAAUGUAUUCUAAACAGUGAACAGUAAGGAGUGUAGGAAUAAAAUAAUGAAACAAGAGGAUAUUCUACUGAAUAAGGAAACACACUGGGGUUGUUUAUAUCAAUGUAAAACAUAACAAUGAAAGGGGCACAUACAUCAGAGUAAAAUAAGCUUCCGUCAGAAUUUUGUAAAUCGCUACAUUGUGCUUUAAAAGUGCCAUUGUAUCAUGUGAGCUGUAUUUGGCAAUAUACUUUUUUUUUUUUAAUGUAAUUAUUACUAUUUUGCAAUUAAAACCACUUUAAUGAAAAGUUGACCUUUGGUUAGGUAUAGGUUUAAUUUGUACAUUGCAAAGUUGUAGCAAAUCUGAAGCUUGAAUAAUAUAUAAUAAAAUAAGAGGAAAUGCCAUUUCAAUUUAAAAAAAGAUAGAGCAUCCUUGCAUGCGUCAGGUGGAUAUCAUGGAACAGUGAACUUGACAACACAGAAGUGUGCGUUAGGUAAAUAAUGUUUUGCUUGCUUCCAUUGUGUUGUUCACUCUAGUAAACAUUGAAAUUGUGUUUCUUUGGGUGACUGAACAAGGAGGUAUCACUUCUGUGAUAGUGGCAGGUCAAUUCUAAUGGAACCCCAGUGACAAAAUGCAAACAUUUAAUUAUGCAUUUGUUUUCAUCGGGCCAUAUUUAAAACAGCUUGCAAAAGCCGCAGAUCUCUUGUCUUACAGCCUUUGCAAGCCCUCCUUUUCUAACCUCACCCUGACUUUUUGUGAUUGUCCAAUUACAGACUUCGCAAGGCAGCUCAAUCAGAAAUUCCUACAAUGCAGGUACUCUGGAGAAUUGCUGCCUCUUGAGUUUAGUUCCGUUGAGCUAAACAGACAUUAAGUAAUGUCUGGUGGGGGUUUAACAAGGUUACUUUACAAAAGUGACAACUAUGGAAAUCUGCAAUUCUUGUAAAAUGCGAAAAAGGGACACCCUCUUCACACAUAAAGUACUUCCACAACCUAAAGUGCUUUAGGUGUUUGGAGUGUCUAUUCAGCUGAAGACAGAUUUUUUUUUUUUUUAUAUAAGCCCUAGAAUGGCAACUGUGAUACUUCCUCAAUCCCUAGAGGAAGUUGUCUUAGUGGUCAAUGUAAAUACCUGUGACCAGUAUGUGAGCAUGAUACUUUCUUAUCAAUACUUUUACACAGUGAAUAAGAACGGGAGAAAAUAGGUCACACGUAAUUUCUACAUAGGUUUAAUUUAGAGUUCCUUUAGAGUUAUCACUGCUCCAGUUCUAUAUAGUGUUUUCAGCACUGGUCACUGUCACAAAUGCACCCUACUCCAAGAGUGUGCGUGACUUAGUGUUGGUGGUGAAAGGUUUAAAGUUCACUAUUUGUCUGCACUAGACUGGAAAUAAUGAUAAAAAUCCCCCUUGGCACCACCCACACUUACCUAUAGUAAUAUCAAUACAACUUUUUUAACGCUGCCAAUCCAAGACAAUUUAUAAAUAGGGUGCCUUGGUCCCCCAGGUAAAUCAGAAUAAAAACCGACCAAAUGCAACUUAGCAGAUAACCUAUGCAAUUGCAAAACACUCAUUAGUCUAUUUAGGUUAUGUGAAUCUUUACUAGACACAGGCAGAACUUAAUAAAGGAAUAUUUAUUAUGAGCAAAAAUAAUCACAGUGCAUAUAAAAAUAGAUGACAAACCAAUUAUUUACACCAACAGAUAAAAACAAAAAGGAUGGGGGGUGGAGCUUAUCAACUGACCUGAAUAGUCUCCAUUUUUCACAGCUCUCCCAAACUUGCUCAAAAUCCACCAAAUAUCCCCAAACUCAAGGUCCAUCCGACUACAACAAGUCUCUAACGGAGCUCUACUGUCUCAACCGCACCAAUAGAUGCCUUUCUUUCUGGCCUCGAAACCAACCAACGUAAUUGGAGAUCCGGGGCCUGUAUCACCAGAAACCACCAAGCCUGGAAGCAAUCCUGUGUGGCAUCACCGAAACAAGAAAGGGAGCGGGGUCCUUCCUGAUUACCCCCGAUAUGCACUCCUACAUGCCGGCCUUGAGGUGUCGAUUACAGAAACCCAACAUGGUGGCAGAGGGCAGAGACAUGGGGUUCAUGUUACAAAGGCCUGUCCAGCCCAAAUCAACCCUCACGGGAGCACCGCCCGUUACGACCCAGACUCCCACACCCAAGCAACAAGGGCUGGAGCUACUACCAGAACGGUUCUUAUCGUCUAUCCGAGGUUGAUAAACUGCUAGCUGUGGACACAGCCCUCAUCAGAGCCGAUUUACAGGCAAUAACAGAGCGCGUAAGUAAAUGUGCAAAUUCUUCUCUCCAAGCUCCAGUUGCAGGCCCAACAAGAGGCAAUGUAGAACCAGAUGAAUGCAAUGGAGGACGCCCAACGCCGUAUGCACAUAAAAAUCCGGGGAGCCCCGCAACAAUUCCUACAAAGGAACUGCCACAUUUUGUCAGGCGCCUCCUCGCCUCUAUACUACCUCCUGGUGUGGCUAAGAAACUGACCAUUGAUGGCAAAUACCGUAUACCCGGUUCCUGCACCGUACCACCUAACUUACCAAGGGAGGUUCUACUCUGAUGCUGACUCUCCAAGACAAGAGUCAAAUAAUGGCAGCACUCAAAGGCAAAAUGCAUUUUGAAAACACACACUUAACUUUCUUUCAAGACCUCUCAAGGGCCACCCUCUUCCUGCGCAAAUCUUUCGGCCAGAUCACUAACCAACUGAGAACCGCCGGCAUAGCCUACAAAUGGGGGGUGUCUGGGUCCCUAGUGGCCACACAUUGCGGGAAGAUACACACUCUUACAUCUACAGCUAAGGUCACCGUCUUUCUGGCAACCUUGGGACUGACACCCAUGCACACAGGCGCGAAUGAAGAGCACAACAUGGAGUCAUGGGACCUUGAUGCUAUUGCGCCCUUCGUCCCGAGGGCUGGCAGCUCCCAGGCCCGGGAACCAUGACUGGUGGAGGAGUCAGACCUGUCCAACUCAUAAGCACAUGCCGGAUGUCCGGAUGCAACUCCAGCACUUCUCCUGACAGAUGCACUGUAUUAUUGUUAUAUGUUCUGUUAUAUUUUACUUUCUCUCUGUUAAACCGGAGUUGCUUUAUACUGUAAUAUGACGUUUUGGGAUCAAAACUAGUUUAGAUCCAUCACUAUCCCAGCUGGGUCUUGCCACCUAAGAGCACCACAGCAAUAAUGGGAGACCUCAGUUAGAUAAUAAGAUUGACACACAGCGACACCUCUCCCCUCUACUGCUACCCCCUUGGUUAGGGGUAACUACACACUCCUGAUGAGUUACAGGCAUUUAAUGCACACAGCUGAGUGCAAUAACCUUACUUGCACACUCAAGAUAGCCUUCCCUCUUGACCCAGUAAAAAAGUAAAAGUUCAAAGUAAAACUUGUGCCUAGGAGGUACAAGGCAAGGAAAGAUGGUGAUUCAUUUAAAAUUAGAUUUUGACCCCAAGCAAGUAAAAUAGGCAAUUACACAUCAUUGGAUAUAUACUCUUUGGGUUCAUCUCAAGUUUCCAAACCUGUAUGGAGAUAAGGCGUACCUAUAGAAACAAGUGACUACCCCGUAGUGUUCCAGACCAACCUCAAUCCAAAUAGAAACUUUUGGUUCUAUCUCCUUCGUUGUACUUGCCACAGAAAUUAAAAUUGCAUCUAUGAAUUUACCAUUUUUACACUCAGUAGAUAGGUCACACUUCUUGCUUGUGACCUAAUAUAGCGGACAUCACAAUUCCUUCAAACAGCAUAAGUUGCAUAGAUCAUGUUUAAGCUUGAUUAGUAGAUUAUGCUUGUACCAUUCUAAAUAUAAUAAAAAUGAGGCUUAAUUAUUCAUCUGUGGGUAAGUAUUAAUGUUUCUUUUGAAUAUGAUACUGGAACACAAGGAUUAAUGGCCAUUAACAUAUCAAAGGACGCCCUAUCUAAGAGGGAAUCUAGACAUAUGACAAAUUAGAGAGUUGGUUCACGUUGAAGGAGACUCAACAUUUCACACUUUGUAGAUAGUAGAUCAAAAGGGCAAUUCAUGUUGUAAAACAUCUGACCUCUAUCACAUUCCUAUUUCAUUUACAUUAACCUCUUCUGACAUCUGUCCUCUAUAAUCAAAUUGGCCCUUCCAUCUCUAGCAAGUAGCCAAUUCAUAAAUGCACUACACAAAUUACAUUAAAUGGCAAUAUUCUAUAGUGCAACAAUGAAUUAUGCACCCUUGGCGCGACAGUCACUGCUUAUAAAAUUGCAGAGUUGGAGACUAAAGUAACCAAAGUAAUAAACAAUAAAUUAAAAAAACUAUAUAAAUUCCCCCCAGAUUGGCUGUUUUAAUUAAAAAGAUAGAAUGAAUAUAUCUAUAUCUCUUUUUAAAAUAUAAAACCAUGUCAACUGUCCCAAACUCCCAAUACGGUAAAUAAAUCCCACUGUGUUGGGAUUACAGUGAAAGAGGUUAAUUUACAUUUAACACAACUCCCUUUAUAUUUAUCCCAAAAUAAAGACUGGUUUGUUUAAAUGUGUGAGUCAGCAAAGCUUCCAGUUACAUUAUCUAGCAGAAUACAUGUGUACAAACAUGCUGGUUUCUUUCCUGAAAAAUUCAGGAUCUCUGCUAUCAUGGCAACCUGUUUUAACCGGGUUUAAUUCCUUUGCUGAUGGUAGGUUUGUUAUGUCGGAGAAUAUCUAGUUUGACUCUUUUUUUAAUUUUUUGCAUCACCUUGGGGGACUGUAGAUGACAGAAAUUUCUUUGCUAGGUCAAACAAAUAUAGAUUAUCUCAGCAGAUGAAAACCAGUUGGUUCACGUAUUCUGUUGGUCGCAAUAUCUCAGAUUUAAACUAAUUCUGUUUUUAGGAUAGUUUUCAUAUUGUCGCCUAGUUUCUAUUAUAAAAGAUAAGCAUGUCUAUGAUUAUUGGAUAACAGUUUUCCUAUAGAUGUCAACAGGAAAAACAGUUACAAGAGAUAAAGGGAUAACACACCAUAACCACUUCAUUUUAUAAAAAUGGUUGUGAUGCCAUGUUACCAUUCCUGAUGUCUACAUAUUAUCUUUGAAAACGGCAAAACAGGGCUUAAAGUGUAGUGUGUACCUCCACUCAUUACUUCUAACAGGUCUAGACUGUUUCAGUUAUAGUUUGUUUAUUUUUUUCCUGCUGUUUUGUUCCUUGGUGUGCAGAUCACUGGUGAAUUGUCCACAUCGAGUAAAGUGUGACACAUGCUCACUGACCAAACUGCAUUAUGGACAUUCGGCCUAUGGCAGAGUGCUUCAACACUGCUCUGUGCAUGUUUAGUCCUGAGUGAGUCUGGCCAGUGCAGUGGCUAGUCUUCUUGACCUGCAUCCAAUCAAGGUUGACAUGACACUUAUAAGGAUGAGGCAUGCAAGUCACUCUUGCUCAUGGGAAGCACUGCCUGCAUGUCCCUCAAUGUCUCAGCAGGCUAUGUGAUAGCUGGGAAGUGUAAUCAUUUGAUAGGGCUGGUUUACAUGGCUAUGAGUUUCUCUUUAAAGCCCUGAUUUGUCAAUUUGGCAAAUAAUUAAAGUAAGACUUCAGGCUCUGGCACCAUAACCACUUUAUUAAGAUGGAGUGGUUAGGGUGCCUUAAGUAUUCCUUUAAGUUUAUCUUGUAUUUAUAUUCAGCUCUGUGUUUGUUUUAUAAAUUUAAUAAAUGACAAAUAUAAAGGGAUACAUUCAUUGGAAGUAGGGAAGUUUGAAUAUUCUAUAUACUUCCGCAUAUUUGCACAUUUCUAUAAAUUCUAAUCUUUAUUAUUUGAAUAAUAAAGAUGUUAUAUAUGAUAAUAUGCUAAAUGUAUUUGUCCAAAGGUCCUAGAUUUGAUCAGCUAGAUCCAAUUCAUUAAUAUGUACGGGACACGUCAUGUUCUCAACAUGCCUAUUACGGUCAGGGCUUGGGCGUGCAGAUCUUAGGAUGCAGAGGGGCUACUCUACGUACGGGCAGUCCCAUAGGAUUAGGGACACCAAACAAUAGUGCAGGAAAUAACUAAGAGAAGUUAAUCCAAUAGUGGCAAAUCAGGUCUAAUUCUAAGGGACAUACCAGACAACAAAAGGUUACAGUUUUAACAUAACAAGCACUAUUAUUCUCACUUUGUUUCUUGUUGUUGUUUUUUUUUUUUUUUUCUUCCGAUUUUGUUUGAGAUCUCCCAUAUUUUCCCCGUAAUUUUCCCUUUUUAAUCUUUAUUGAUUCUGUUGAUUAUACAGUUUCAAGAAAAAGUAUGUGAACCCUUUGGAAUGAUAUGGAUUUCUGCACAAAUUGGUCAUAAAAUGUGAUCUGAUCAUCAUCUAAGUCACAACAAUAGACAAUCACAGUCUGCUUAAACUAAUAACACACAAAGAAUGAAAUGUUGCCAUAUUUUUAUUGAACACACCAUGUAAACAUUCACAGUGCAGGUGGAAAAAGUAUGUGAACCCCUAGACUAAUGACAUCUCCAAGAGCUAAUUGGAGUAAGAUGUCAGCCAACUGGAGUCCAAUCAAUGAGAUGAGAUUGGAGGUGUUGGUUUCAGCUGCCCUGCCCUAUAAAAGACACACACCAGUUCUGGGUUUGCUUUUCACAAGAAGCAUUGCCUGAUGUGAAUGAUGCCUCGCACAAAAGAGCUCUCAGAAGACCUACGAUUAAGAAUUGUUGACUUGCAUAAAGCUGGAAAGCGUUAUAAAAGUAUCUCCAACUCCAUAAUGGAACUCGACAGGGAUGUCCGCUCUCCCCCUUACUUUUUGCUCUAUCUCUAGAGCCCCUUCUGCAGGCGCUUUGAACUCAUCCGGGGAUCCAUGGGGUGUGGGUGGGGGGUAAGAAAUGCUUAGUAGCUGCCUACGCCGAUGAUGUACUUUUAACGCUCACAAGGCCAGGUGAAUCUAUGAUGGCGUUGUGGGACGUGCUAGCGACAUACAGAAAAAUCUCCGGCUUUAAAGCGAACAUGGAAAAAUCAAGCGCACUCCCCAUUAGAAUGUCCCAGGAAGAUAUAGACCAAAUACAUAGGGAGCAUCAUAUUAAGAUGGAAAGGCGUUCUGUUAAACAUCUGGGAAUUCAAUUAACUGCAGAUCCGGACGACCUCUAUGCUUGCAACUAUACUCCGUUAUGGCAAGCAUUAAUGAGGGAUAUAGACAGAUGGAUCGACAAGCCAAUCUCCUGGAUAGGGCGGAUCCAUUCUGUCAAAAUGAACGUCCUGCCCAGGGCUUUGUUUUUCUUCCAGGCGCUUCCGAUCCCUUUGAUGAGGGCACAGCUAGCCCUGCUCCAGCGGGCAAUUGGGAACUUUGUAUGGCAACAUAAGAGACACCGAAUAUCAAGAUAUGUUCUGUAUAGGCCACGGACGAGAGGAGGACUUGGCUUCCCGGAUCUGUACCACUACUAUUUAGCAGCGCAAUUAGCCCAGGUGGCGCUCUGGCACUCCCCCCCGGACGAGCGAAGAUGGGUGGACAUCGAGUCGGUUAUGAUGGGGACAGAUGUGCCCCAGUUUGUGAUGUGGGUGCCCAAGGAAUUUAGGCCUCCGAUUGGGGUCACCUGUCCGGCGGUGCUGAACUCCCUGCGGGUGUGGGAAUCGUGUAAAGGAAAAUAUGGGCUGGCGUCUUCUCCCUCCCCUCUUACGCCAAUAUUACAAAAUCAGGAGUUUCCCCCUGGAAUGGCGGCUAGGAAUUUUAGGAAUUUAGAGUACGCGGGCCUGCAGAGACUUUGCCACCUCUACCGGGGCCCGGACAUGGUAACAUUUGACGACUUGCGACAGGACAGACACCUAACACCAGCGGAUUUCUUCCGCUUUUUGCAGAUUAGAGACUAUGCUAGGCAACCACAUAUCAAGUCAAUAGCACAGGGACCACUGACUUUCUUUGAAUCUAUGUGCGAGACAGGGAGCAUACCGAGGGGCCUCAUAGUGCGGCUCUACACGCACCUUUGCUCUAUGGCACCUUUGCUCUUAUAUUACCCAAUGGGAGAGGGACCUAGGGGAGGAACUCGAGGGGGUGGAGUGGCAGGAGAUAUGGGAGGCUAGCAGAACAACGUCAGUAUAUGUAGCAUUGCAAGAACAAUCCUUCAAAACAUUGUUUCGAUGGUACGUGACCCCGAUGCACAAGAUGCACAAAACCACUACAGAUGACUGUUGGCGCAGGUGUGGGAAUAAGGGAAUGUAUCUGCAUAUGUGGUGGGAAUGUCCGAAGCUUAAGGGGUUUUGCUUAAAGGACCUUCUGAUCCAGGUUUUCUCUAGAGCUCCGACCUUAGACCCUUGGGUUUAUCUCCUCAACAGGUCCAUUGAUGGAUGGACGAAACGGGAGCAGACACUACUCCAUAAGCUCACCUUAGCAGCCAGGAGAGUGAUAGCAUACACCUGGUUACAAACAGAGGCGCCACAGAUGGCAAGUGUAUACGCACGUAUCAAGGAGGUGAGACUAAUGGAUGACUUAACGGCCAGACUGAGAGGAUCCACGGGGUCAUUCAGUAAGGUCUGGGAGCCAUGGGAUGGGAGUCCGCUGGGGGCUUAGAAGGGGCGGGACAGCCUCGAGGGAGGGGGGGAGGACGUGGGCCUGGGGAUCCGGCCCGGUCCUUGGCUCCCCCCUCUCACCCGCUGUCUCCUCCGUGGAACCUUGUUGCCCCGACUUACUUCCUUACUUACUUAUUUCCUAAUCCACUUACUUUCUGUCCUUCUUCUUUCCUUCCUCUACUCUACACUUGUCUCUUCACUUUGUCUGGAGUCCGUCGCCCUGACCCUCACUCGGAGGGUGGGGUACCGGACUUAGUAUGGUACCGCCUACAGCACAUUUCGAUAAGGAGCAGAAGCGUCCCAUAUUCCUGCGGGAUGCAAAAUAGAGGGAUAGGGUACUGGGGCCAGGGAUGUGGAGCUAACCCUGGUUUACCACAUAGCAUCCACGUGCACACGUAUUCAGCUGUGACGGGAAUGUCUCUGACCCGUCAUCCAGACAAGAAAGUAUUUGGUUUCUACAUUCUUGUUUUUGAUAUUGUAACAGUCAUAAAGUUGCUAAGCUCAUGAUCUUUAUUGAUAUUAUGUACACCAAAUGUGCUGUUUUGACUGCCAUAUCAGAGUCUGUGAUGGUACGCCUGUCUUUAAUGUUAUGGCGAUGCAAACGGAUGUAUUCAUGUGCGCACAAAUAAAAUAAAGAAUUUAAAAAAAUAAAUAAAAGUAUCUCUAAAAGCCUUGCUGUUCAUCAGUCCACUGUAAGACAAAUUGUCUAUAAAUGGAGAAAGUUCAGCACUGCUGCUACUCUCGUUAGGAGUGGCCGCCCUGUAAAGAUGACUGCAAGAGCACAGCGCAGACUGCUCAAUGAGGUGAAGAAGAAUCCUAGAGUGUCAGCUAAAGACUUACAAACGUCACUGGCAAAUUCUAACAUCCCUGUUAGCGAAUCUACAAUACGUAAAACACUAAACAAGAAUGGAUUUCAUGGGAGGAUACCACAGAGGAAGCCACUGCUGUCCAAUCAAAACAUUGCUGCACGUUUACAGUUUGCACAAGAGCACCUGGAUGUUCCACAGCAGUACUGGCAAAAUAUUCUGUGGACAGAUGAAACCAGAGUUGAGUUGUUUGGAAGAAACACACAACACUAUGUGUGGCGAAAAAAAGGCACAGCACACCAACAUCAAAACUGUAAAAUAUGGUGGUGGGGGCAUCAUGGUUUAGGGCUGCUUUGCUGCGUCAGGGCCUGGAUGGUUUGCUAUCAUCGAAGGAAAAAUGAAUUCCCAAGUUUAUCAAGACAUUUUGCAGGAGAACUUGAGGCCAUCUGUCUACCAGCUGAAGCUCAACAGAAGAUGGGUGUUGCAACAGGACAAUGACCCAAAGCAUAGAAGUAAAUCAACAACAGAAUGGCUUAAACAGAAGAAAAUACGCCUUCUGAAGUGGCCCAGUCAGAGUCCUGACCUCAACCCAAUUGAGAUGCUGUGGCAUGACCUCAAGAAAGCGAUUCACACCAGACAUCCUAAGAAUAUUGCUGAACUGAAACAAUUCUGUAAAGAGGAAUGGUCAAGAAUUACUCCGUUGUGCACGUCUGAUCUGCAACUACAGGAAAUGUUUGGUUGAAGUUGUUGCUGCCAAAUGAGGUUCAACCAGUUAUUAAAUCCAAGGGUUCACAUACUUUUUCCACCUGCACUGUGAAUGUUUACAUGGUGUGUUCAAUAAAAACAUGGCAACAUUUCAUUCUUUGUGUGUUAUUAAUUUAAGCAGACUGUGAUUGUCUAUUGUUGUGACUUAGAUGAUGAUCAGAUCACAUUUUAUGACAAAAUUGUGCUGCAAUCCAUAUCAUUCCAAAGGGUUCACAUACUUUUUCUUGCAACUGUAAGCCUCGUGGGGUGUCAAAGUGAGCAUAGUUUAAAGCUAGUUUAAAAAUAGAACUAGUACUGAACAUGUAUUGAUAGAACAGCAUGCUGGGCUGGCAACGCAAUUGCUAGAUUGUUCUGUAAGUGCAGUUCCAUUCUUAGUUCAGCCGUGGGAAACAGAUUUUGUGGGAGGUAUGCAACUUUAUUUUUAUCACGCUUUCAGAAUGGCCGUUCUCAUAGUAUAUAUUGAUCUUAUUAGAACAGAAUGGUACAGUUGGUUCUAGAGUGAUGUGGAUUACCCCACCUUUCAUUUCUGAACAUAGUUUACAUAUCGGGGCUACAACUUUGACCAAAGCAAAUGGUCUGGAAGUAAUGCCGGAUUGCCAUGCCUUAAUGCAAGGGGGGCUAUGAAAAAAAAGCAAAUAUAUAAUAUACCAUGGAAGUUAUUCCACAGAGGUAGCUUUGCAUAAUUAGUUUUGUUGUUUUAUUUGGCAGAAUAUGAUGGUAACAGGUGUUGCUUUUCAUGCACAAUCCCACUGCAUGGACAUUCAUAUGUCUAUCAUUAGAAAGAAAGUGAGUUGUCCACCCGCUGUUCUGUUAAUAUAAAGAUAAUGUAAUGCUGCAUUAUUCCUAUGACUAGUUAGGCCUGCAUGCGUGUGCAGUGGAUGUUCUCCAGUAAAUUGCAGAUCCUGUACAUAUUUUGUUACUACCGGCAUACCUGCCAAUUUUCCCUACCAACUUCCUGGGACAGGGGUGGUUAGGAAGCAGGCUGCACAGAGCAUCAAGGAGAUUGCCCACCCCCCUAAAGAUGGUGGCUUGGCUUGACUGACAGACUGCCUUCACAAGCAGAGCAUACAUAGUGCUAUUGGGGUGUUCUGUGCAUCGUCUUAGUUCCAAGUCCCCUCCUGCAUUUUGAAAUGUGCCGGCAUAUUUCAAAAUGCAGAAUAUUUUGCUGAAACUAUGCCCCAAAAAUCAGUGUUUUGGUUGGUUUGAUUGCUGAAAUCGCAAUGUAUGAUGCAUCAUAUAGUCCUACAAUUUAGUAUUAGUUCCUCAGCAUAAACGAGCAGGGGAAAAUCUGAUUUUGAACUACUGCAUGUGUUUUAAUGCUACAAAAAUAAUCUUUUAGUAUAAACUUCAGCAACACUUUUAUUCUUAAAAAGUUAAAGAAAGGAGCAUUUGUCUGUGAUCCUAUAUCCUGUAAUUCAGUUGCCCCCAUUGAUGACCUUUGUGUGUGAGUACUUUCUUGAACCCCUUCACAUCACACAUUGAUGCCACUUGCAAAUAUCUCCACACCUUAUGUACUCCUCAUAGUCUAGUAGCCUUAUUAAAAUAUAGCAAUGAGCCAGUGCAGGUCUGGAUAGCAAAUUAGAUGCACAAACCCACACUGUUCAGGACUGCAAAAACGCCCUGCGUAAUUCCUACCUGCCACCUCACUUUUGCAGUACUGUUCCAUGAGAUAUAUGUCCAGCUAUUUUUAAUCAUCAAAAGAAUAGUGAUGUGACACUUUGCACCACAACCCAUGUAUGCAUAUGGCCAGAGGGAAAAUUAGUAAUGCAGCCCACCUAGGUAUUGUGGCCUCCCUUAGUAGUCCUCUACUGCAGUUUACAUGGUAAUAUUAUGUGUAUUUUCUCAUGUCAAUGGGAGAAUUGUCUACAGUACAACGCAUCAAGGUACAGAGGAUUUCCCAUUCUUGACUUAACUAACACAAAACUGUAAAUAAUCUCUAGUUACUGCAAAUAAUUGAAUGCCAAUUUGACACACAUCACCAUUUCACAAUUCUUAAAAUAUGUGUUUCUGACAUUUUAAUCACCAGAGGGGAAAACAUGCUGCUGGAUUGUGAGUAGGAUAAUUAAGCAGAUUCGCUACUAUUUGCAAAAUACUUAUAUUGGUCACACAGCUAUGAAAAUGUAUUUAAAACAUAUAAACAUUUUAUUUUUAUUUAUCUUGGGAAAUAUUUCUGGCCUUAUAACCAGAUAAAGGAUCCUAAUCGAAAAGGGCGCUUAUAACAGCAACUUUAGCAUAAUGGGACCUAUUUAAUGAAAAGGGAGCUCUUGUGAAUUAAAUGUGCCUGUACCUCUUAACUUGGAGGGAACUUGAUGCUUAGAGCAAGUGUUCUUUAUAAAAAGUGACAUGCAGCAUAUGGUCCAAUGUGGAUAUAGUCAUUGAACCCCAGACAACCUACCCUUCAUGCACAGAGUGCUAUUCACUUGUGUUCAGACCGUCAAACACUUGCACGUGCACAGUCAUAUUAAGGUGGUAGAAAUAACCAUUUUUUAAAUCAAAAGUUCCCUGUGCACUGCAUCAGUUCUGCAUAGGUGGUUUCUGAGAUCGCUAUGAACUUUUAGUUAGUUUAGUUUUAACUUUUUAGUUUUGUUUUGGUGACUGGAAUUUUCUUCUCUAAAUAGUUUUAUCUUGUAUGCAAUUUUUUAGAUCUUUUAAUUGAUCUUCUACUGCAUUCUAGAAACGUGGGUUCCCAAGAAAUAACCCAAUACGGAGGAUUGUGGAAUUUUGGUAGAGGGGCAAAAAAAGUAACCGAUUAUAAUAAAAAUGUAACUCUGGUUUGAUAUAUUUUUCCUAUUUCUGUUCUUUAGGCUAAUUUUACAAUUGUGUUUUCAUCAUAUCAAACCAAUUUGACAUUUUACCCUCCCCUGUUUUUUAUCUCACUCAAAGUUUUAUAUUGUGUUACUUUGUAUAAUUGAAUAAGUUUAUUUUUUGUAAUUUUUUGUAAUUUUUUUUAUUGUUUCAAAAACAUAUUUGAAGAGGUUAUGUAUAUGGAUCAAUGGCAGAAAAAAUGUCAAAGGUGGGCAUACAAAGGUGUUGGUGAAAGAUCAGGGGCUUACACAUGAAACUCCUUCAUCUUCCUAUACAUGUUCCCCACUUACAUCACAUAUAUAAACAAUAUGCUAUCUUUAACAUGUCAGUACAAAGAGGGAGUACAAAAAAAUACAAUGGAUAGGGUUGGCUCAACAUGUAUGUGAGGGAUCCCCUCAACCCCUACAACAAAAUCACACACCAAAAAAUAUGUAAGUGGAGCUCUGAUAUACCUGAGGAGAUGGGUACAGAUGAUGCAACAAUAUACACAAAGAAGCAAAACAAAAGAAUAGUGCAGAUGGUAUAGGCAAUAUAAGGAAAGUGUAGAUGAGAAAUUUCCAACUAAAAAGGAGAGAGCCAGUAGGUCAUCUGGCUCUAGUGUGUAGCACCUUUGGAUCCUUAAGGGAGAUCUACAACCCUCUUCUGUGUCUUUGAAACCUCAACAGUUGUCAGCAGGGAAAGGCAGGAUACAUGAGGUUGUAAGUAAAUAAGUACCUUUAACAUGUGUCUCCAUGGUUAAUUGACCAUGUGAAACUUGUCAAUGAGAGAGACAAACAGGAACAGACGAGGAGAAAGGAAGGCAACAGUUAAGAGACAGAAUGAACACAAGAUUAAAGGGCUGGACAGAAAGAUAGAAUCCAGAUAUUUUGUAGCUCACAUCGGUGACAGAGAAAAACUAUGACAAAGAGGGAGAAAUGACAUACUACUCGGUCAUCUACUUCAAGAUAUCAUAAUAAAGACACAUGUGGAACAGCUUUAUGUGGAGAUGACAUAUGCAGAUUUAAUCCUCCACGCGAUGUACCUUAUGGUUUUGGCACAGUUGCUUUUAGAUUCUUAGGUAGAAUAAUUUCCGUGCAGCCAAUUAGAAAGGAAAUACAUUUUUUCUCAGAUUAAUCACUGUGAAAUCAGUAUUAAAAACUCUGCUGCAGGUGUUUAUUGGAUAUUUUUGAAUCAUCAUGCCAUAUGAGCUAUAUUUAGCUUGGACAUUCCCCUCCAUUACAUAAGUGUUUACAGCCCACUGCUGAACUACAGAAUACUUACAUAUUUUCCCUCUUACAGGCCUCCCAACCAUCCUGAUUUCGGCAGGACAGUCGUGACUUUGCGUCUUGAUCCAUCCUUGUUACUUAGUUCCACGGUGUCCUGCUAUUGGGGAUACCAGGGAACUGUCCACAACAAGUAUAGAUGAACUUGUGCUAUCUUUAGUGUUCCCUGCAGGGUCUGCCCUGCGUGUGCUGGCCUUAGAUGAUUGGCAGGCAGUCUGGCGUUCAUUCAUGCCAAGCUGACCUGUCAGUAAUUUAGAUGGACACAACUUCUUCCCGAGAAGGUCCUCUCCUUUUGGCCAAAGCCAGUGAUUUUAUCUGUGAGAACUGUAGCGGAGAGCUGGUCUUUCACAGGUUAACUCCACUAAAAGAUCCCAGUGAGGCUCAGGAACAAGUAAUAAAAAUACCAUAGAGUAAUAAUCACAGCAAGCAAGGUAAUCCACGAAUAUCCCAAUACGGAUCCCAAUGACUGGACGACACACAGCAUCAGGAGCAGAGCUGACUUUUAAUCCACACAACCUUCUUAUAAAGCAUUCUCCCAUGGGAGGGAUUCACCAUAAUUAGGACAGUAACCAAUAAAGUCACAGUUACCUCCCACACAUCUCCUCCCCUCAGUGUGACACAUAAUCCCAUUAAACAUGCUGUAGUUUUCCCAGAGUUCUGGAUGUACCCCAAAACAAGCAGUUAGAGUAAUACUCUGGGUACCCCCUGGUAGCCCUGAUCUGGGUGACUAACAUAUCCAAAAUUCACACAGAUCGGACCAAGGGUUCGGGAGUUAGGUGGAGGGUGUAAUUUGACCGACCGCACACGAGGUGGUAUCCGAAAAAUGCUCCAUGUGUUUUGGCCUUGCGGUCGGUCUCUGUUCACAUAGAAAUACCUGCCAUCCACAGCUAAUCUUCCAUUCGCAUCAAUUCCCUUGUUCGGGACAUUGAUUUUACCUAACAAAGGGCUGACUAGUCCCUCCGUUCGUGAGUUAUGGAACUCUGGAGGUCUCAGUGGUGUUCGGUUGUUUGAGUGUCCGAUUUGAGUUCCAGACACUCGACGACCAAACACCGCCGAGAUUUUCAUGCGUAAGAUGGCCGCCGCACGUGGUUCGUAUGCCGAACGGCGACCACACAGGCACAUACAAUGUAUCAAUUAAGCUGCGGUUUGCAGAGGGUGAACGCUUAAUGAGGCGUACACUUCUCCCUGGGGUGGUCUGAUGAUUCGGUAGUUUCAUUCGUAUGAAACUACCGAACAAUCAUAUGAAAACUACAUACACUUUACAGACAUACAGGAAAACAAUUACACGAAUACAUUUUCAAUACGAAUUCCUAAGGACAGCCUUAAUACAAUCCGCUACAAGAAGCAUUGGAUUCAGUACUUCUCCAAGAGAAGUACUUGUUUUUUGGAUUGAGACAAUUGCCAAAUAUACACUAACAUGGUUAUUUACUAAAGUGAGACUUCAAAGUAAAUUUCAAAUUUUAGGUCAAAAUGGCCGAAUUGGACAAAUUCAGCUGUGCUGUCAGUUCACCUACUUAAAUUUGGAAUUCCCUUUCAACGCUCACUUAAAGAUACACUCUAGAUCCCUAAAGCUUACAGAAUUGAUUUUUUUUUCCAUUUUACAAAAAGUACAGAUUUCAUUAGAAAUUGGCCUGUUUAUAAAUUAACACCUCCUUUCUAUCAGAAAAACAAACAGUUUUCCUGGCACUGCAGGUCCCCUCUCUCUCCCACCUCCCAUCCCAGGUUGCUGAGGGGGAUAAAUCCCCUUCAGUGACUUACCUGUAUCCAGCGCCGAUGUCCCUCGGCGCUGGGUCAGGCUCUGCCAACUCUCCUCCCCUGCCGACAUCAGCCACGCGCACACGGCAACGGCCGAGCGUGCGCAUUACACAGCCCCAUAGGAAAGCAUUAUUGAAUGCUUUCCUAUGAGGAUUCCGGCGACGCUGGAUGUCCUCAUGAAUAGUGUGAGGACGUCCAGCAUCUCUUAAAACACUAAAAGUGUUUUAAGAACACGGAAGUCCCUCUAGUGGCUGUCCUAUAGACAGCCACUAGAGGAGGACUUAACCCUGUUAAGCAAUUAGUGCAGUUUAUGAAAACUGCACUAAUUACACUUGCAGGGAUAAGGGUAGUGGGAGUUGGCACCCAGACCACUCCAAUGGGCAGAAAUGGUCUGGGUGCCUGGAGUGUCCCUUUAAACUCAAGAGGCAGCAAUUGCCCAGAGCCCCUGCCUUGCAAAGAUGUCUUAUUGCAAGUCCUCCCAUUCUUCCCCAGCCCAGGCUUUCUGUGACUAUACAAUUACAGACUUCCUAAUGCAGACCGAGACAGCUGCAGACAAGAGAUCUGCAGCUAUUGCAAGCAUUUCUUAGUUAUACAAUCAAUUAAAAAAAUGCAUAAUGCAUACAUGUUUUCAUUGGGGGUAUAUUUAAUAUACAGCAAUUGUUAUUCAUUUUUGUAUUUGGGCAAUGGAAACUGGGACGUGUGUGGGCUGUGAUAUUCAAUAGCAUUAUCUUACUCGAAGAAUUUAAUAUAAAAUACAACACAUAUAUACAGGUUUAUUUUUUUUAUUUUUUUGUCUUGUUAAAUAAAUCAUGACACGGUGCUAUAUUUAAUGUGUUCAUCUGAGGUUGUAUGUAACUAACUUUAAGACUUUGCUAGGAACAGAUGAUUAUUAUUAUGUUCUGAUAUAUGAAACCAUAAAAUUCAAAGAGGGUUUUCCCCUCCUCCCCCAUAUGACUGUACGUGUAUCUGAUGUUUCCAAUAAUAUAUCUGUAAAUCAUUGAGGUAUCUGUCAAUGUAUUUUGGUUAUAAAAUCCUUUAGUGAAGGUUUGUGGUUAUUAGUAGGUUAUGAGGCCACAUAGUGAUUUUCAGAAAAUAAAAUAGGUUUAUUUUUCAGCCAGCAUGAAAAUAAAUGAACUUGAUUUCUUUUGGCGUCCACUACAGUGCUUUUAUGCUUGUGUGUCUGUAAGUUUAUGCUUUGCAGAGAAAUGUAAUCCCCUAAAAAAUGGCAAUCCUUGAUUUUGAAAUAGUUUCUGUUUGGUUGGCACAAGCUGAACUGUCCUGAGAAAAACAGUGAAUAAAUCAGGAGACGGGUGCUGCAAAGUAUGGCAGUACUAGGCUAAUGACUGUGCCAGCUCGUUUGAUGAGAAAUACUGCAGAGAGUACUAUGCAAGGUUAUAGCAUUGACAGCAGAGGCAUCAUUUAAUAGAAGAUUUUAGUCAUGAAGUUUAAUAUGAUGUGUCUGGCCUUGGCAUUGCAAUGUAGUGUAUUUAUGUUUUCACUGUUAUUUUGUAUCUGUAAUCUGUAAUUUUUAGUUGUAUGUCUAGAGUAGAAGAAAAUAGGUGACCAACAGAUGAAUAUGUAAAAAUGUCAUAUGGGAAGACAUUCAUUUUUUUUCUUUAAAGGGCAAUUCUAAGCAGUAGUUGUUAUGGUACUCUAAGCACCAAUACUACUACAUGUUGGCGUACACCUCUAGUGGUUGUCAGACAGAAAGCCAGUAGAAGCAUUUCCUUGUAAAAGGAUCACUCUACAGAUUGUGUGCUUUAUAUGUCUGGAGUCUGUUACAUGAUUGGUGUUUUAUGAAAGUCACAGACGGUUUUUUUCCCAGCUACUGUUGGCAUCACAGCACGGGAGUAGGUCUGCCCUUCUCCUUCCUCAACGAUCUGUACUACAGCUAAUUGAGAAGCAUAGGGGAAAAACAGUGAUUGCAUGCUUCUCAAAUGCUUCUCAAAAAGAAGGCUCUGGUUCAAAUAUUUAAAUAGACAAACUAAUAAAAACCCAACUCCAACAGGUGUUGGAUAUGCAAAGAUUACCACUAAAGUUAGUCAUUCAUUUGAGAUUACAAUAAUAGAUACCAUAAAAAUUAUUAUUAUUAUUAUUAUUUUACGUGAAAACAAAACCAGUGAGAAAAAAAACAAGUGACCAGUGAGUGUAAAUUAAAAUCGAAGGAUCCACAAAAACAUUAGCGGGUUUCUAAAUUUGAAUUUACAAACCCAUAUACCUUAUUCACAUUAUAUUUCUAUUGAUACAUACUUAAAGUGAUAUAUUGUAUAUGGAGAAAAGAAUAAUCUUAUAUUAACUGAGACACAAUAACUCCUGAAUGAGUCAAAUGGAUACUGCUAUGUGAUUUCUGAUAAAACAAGGGGGAUCUUAGAAGUGACUAGAAAAUGCAGCAUAUUCCAAACCCCUUUAAGAAAACAUGAAAGUCCUCACUGGUUGGAAAACUAACUAUUAGAUUGUAAAUCGGUUUAACCACAAUAUAAAAAUAAGGUAUAUGGGUUUGUAAAUUCAAAUUUAGAAACUCCCUAAUGUUUUUGUGGAUCAAUUCAUAUUAAUUUACAACGGAUCACUUUUUGUUUUUUCUCACUGGUUUUGUUUUCACGAAAAUUAUGUGUAAUUGUUGGCGUCUCUUUUUAAUUAUUAAAGACUUCAAAUUCAUUUUAAUGGUAUCGCUAUUGUAAUCUCAAAUGAGUGACUAACUCUAGUGGUAAUCUUUGGAUAUCUAACUCCUGCUGGAGUUAGAUUCCUAUUAGUUUGUAUAUUUAAGGGUUAGGCCCUUUAUCACCUACUCUAGUCCAAUUUUGGCAACAGGGUAAUUUGAGUAUUUCAGUCUGUCAGUCAAUGAGAGAGGGUUUGCAAGGGCUGCAGAAUGCAGGUGUGGAGCUUUUUUGCAUGCUGCUUUUAUUUUUACAUACACCCAAAGAUAACUGGUAGAAAACACACGUGCAACUAAACUGAUAAAAAAAAUUUUUUUUUUUUUAAAUAAUUCAAUGUCUUGUCCUUUAAGACCUCCAGAAAUGGAAAGCCUUCAAAUUCGGCAUGAUGAUGCACAACAUGAUGAUUCAAGCAUGUUGGACACCUCUCAUUGAAAAGCAAUGGAUUCACUGCUUCUCUAUGAGAAGUACCAGAUUAUCCUAGCACAAAGAUCGCCAUGCAGUGCUUAUGUAUGACAAGUAUUGAAGUAUUGAUUCAAUGCAUCUCUAUGAGGAGAUGCUGAUUGGCCAGGACUGUAUGUGCUGGCUCUUACCCUGAUCUGCCUCCUUAAAAAGCAGAGCCAAUCCAAUGCUUUCCUAUUAGAAAGCAUUGUGAUUGGCUUUGAUCAACAGUUCUGAUGAUGUUAGCCAAACAGGCAGAUCAGGGGCUGAGCCAGCAGCAGCAGACUGGAAUAAAUGUAAGAUUUACCAUAUUUAGAGGGGCAAGGUGGGUCAGGGGGGCUAGAUGGUGUUUUUAACACUAUAGGGUCAGGAAUGCUUGUCUGUGUUCCUGACCCUAUAGUGUUCCUUUAAAUAUUAAUUUUAGUUUGCUAGGAAUGUCCAGGUAUGAGGGAUAUAUCUUCUACACAAAUUUAUUGGUAAUAAAUAUGUAACUAUAAAUAAGUGGUUCUAGCUGUAAAAUUUGCUUCAACUUGAGAAUUAUUGUAUAAGCUUUUGAAAUUAUUUAAUAUUAAAGUGUUUAUGUGUGUGUGUGUGUGUGUGUGUGUGUGUGUGUGUGUGUGUGUGUGUGUGUGUGUGUAUAUAUAUAUAUAUAUAUAUAUAUAUAUAUAUAUAUAUAUAAAUAUAAAUUUUUUGCAUGUUUUUAAAAUUUUAACGGAAAAUGAUUUAAUUUUUUAACAAAAAUAUAAAAUUAUUUGAAAUGCUUAUACAAAAAUAUUCAGUUGUGGCCAUUGUCUUUUAAGCAAUGGUCACCAGGUAUAACUGCGACACCAUAAAUCAGAAUUCACAUUAACGGCAGUCCCCCCCCAAAAAAAGGUUACUUUUAUAUUUCAUAUAACAUCUGUAAAGGCACCACCUCUUUUGGUAUAAGACUACGGAGUUUAAAACCUAUUGUUUCACUCUGACAUCAAUUAUACUAACUCAUGAUAUAGAUUAUAGUGUUUUAUGCUUUAUAAGUCUGUCCCAAACACUGUAUGGGUGUAUGUAUCGUGUAAAACAUGUAAAAACAAAAGCCCUAAAUUACAGUGCUUGUUAAAAGCAUGUCUGGUUUAUGUAAUUCAACUACAGAGGCCUAUGUGCGUUAAAGGCUUUAAACUAAGAAAUUCUUAUACAGUGAAGUAGUCAUUACCCUUCUACAUUUUAAAUCCCAAAUAAAAAAUCCAUCCCCUCCUUUAUAUAACCCACAUUAAUGCCAUGCAUAAUGUUAGGGAAAUAAGAUUUAUGAUUCUGUUACCAAAUGCAGACAAGAUGCAAUAUAUUAUGAACAUGGCGAUUAGUGACUUAUACAGCAGAACCUCUCAUAUAGAAGGGACAGGGCCUAAUCGUCAAACUGGUUAGACAUAAAGCACUGAAGAGAAAUCUUCCAUACAAACAUUAAGCUUUCUGCAUUACCAAAUACACUAUAAUAGGCCAUGGCUGAUUUGGUCUUACUCUUAGAUUGCCACAGACCUAUGUGGUACUGGGUGUGCUCAAGUGUAUUAUUAUUUUAGAUAUGUGCAUAAUAAGAAUUUUCAGUUCUUAUGAAAUUCAAUAAAAAUGUAAGUUUGGUUGUAUUGCUGGAGAAUGGAAAACACAUCUGUAGUGGUUUCAAACUGCUAAAAAAUAAAAAAACUGAACUACUGGACCAAUCAUCACGUAGUCCUAGGGAAUGUUUGACCAUCCUAUCAUUUGUCAAUUUCAAUUGCAAAAUUAGACCAAUCUAAGACACCCUGUCACCUUUUCAUAAUUUACAGAUGUUGGAAAACCGAAUGUGAAACCGUGAACUAGCAUUGUUUUGUUGGUUGUUUUAAUUCAGGUUGUGUUUAAAGAGAGUUAGUAGCUGGUGAUAGAAUGAUAGAGAGAGAAGACUUAGAAGAGAUUAGUGAGAAUUCAUUUUAUCGGUAGCUCAGUUUUUAAUUUUUUAGCAGUUUAAAACCACUACAGAUGUGUUUUCCAUUCUCCAGCAAUUCAACCAAACUUCAAUUUUCAUUGAACUUCAUAUGAAUUGAAAAUUCUUAUUAUGCACAUAUAGAAAUAUACGUAUUGCCGAGCCUUAGAGGGGUUGGACUUAACAUGUAUAUAUAGACUGGUCAAAUACAAGGCAAGGUCAGGGAUACAAAAUGAGAUGGGUAUGUGAAGACAGGUCAAUAGAUCAAGGAUACCAGAAAUAAGAAUAUUCGACAACAAGCCGAGGUCAGAAUAGCCAAACAGAAAUACAAGUUAAACGUACACUCUGAUUACCAGUAAAUGGAAACCACGACAGGGCACUGAUAAAAACCUAAUGUGGGUUUAAAUAGCUGAUGGAUGGCAGUGAUUGGCCACAAAUGACCAUGAUGUAUGUUUACGUCAAUUAUGUCAGGAGUGGAGGUGGAGCUAUAAACACAGUCCGUUGUGAGGUGGCCAGCAUCUGUUAGAAUGCCACGCUGACAAGGAACCCCAUGGGAGGCGGAAUGGAUUAGCAUCCGUUGUAAGGUAGGAGGUCCACUAAGGUUGUGGACAUGCAGAUCGGCUGCAGUCACAUGAUAGGGCGGUUACAAAAGGUAUAAUUGAAUUUUAGGUGAGUUGGCCUUUAUUAAGGGAUUGGUUGGCCUGGCUUGCUUUCCGCAGAAUUAUUGUGUACUCUAGAUAACUAGAAUCUAGGUGAGCAAAAUAUGUGGUGGUUAGAUGUAAAAAUGCACUUUUAACACUACUUAACAUUUAAUAGUUAUCUUACAAUGAGCCUUUGGACACCAUUCAUACAUUUUUUGCCAAACUGUUUUCAGGCAGUUUGACAAAAAAACAGGCUCUCCUGAUAUAUAAAUCUUUUCUUCUGUGACUUUGUGUACAUAGUUCACGGACUCAUAUUCUGCCCAAAGAUAACCAGCCUGAGACCGCAUUGAUCGGCUGUGAGAGCCAUAGGGGUUAUGGCUCUUUAAGUGUCCUUCAAACCCAAAUUCCUAAACUAUAGACAGGGACUUUUGAUAUUGACAUUAAGGUCAAUAGAAGAAGGUCUUCUGUGUCUGGUUAUCUAGGUUCACACUAUGAUUCUACUUUACCUGUUCAUCGUAACUAGGAUUAGUAUUUGACUAUUUUACUUUGCCACUUAAUAGCCCACUGUACAUCCAUUGAAACCACCAUAUUUUGUCUUGGCAAUCCCAAUGCAAAUCAAGCUUCAACCAUGAAUGUUCUCACGGGUAAAUAAUUUUCUACAAUGAUCUUAAGUGAGCGGUCUGACUGCCUGGUUUUGGUGUCGCACCAGCAUGUUUGCCAGUGUGAUGGACUCAGAAUUUAAGCCAGUCACCCAGAUGGGGAUCACAUUGAACGGCAUAUUGAAAUGUGUUUAAAGAGCUCAUGAUGCAGAUCUUCAGGCUACGUUUCCUUCUAAUAAAGGAAACAAAUAAAAUAAACAUCUAAAUAAAUAUUAAACAAAAUAUAUUACACUGCUGUAGAGUGAAAAAUCUGCAUGCUCUUAAGUAUUCAUGCAAGCUAACAGCAUUUAUUGUGCCAAAAUAAACAUUGGUUUUCCUUUUUAGAUCCUGUCUAUAGAAAUAAUAAAACACAAGGCUUUUGCUUGUCUAUUAUAAGAUUUCCUUACAAACAGCCCAUCUUUGCUUAGCAUAUUUGGUUUGUUCAAAGCAUUUCUAUUUAUCCGGCAUGUGACACCUUUUUAUUCUAACUCCUCACUAGUCUCUCACGCAAGUCUAAUUCAUUACCUUCAGUUAGUGUCGAGCUGGGCAGAGAAUUGCUUCCUACCAGAUUGCAUCUUUUAAGGGACACUAUAGUCACGAGAACAACUCCAUCUUAAUGCAGUGGUUCUAGUGUCUAUAGCCUGUCCCUGCAGGCUUUUUAAUGUAAACACUGCCUUUUUACUACUGCCUAGAAACACCUCUAGUGGCAGUCACUCAGACACCAAUAGAGGUGCUUCCUGGGUUCAGGAUUUCCAUACUCUGCAUGUAGACGCAGAAUGCUCCCCAUAGAGUAGCAUUUAUUAACUGCAUCUCUAUGAGGAGAUGCUGAUUGGUGCAGAGCUGUGUUUUGCCGCACAUGCACAAUAACCUCCCAAUGCUUUCCUGUGGGAGAUCAUCAAGUUUAGCGGAAUGUGGACAGGGUCAGCCACAACGAGACCCAUGCAGAGCAGGAAAAAAGGUAACUAUGUUUGUGUUCCUGAUGCUGUAGUGUUCCAUUAAAGGGAUUCUCUAUGCAUCAUACAGACUCAAGUCACAUGGUUUGAUCAUAUGACCAACAAGUUUCUAACAUUCUGCCAAAUUACCCAACAGAGCAGCUAUAGCUCCAGUUGUUGGGGGGACUGGGGUAAACAGGCCACCCAACCACUCCAAUUUCAGUGAGACAGUCCAAGUUUUGGGGUCUUGCCAUCCUGAAGUAGUUCUUCGGUGUCCAACAUCUAGGGACACCAGGAAAACUGUUCCCAGGUAGCACAGUGAAAGCACCUCAUUACUGGUGCUUGUACUGUGAAUGGGCAAGAAGACCCUGCAGAGAAUGCUACAGCUGCACUCUCUGCUUGGUCCUGUGGGUUGAUGGCCUGCCAGACAGGUCCCUUCAGUAGGCAUGCCCACCUAUUAUGGGUUUCACCAGUGAUUUAAGCGGUGUGCACCUUUAGGCCCAUAAACUGUCCCGGUCUCGUACCUCCCAAUAUUGAGAUGUGAUGGGCGUGCACGAAGAUACAACCACUAUGGCGGGAUGUGGGGGACCUGUUGACUGACCUACUGGAUAGACUUAGAUCCCUGAGCCUUUCUUCUGGCCAGAUCUGUGGACGGCAUGUCGAACAGAAACAACAAACUAAUGAGCAAAGUCGCCCUGACGACCAGAAGGGCCAUAGCGGCAAAAUAGUUGGAACCUGCCGUCCCCGACAUGACAGAAGUGACACAACUCAUCAAAGAUAAUUAUUUAAUGGAAAAGCUAUCGGCAAUAGUUCACAACAUUACCAAAUCAUUCGAGAGGGUGUGGUCACCCUGGGAAGCGAUGGUAGGGUAACCACCACAGGCAGGGCUCGGGUGCAGUACUCUCGCCUGGGGUUGUUGGGGCAGGGGAUCAGGGAAGAGCAAGUGAUCCCACUCCUCUUUACAAUAAGCCAACCUCUACAAACUUUCCAGAGACAGUUGAUACAUCUUUCCUUUUUUCUUUUCUAUUAGUUUGUUCAGUUCGAUACAUUGUUAUUAUUUAAAGAAAGUCAUGGCGGCAUGUACUGGGCUGCAUAAACAGGGACAUGAUAUUGCAUUUGUACAAUAUUACUGCUCAGUGGAACAGUUUUAGGGCAUAAUAAACCAGCUCUGUCUUUGGUAUACCUUGAAAGUGACUAUUAUGUAUGUAACAAACCACACAGAACUUCUGCAUAAGUUUCCAAUCAAAUGCUUAAUCCUGUAAUGCUUGCCAAUGAAAAAAAGUGUUUAAAAAAAAAAUAAAAUAAAAAAUUAGUGUGUAUAAAGGUAUCAUCAUCCAUUUUUUUUGGUAGUCUCUAAAAUUGUAGAUUUCUGGAAAUAUUUUUUCAAGAAAAGCUUUCUAAUAAACCUAUGGAUAUCAGUAUAUGUAUUAAAAUGUUUAUUAGUACUAGAGGGAGCAAAUGUUAUGCCUUUGUUUAAAACUUCCAUUUCUUUAUUUAUCUGUUAAAAUUUUGUUUGACAAAUUAAAAAUUCCUAUAGAUGGAGUUUCCCUCUUUUUUUUCCUCACAGUCCAGCAUUUGUCCUGCUCUAGUUCCCCUUCUUUCCUACCUCAAGCCCUUUUUGGUAAUUGGGGUUGGGGGGCAGUGAGGGGGGGAGAUUUAGUUCUUUAAAAAUAUAUACUUUUAAAUCAUCUCCUGAUGUAUUAUCUGAUAGCAGCCUACAUCUACUACCAUGUUUAGGAGUAUUGUGGUUAUUAUAUUUAGAAUUUAGAAUUCUGUGAUUUCUUCUGAACGGGAAAUCUAGAUUCCACUGGAGUGUGUUUUGGUGAUAGUGUUUUUGUACCAUUCACUUAUAUAUUUGUGUAUUGCAACCACUUUUUAAAUCUUGCGGGGGUGGUCCUAAACUGUGACUAGGAUACUAUCGCAUUAGGGAUGCAAAUACAGUUUUGCUCAAAAGUUUGCAUACCCUGGCAGAAAUUGUGAAAUGUUGGCAUUGAUUUUGAAAAUAUUAUUGAUCCUGCAAAUUUUUUUUAUUUUAUUAAAGGAUAGUGAUCAUAUGAAGCCACUUAUUAUCACAUAGCUGUUUGGCUCCUUUUUAAAUCAUAAUGAUAACAGAAAUCACCCAAAUUCUCCUGCUCUAAUGUUUACAUAUCCUUGAUUGUUUGGCCUUGUUACAGACACACAAGGUGACACACACAAGUUAAAAUAACAAUUAAAGCUAAUUUCCCACACCUGUGGCUUUUUAAAUUGCAAUUAAUGUUGGUGUAUAAAUAAUCAAUGAGUUUGUUCGCUCUCACGUGGAUGCACUGAGCAGGGUAGAUCCUGAGCCAUGGGUAGUAGAAAGAACUGUUAAAAGACCUGCGUAACAAGGUAAUGGAACUUUAUAAAUAUGGAAAAUGAUAUAAAAAGAUAUCCAAAGCAUUGGAAAUGCCUGGUAAUACUGUUCAAUCACUAAUUAAGAAGUGGAAAAUUUGGGGAUCUCUUGAUGCCAAGCCAAGGUCAGGUAGUCCUAGAAAGAUUUCAGCCACAACUGCCAGAAGAAUUGUUCGGGAUACAAAGAAAAACCCACAGGUAAUCUCAGGAGAAAUACAGGCUGCUCUGGAAAUAGAUCAUGUGGUUGUUUCAAGGAGCACAAUACGACAAUACUUGAAUAAAAAUGAGCUGCAUGGUCAGAUUACCAGAAAGAAGCCUUUACUGCACCAAUGCCACAAAAAAGCCCGGUUACGAUAUGCUCAACAACAUCUUGACAGGCCUCACUGCUUCCGGCACACUGUAAUUUGGAGUGACAAGACCAAAUACACAGUAUUAAGAACUAAGGGUAUGCAGACAUUUUUAACAGGGGUCAUUUCAUUUUAUCUUUGUUGCCAUGUUUUGUUUUAUGAAUGUGCCAUUCUGUUAUAACCUACAGUUAAGAGAUGAUACUUUCUGCCAGUCUAGUUCAGGGGCUGCUAUUCGGAUUUUUACCUACUUACACUAUUUUUCAAUAUUUCAUCCCAGCAAAUACUGCAGAAAUCUUACUAGGGUAACUAAAAAACAAAUUGAUAGAAUUAGUAACACUUUUACAAUUCUAUCUUUAUAUAACAAUGACAUAUGACAGUGUUUCUUUAACCCCUUAAGGACACAUGACAUGUGUGACAUGUCAUGAUUCCCUUUUAUUCCAGAAGUUUGGUCCUUAAGGGGUUAAGGGAGAUAAAAAAUAAAAAAAUCAAUUGCAGAUUGCUGAUAACAGCUGUUCUAUCCGCUUGUAUUAAUAUUGCCUGUUAAGUUUUCUCCAUGGUUUUCAUGAUGAGAUAACUUAAUUUAGUGAAGUGCUUGUUGUCACAUUGGUUAUGUAGCUCCUCUCAGUAAUGAAUCACAGCUUUAUGCCACCAGUUCCCAUAAUUACUCUUAUGUUUAAAUCUUGGGUCAAGUAGAAGUUUGAUCUAAAGUAUUAAACAGGACAAUAUAAAAUAUUGUCUUAAAUUUAUAUCAUGACGCAUAAAGGGUUUUGUGCCAAUGUACUUAAGGAUUGUAAAUGAAGAACCACUACACUGAAAGCAUUUUAAUGAAAGGACAAUAGAAUAUAUAUGUAUGAAUCCAGGUCUCAAGACUAAAGGGGAUCCGAAGUUCGGUGCCAUCUUGAUGAAAAUUUGUAUUUAUAUACUUUUUGUCCUAUGUGGACAUGGGUAAAUUGAUAAUAGUUCCUGCUUCUCAAUGCCCACUGUUUCGCUUUUAAAGGGAAACUAUAGUGCUAGACAAAACAAACUUGAUUUUUCGGCAAUGGCCACGCUAGCAUUAGGAUUUCCCCAUAGGAAAACACUAUGGGGUUUUGGGUGAUGCUGGACAUCCCCAUGCAUAAUAUGAGGAUGCCAAGCAUCAGUUAGGCGAAAUAAACAUAGGGUUCUGCAUACAAUAGUGUUGGAACCAGGGCCGUCUUUAACUUGGGGCAAAUGGGGCCCCGGGCACUCCUUGGGGGCUCCAGAGCAGCUGCCCCGUGGGCCCCGCUACCCUCCACGUUUAAUUUAUAUCCCCAUGGCCAGCCACUGCAACUGGGCGCCCCACAUUAAGGAGGCCCACCGGGUGGCCCAUGCACUAAGGGACACCCGGUGGGCAUUUGUAAGCAGGGGCCCGGUUGCACGCGGUGGCCCUUCAACAGCGCGAACGAAUGCCUUGACGGCCACAAGUCACUUCCUCCCACUAAGGAGUAGAGGAGCCGUGCAAGAGAAAUGGAGGAGGCAAAUGUGUGUCAGGUCGUGUACCUGUUUGUAUAUGUAUUGGUGUGUGUAUCUGCGUCAAUCUGUGUGUCUGCGUCUGCAUGUGUCUCAGUGUGUGUGUUCGGGUAUCACAGUGUGUGUGUGGCAGGGUCUGUGUGUAUGUGCAUACAGCUCAAUAUUUAAAAUGCCAACACUACACAAAAAUAUUCCAGUGCAUUGAAACGUCAUCACUACAUACAAACACACUUUUGUAUUUUACACCGUAAUUAGAUAUCAAUAAACCCCUGCAUUCGGAAACCAACACUACACAUAAAUGCAUACUUACAUUCAAAAUGCCAGCAACACAUUCAAACACACCCCUACAUUCACACAAACAUACUCCAUACAAAAACAUGCUUACAUUCAAACACUGCUCAAUGCUAAACUCAACCCUGCAAGCAUGGAAAAAUGGUAGAUCCCCAGCUGUCAAAGUAUUGUUAGAGUUGCACGACAGAUAGGAAUCUACCUUUUGGCCACUCUUGCGGUAGGGGGGCCCAAAACAAUUCUCGCAUUAGGGCCCUUUCUACUUUAGUUCUUCCACUGCAUUGGGGUGGAUAGUGUGAUUGCAUGCCAGUGAGUGGGAGGGGGCAGGUUCCAGGGGGCCCAAGAAAAUAGUUGCCCAGGGUCCAGUCAAUAUUAAAAGAUGUCCCUCAGCCCUGGUUGGAACAUACUGGAUUAAAAUAAAGACACAGCACGUUUUAAAAUAAAUGGUUAGCAUUAAUAAGCAAUAGCACACUCUAGCACAAUGCAUUGUGGACUAUGUUUCCCAUGAUGCUCAGCUGAGCUCUACAGACUGGACAAGUGUUAUUUGAAAACAAUUGGUUUGAUUUAAAUUUUUUUUUUUAAAUGAUUUAAUAUUUUUGGAGACACUUGUGAAAUGGCUUCAUGUUUUGAAAAAUAUUUUUAUAUUUUUGAUAUAUUGACAUAUUUAUAGAUAGGCUAUGUUUUUUUGAUAUUUUUCUUCCCAAAUGUAAUUUCUACCGAAUUUUUAAAAUAUUAAAAAACAUUUUUUUCUAAAGUAUAGCCAAAUAUAAAAAAUAUAUCAAAAAUAUUAAGCCGAGGCAAUUGUCGGCAAAUGAAAUGCAAACUUUAUUCACUAGACCAUGUAAAAUGUAUUUCUUUGAGUCUCUCUACAAAUAACCAUUCUCCCAUGUUUGUAUGAAACUGAUACAUGCCAUCCUUUUUUUUUUUUUUUUAAAUGUCUUUUUUUAAUUCUUUUUUUGUCGUGUGGAAGUAGUACAUAAGCACAGAGUCUGCCACAACAGCUGAGAUAGGUCAUAAUGAGUGAUACAUUUGUAUGGCAGAGUAAUAAAGAUGAUUAUACAGCACUUUUUUUUGUUCUGUGAACAGAAUGUGAUCAGGCAUGUUGGAGAUUGAGUAAUUUUUUAGUUAAACUAGACAUGUCAAUGCUCAUAAGGAAAGCCAAGCUUAGAAUUGUGGUUCUGGGUCUAGUUGCUGAGCUAAGAUGUUAUGGCUAUGGGUAAGUAGUGUUGGGAACUCAGGACCAGGUUCCUAAUAAAACAAUGAUUCUCAGAACUUUGGUCAGGGGCCGUUGCUGAAGGGAAAUGUCUGCAUUUAGAUGGCAUGAUAACCGUGUGUGAGUGCUAGGAGGUAUAUUUGGUAAAUCUGCCCUUAGGGGGAUCCCGGUUUGCCAGGUGGGAGCAUUUAGGAGGCUCUAUUAAUCGGGCUUUAACUUAAGCAGAACUAAAAUGUAAAUGAAAAACAACGCAUAAACAAACAGUCUUAUCAUUGGCAUCUGAAGAGACCAGUUAACCGUAAUCACAGUGCAGAACAUGUAGAGUCGCUUUUUCCCUCUGCAGUCAGGUUGACAGGUGGUUCGUUGAUUCGGACCUCGGGAUGAAGGGAGUGAUGCUGUCGGGGUCCCAGGUUCUGUUAGAGGCUUGUGUGUCCGCAGUUGUCAGUCCCAGAAUUGCAAGGAAGGACGGGGCUUCAGCAAGUGAGGGUGUGGGAAGUCCCAUGGUGGUUAGCUAGUAGUGAUCCCAGUGCUUCCCAUCCAUAGCUCAUGCUGGAAGCACAUACUUGUUGAAUCUUGGGAUGACAUGCAGCAUAGUAGGACAUCACAAGCUGCUUGUGAGUGGGUUCUUGAGGGACCUGAGACCCGGUAUAUUCCAUCAAUGACCAUUUUUCUAGCCACUGCUGGGGGUAAUAUAGUUGCCUUCUCGUGUAAUGUGGCAGCUCUCCUGUCAGGACACUUGUUGGGAUGUCGCGGAUUUUAAUGUUGUUGCGUCGGUGACUGUUCUCAAGGGCAUUCAGGUGCAGGGUGAGAGUGUGGUGUGAUUUUUGGAGCUGUUGUACAGAGUCCUGUACAGUGGAUAGGUUGGUGGUGACCUCUGUCAUGUCAACUUCUGUAGAACGUACCUGGUCAUUAGUGCUUUGUAAAUCAGCUCUGACCCUGCGAGUUCCUUCACCAGCAUUUUGUGGAAAUCAUGCAGUAAUAUUUGCAAGUCAAGUUUGGUCACGGGGUGUGAUCCGGGGGUGCUGGUGGUAUGUGGCAUAGGUAGUGUCUCUCCAGCUGGUCAGCGUGGGCCAGCAGAGCGGUAGCUGUCUGGCUUUCCGUCGGGCCCAGUUUGGGCCGCACAGGCCGUUAAUGCACAAGCUGGGUGGAGAUCCAGUGGCUGUGACAGGUGCAUGGCCUUUGUAAACCCCGACGAGGAGCGCCUCAAAGUCGGGCAGUGCUUGUGUGGAGUAGCGUGGGAUUGCGUUUCCGUUUAGGCGGCGUUUUCAAAAAGAAGGGCAUCUAUCGAUGCAGUGUGAGUCCCUUAGUCUGGGUAGGGGUCUGGGGUGUUGGGAUCUGGAGCCUGAGCUGCCUGAAAUGGCUUCAGCUCGGUAGUUGGCCCUGCCUCCCAUGCCUUUUUAAUAGCCCACAAUAUAAAUUAUAAAUACUUGCACUCAUGCUAAAUUUACACAUGCACCUACAAAUAUUACACACUCAGAAACACGUGUUGGCACGAGUUUAAAUUAUAAAAUUCAGAAGCACGGGAGCAGGGCCUGCUCGUCAUGGCUGACAGCUGUGUUUAGUGUGAGCUCCUCACACAAUUCGAGUAAUCAUUAACUUUUUAAAGCAGAGUAACAUCUCAAGGACAGCUAACCUGACUCUGACAGUUGGGGAGCUUUCUGGCACCGGGUUAAAUCAUGUACAUUGCUGCCACAACCCCUUACACCUCCUAAAAAUCAGGUGCCCGCAGCAGCUGACCCCACAGCUUCUCACCUCCAAACCAGAGACCAGUAUGGCGCAAAGCCCCCACUCGGCAGCACCUUCUGCUACACAGAUGCUCCACUGCCGUCCAUGCACCCAGGCAGACAACCGGACUCUGGAGAGCCCAUGGGCCCACGAUCCUGAUAGAUCAGUGGAGAUAAGGCAAGGGCUCCCAUUGAGGCCUCAGCCCGAAAAUCUGCAGUACUUUGGCAUCGUGGACCUCCAUGCUGUCAGCUGCUGAAUAUACAAAGUCUGUACAGAAGCAGACUGGGCUUUCUAAUAAGACCUGGCACGGGGACUGCCUCUGUAUGUUGGAUGAUCCCUGAGUAAUGCCGGUGUUCUGUCAAUGUCACAUCUCUAGGGCCUGGCUUUAAUUUGUUUCAUCUUCGUUGUUUUACCUUCAUUUUAGUCUUAGUUUUUGUUGUGCUACAUACAACCUGACCGUUAACACUCCAGCCAGCCAUGCUGUAUAGUGCCAUGAAGGUAACGCUCAAUUACUUAUUUUUUUAUAGCCAAGGUAUCAACGACAGAGCAACCUUGAUUCCUACCUGGUGGUCCUCUCCAAGAUUUUUUCCCUUCCUUAGUCCUAGCAUGAUGUCAUACUAUAUUGAUUUGCCUAAACAAAAUGUCCAUUACGUAGCUUGAUUUCAUUGCUGCUUAUACUUACAUGUCUACUGACAUAUUUUGCAUGUCCAUGUUUAUUUUACAAAACUUUGUGCACUUUUAAUUCAUGUCAUGAUGAAAUGUGCUUUCCAUUGCAUGCAUUAGCUAUUGUGACAUUACAGGCGAGUUGUAAACUUUUUGCACUGCAAAAAUAAAGAUUUAUAAAAAAAAUAAAAAAAAAAAUUCAGAAGCACACUGAAAAUCUAAAGGUGGCCCUGGUUACACGUUCAUGUCCACAGGAACAUUGUGUAUUAGUUUUGUAUGUCUUUUUUAAAUUUUUUUAUUUAUUUUUAUUUUUAUAUCCCCUCCAAGAUUAAUUUAGCUAGUUCAUUUUGUCAUAUAAAUCCUCCAUUCCCCUUGUUAAAGGUAGCACUGGGACAUUGAAGGUUUCAAUAUCAUCAAAUCUCCGCAGCCCUUUUGUAGUGGCCAAAUUGCUAUUAACCAUUUUAGCCAUACUGUAUUGAUUCGGGCCCUCUGCCAAUGCAUAUGAAAUAUUAAAUGUACAGUCAGGUCAUUUUAAUACAAGCGUUAUAAGGAUAAACCACUAAUACUUUUUACUUUACGUCGCACGGAUCAGUCUGUAUUUUACUUGCUACAAAGGUCCUUCCUUUUAGGCGAGCAUAUUAAUGUCCUUGAAUCCUGAAAUACACAUAACAAGACAUCUAAGGAAACUUUAGUGCUAGUGACCACAGCAGUAAACUCCCUCAGGAAACUGUUCAAAAAAGCUCAGCAUUGUAAGCAUUUCUAUUAAUUUGGAAACAACUCCCUUGGAUUCCUGCUGUGAUAAAAGUUUUUAACCCUUCCUGCUGUGUCAGGAAUCCUGGGGAACAACUCCUUUUUAUUUGUUUAUUUUGAGUCCUCUCCUGUACAUGAGAUUAUGGGAGAGAAAGGAAGCCUCCCAAGCACGUGUUUGCUUGUUUAACCCUUUACCUGCUGAUUAUGUUUGUAUAUAUAUUUCUAAAUUCCAAAGAAGCAAGUAAACUGUUCAUUUGGCCACAGAUUAGUAACUAUUGGUUAGAGACAGUUUGAUUGUCAUUCAGUGUUAAAGAAAAAAUAUUCAGGUGUGACUGUUUUUUUUAAAUGUUUUUUUUUUUUAAAUUUAAUUCAUUGAAAAUAAUUUUUUAAAAAAUGUAAAGGUAUUUUUUGCCCCUUAAAUGGACACUGUAGUCACCUAAACAACUUUAGCUCAAUGAAGCAGUUUUAGUGUAUAGAUCAUGCCUCUCAGGUUUCACAGCUCAAUUCACUGUCAUUUGGGAGUUAAAUCACUUUGUUUCUGUUUAUGCAGCCCUUGUCACACCUCCACUGGCUCUGAUUGGCUCUGAUUAGCCUGCAUGGAAACAAACUGGUUUCACUUUCAAUCAGAUGUAAUUUACCUUAAACAAUUGUUUAAGGUAAAUCACAUCUUGACAGAAUAUCCUUACAUUUCAUCAUUCUUAUUCAUGGUGGGGUUGGGCUUUUUGUGAUUGGAAAAACUACACAGACCCCAAAGAGAGUCCUCUAAUCUGGGAAGACACUUCCUGGGAAGCGCCUGUCUGCCUGUAUCUCUUUCUCUGUGAAUUAAACUUUAAAUCACAUACAAGAGGCUCUUGCAAGGUCUAGCAAGCUAUUAACAUAGCAGGGGAUAAGAAAAUAUAAAUUAAACAGAACUUGCAAUAAAGGAAGGAUAAAUAGGACUCUUUACAGGAAGUGUUAAUGAAGGCUGUGCAAGUGACAUGCAGGGAGGUGUGACUAGGGUUCAUAAAUAAAGUGAUUUAACUCCUAAAAAAAGCAGAGAAUUGAACAGUGAGACUGCUUCAUUAAGCUAAAGUUAUUUUGGUGACUAUAGUGUCCAUUUAAAGCUGGAGCACUGUGCAGACAGGCCUCUCCCAGGAAGUGUCUUCCCAGAUUAGAGGACUCUCUUUGGGGUCUGUGUAGUUUUUCCAAUCACAAAAAGCCCAACCCCACCAUGAAUAUGAAUGAUGAAAUGUAAGGAUAUUCUGUCAAGAUAGAAUUGUCCUUCAAGGGACACUAUAGGCACCCAGACCACUUCAUCUGGAUGCAGUGUCCCUGUUCCCUUAACCCUGCAAUGUAGAAGCUGCAAUGUUUACUUUUCUAGGUUAACACUACCUCUAGUGGCAAUCUAUUAUGCAUGGACAUUAGUUUCCACGAUCAGCUGACACUGGUGGAGGAGGAGUCUGACCCAGCACCGAGCGACAUCAGUGCUGGAAUCAGGUAUGUGUUUAAGGGGUUAUUUAACCUGCUAUAUUGCUCAGGGAGGGGAAAGGAGGAGGAGUUAGGGAACGUGGGAACAGAGGGUUCCUAUUUUGCUAGGAGUACAUCUUUAUACAUCUUUGUGCGCCUAACACUAUAGUCCUCCUUUAAUCGCUGUUGUCAUUUCAGAUUUUUUUUAUUGGCUGUUGCCUACAUAAAGGUUAGGUAUGUGUUAUGGUAUAUUUAUUUAUUUUCUUAUUAUCAUUGGCAUUUACGCAGCACCAACUUAUUCUGCAGCGCUAAGACGAUUAUAAAAUGUUACAGGAACAAUAGGUUGGUAAGGACCUUGCUCAAAUAAGCUUACAUCUAAAUGGCAGAGAAUUGUACUGUGAGAUUUUAAGGUUAUCUAUACAUAAAAACUACUUUAUAAAGUUACAGUGUUGAUGCCUAUAGUAUCUCUUUAAGUAUGUAAACCAAAUGAGAGAUUAGGAUCCAGUUUAUUUAUAGGAAUUGAAUGUGGCCAAUUAGUUAGACUUUACAAUAGUCCUUAUUUGAGGAUUAGUUAGUUUAAUCAAUUUAGGCUUUCUUACAUCCCAAGUGUCCCUAUUAAGGAAUGACACUCCUUACUUCGAUCCCAAAUCCUUUUCUCCAUAUUUUUUAUCCUCAUGUCCCUAUUUUCUUCGGAGCUCCAUAUUGUUGGUGUUUUUGAGUCUAAUAAUUCACAGCAAUGUGUCAUAAAACUAGAAGUGUGUUUAGAAAUCAGUCUGUGUAAAAAAGAUACAUUGUUCUUGUUAUAAGUUACAUUUUAGUCGCAUAAAUUGUUAUUCAUAAGUCACCUAAAACAUCUCCGAACAGCCUGGCGGGCCCUGACCACACACACCUCACUCUCACCCCUAAAAUUAAAGUGUUCCUCUUUGUACAUUUGAAAUGUUGGGAGGUAUGGCUUGAUUUCAAAUACAACUGAAUCAGUUUUGCCAGUAUUUAAAGAAAUCUUAUUUUUAGGAAUCAGUCAUUCAAUCUCUGAGAAAUCAUCCUGUAACACUACCCCAAGUUGUGAUACGUUGUAUUUACUUGUAUAGAUUAAGGUGUCAUCUGCAUACAUGUGCUCAGUUGAUGUUUUGCAUAUGGUACAAAGGUCAGUAAUAAAUAUGGAGAAUAGAAGGGGCAAGAAUUAAACCUUGGUGGACACCACAUUUAUUUAUGAGUGAGUGGGAGAUACUGCUUGCGCUGUACUCAAAUUAAGCCCUGUCACAUAAGCAAGAGUAAAACCAGUUUGUCAGCACAUUUCAAAAUUAUUAUUUUUUUUUUAAACUUGUUUUCCUGGCACUAUAGGGUCUUUAGGUCUCCACCACCCUCAGGGUCCCACUCCCGCUGUGCUGAAGGGCUUAAACGCUUACCUUUCUCCAGCGCCGGGCUCCCUCGGCGCUGGGGAACUCUCCUCCCUCUGCCGACCUCAGCGCUGAAUGCGCAUGCACGGCAAGAGCCGCGCGCACAUUCAAACAGCUCAUAUGAAAGCAUUUCUCAAUGCUUUCCUAUGGAUGUCCAGGAUCUUAUAACUGUGAUUUUCACAGCGAGAAGCGCCUCUAGCGGCUGUCAGUGAGACAGCCACUAGAGACUGGAUUAACCCUAGUGUAAACAUAGCCGUUUCUCUGAAACGGCUAUGUUUACAGCUGCAGGGUUAACACAAGAUUGACCUGGCACCCAGACCACUUCAUUGGGCUGAAGUGGCCUGGGUGCUUAUAGUAGUCCUUUAACAAAGUGGCUCAGGUGUACGUGGUUUGUUAAUGUACACCCACUCCUUCAGGUUUCCCCACAGGAAGUAAUCAGAAGCUGAAAGGUCAGGAGAACAUGGUGGCCAAUUAUUCUGGGAUUAUGAUGCCACAUGUGCCAGCACUGUAAGGAAACGUGCACAAUGUCCACCUGGAAGGAAUGCUCGAACAUGCGUUUGGUUGUAGGUCACUUUAAAAGGCGUUUUAUGGCUGUUUGCCUGCAGUAAGUGUGUUCUAUACACUUCUCUCUUGGCACCAGUUUGCUGUUAUUAAAGAAAAAUGUUAAACAAACAAAUCAAGUCACUAACAUUAUGGCAUUGAUCACACUGUCUUUAAUGAUUAGCUGCACAUUAAUGAUGCCAGUGAGAUAAAACUCAUACCUUUCCUUUUUUUCUUUUCUUCCCAACAACAAUUUUCGCAUUAUGCUCAAAAAAGAUGGCCCUACACCUCAAGAAGAUUUAGUGACACAUUUUUUUCUCCUUAUCAAAUUCAACAGCCAAAAACACUUGAGAAAGCUCUUAAACAUACCGUAUUUUCUGAAAUUAACAAAGUCCCAAAAAUGAUCAAACUUAACAAUGAUCAUUCACAAACAGUAACCACAUUUUUGUAAUUAGAUUUUUGUCAUUUAGAAUUGUUAUAGUCCCCUCAUUUGUCCCAGGAUGCACGUCAUUGGCUUGCCUGUCAAUAACCUUUAGCAUGUGAUAUAAAUGCAAAGUCUGCAAAUUGCCAUUUUGUUUAUUAGAUUUGUCAUGUCAGCAUAUUAAUCUCGUGUUUGUGUGAUAACCAUGAGAAGAGUUAAUCCCUGUCUAAAAUGUGUAACUACAAUGCUGGCCAAAAUUCAGUGUAUGGUUUGAUGAGCCAAUAACCUUUUUUUUAAUUUAUUUAUUUUUUAUUAAUGAACCAAUUUCAAUGAUGCAUACAAGGAAUGCUUAAUAUAUGGAGAUUUGUUUGCCUAGGUACUGAAGGUGACAUCUUUUAAAUGAACUCCAAUGGCCGCCUCGCAAAUUCAGGCUCUUUCUAUUGUAUUGUUCAUAAGAUUAUUUACUGUGAGGUUCUAGUGAUGAAAUGUCUUCAUGGAUAUUCUUCUUGAGCUGCUAAAGUGUACAUAGUUUGUUAAUGUACACCCACUCCACAGGAAGUAAUCAGAAGCUAAAAGGUCAGGUGAACAUGGUGGCCAAUUAUUCUGGGAUUUUCAUGAAAUUAUCUACUCGCUGAACAGUUGUUUCAAGUGGUCAAUUGUAGCCCUGGCUCUAUGGGCAGCAGGCCUAUCCUGUUGAAACCACAUUUCAGGACAAUUUUCUCUUUGCGUUAAAAUGGACCUGCCAUUUUGAAAAUAAAAUUCCACAAUUUUUGCUUGUUUUUCCUUUGUGAAAUUACCCAUAAUGAAUCUCCCAAGGCUCGGUUAUAAUAUGUACCUGUAACAAAAUUUUUUUUAACUACUAACAAAUAAGUUAUUUACCUGUCAAGUCCUACUCUUAAUUUUGUCAGACCCUGUAUUUCCAGCCUUUGCAAAAUUACUGAUAGAAGACGGUUAAACAUUUUUCAGUUGUAAAUGUGUUGAUACUAAACACACAAUUCUGGUGGAAGUUCACAAAGAAUUAUGAAAUUUAAAAAAGCACGGGUUUGUGAUGGAGGUCUAUGGGUUUUAUACUCGUCUUUCAAAGCUAGUUACGUUUUCUUUACAUUUUAAAACAUAUGUCUUCAAGUCUGGGUAUUUUCCUCGCUCAAUGUGUCAUAGCUCUCUCUUUAAAAUAGCACUUUUUAUGCUAUGAAACUUAAUCACACAUAGCUGAACAACUCUACAAUUUGUAUUGUGUGACAGUAAGUGCAGAAUGCCUGACAUUUAGAACACAGAGCUAACAGACAUUUCUUUAAUGGACCUGGAUACUGCUGUUUGAAAACCUUAUCACGUCUUGAACAUGCAUCCAAGCUUGCUAUGAAACACUUUAUUGAAUCGCAUGUAAAUAAAAAUGUACUAUCCUUGAAGACUCAACAUUUUAAGAUAUACUUUGCUAAAUCUAUAUAGGUGCACCUAAUGCUGUAAAGGACUUUCUCCUAUGAUAUUUUAGAAACCCCAUUGUGAUGUUGCAAUUUAAAGGAGUUGGUUUUUGGAACUGGGAACGUCUUGAUGCCAACAGGAAAAUGACCAAUCAGAGGCUUCUUGUAGAGAAGUUUAUGAUUUUGAGCAACGGUAAGCUUUCCAGUUCCUACCCGUGCAAGCUCCAUUGCAUGUGUUUGCAUGAUCAGAGAUCCGUGUGUGACUUUGGAUGGCUCUCUGCUGGUUGUUGCCCAGUAGCCUACCAUCGAGGAAAAAGCAAGUAGAGUCUAGCAAAGUGUGCAUGCCACCUCUGAUAGCUCUGUUGAGCAAACAAACAAAAGGUAACCUUCCCGACUGUCUAAAAGCCGUGGAGGCAUUUCUGCAGUGUUGAUUUCAAAUAGAAAUUGGCAUGUUUAUAAACUGCAAUUAAAAUGAGAUGAUUCUGACACAGAAAACACGUCCCCAAACUAAAGUGCUUUACGUGUGUGGAGUGUUCCUUUAAGCAUAGUAGUAAAACCACAGUAUUUACAGAGACUUUAUGGGCAGUGCUUACUGCAAGCACAUGCCUGGAUCUAUCCUUUCCCUGACAUUCAGUUUCUAUGGUGUGUGUGUGUGUGUGUGUGUGUGUGUGGUGUUAUUUUGCUCCAAUUCCCAAUACUGUAGCAGGCAGUAAUCUAGUGAAUAGUGCUCACAGUAUUUGGAAGGAGUGAAAGGAGCAGAAUAAUAUGUGCCUGUUACAUGGAAUAUAAUGUGAUGUAUAGGGAAAAGUGCACAUCUCUUACUUUGGCCCGUGGACCACUAGGGACGCAGGCCUCCCCACAGGGGAACAUUAGCCAGGUAAACAGCCAGAGUGGAUAUCUGCAGUACUACAUGAAUAACUCCUUUAAAAUAUUUAUUGGCAAAAAGUGUGCAAACAUAUUCUGCUGUGGGUUUGUUUUGGUUUUUUCUCAAUCUUUAUUUAAAUUUUUAUUUUUCCAUUUUUCUCAUAGUUUCAUUUUCUUAAUAUUUGAACAAAAAGAAAAUAAUCGUCAUGGAAUAUAAGGUUGCAGAGUGAACAGAGAAUGUGAAGAAAGCAUACAAAGUUUGGGUUAAAUACAUCAACAUUCUGGGAGGUCUAACGUUUUGUACAAUAUAAACCUUUCUAAAUGGUCAGUCGUGUAUAGUGGGAUUAAAUAUUGAGGUGGAGAUACUGUGGGAAGCAUUUGGGAUGUCGAUAUGUUGGUUCUAUGAACGUUCCGUGUGAUGGUUGCAGAAGUGUAGUAACCGCGAUGAGACAAUAUGUCAUGUACAGGAUUAUCCUCCAUGCUUAGUAGUAGUUUCUAUGGCGAAUAUGAUAGCAGGUGAGUGAAUAUAUGAGGAAAAGUGUAGGGGAAGAGAGGGAGAAGAAUAACAAAACAAAGCAAAAAUAUUAUUCUUUGGAUAUAAGGUUCUACCAGUCCCCAGUGGCAAUAGUCUAGGUACGGUCUUGUCUAAACAUUGUUAGGAGGUGUGGGCUCUCAGGAGCCUCUGUGAUGUAGAUUAGCCAGGGUGUCCACUUUGGGCACAUUUCACUGAGCAUCCCCAUAGGAAUGCAGUCAAUGAUUCCAUAGAGUAGAUCUCCUCAACUUUUGCAAUCCAUUGCCAGAGGGUGUGUACACCAGCCUGUUUCCAAAGUAUCAGGAUCAGGGACUUUGUGUCGAUUAGCAGAUGGAGUGUCAGUGAUUAUUUUUUAUAUAUUUUUUGUGGUAGUGAGCUGUGAUGUAGGAGCAUAGGUAAAGGUUGAAAUUGUAGUGUGGUGUCUGUGAUUUCUUGGAUUUUGGAGUAUAUCAUCUUCCAAAAAGGAGCAAUCGCGGGGCACGACAACUAGAUGUCGAGUACGGUACCCUCUUUGGCCUGCUGUGGAUUUUAUAUGACCAGCAUGACUGUGUGUCUGUCAGGUAUAUUUUGCACCUUGGCAAGAAUGUAAAUAGAUCCCUGAAUUCAUAUACACACUGGCACUCCACUCAAAUACACCCCUGAAUUCACAUACACACUGCCACUCCACUCAAACAUACUUCGCCUUCAUAUGAACUCACUAUUCACACAAAUACAACUCUGCCUUCAUACAUGCUGAUUGUGCACGCAAAUAUACCCAAGUCUUUAAACAUGUUGAUUGUGCAGACAAGUACACCUUUAUAAAUGCUGUACCCUUUUUUUUUUUUUUUUUGGUGGCAUCUAAAAUUUACACAUGCUUAGAAGCUUAGGACUGAUCUUCUAUACUUCUUGAAUCAUGGUGAUUGAUAUCAGCAUUUUUAAUAAAGUCACUAUUUUACCGUUUUAUAAAUGGCUUACAGAGACCUUCUGAAUUUUGGCACAAAAUUCAUACUUUUUUCCUCAUACAAACUGACAAGGUUGGCAAAGGCCUAGAACUCUAUUAAUGUAAUUACAAUACAGAGGUUUGGAACGGUCUUGUAAAUAAUUGAGGCCAACCCACUCUAUUAGAUGAAAUUCAAAGAUUAAUUAUCUUUAUUCGCUUUGGUGUUAGAAGUAAUUUAUCUUAAGAAUUGUGGUGAAAUAUGUGCUGGGACAUGUUAAUGCAGUAUUCAAGCAAUUAUUUCAUUAUUUUACUAUAAUUUCUUAAAAGGACACGUAUAUUAAUAUUAUGUAUUCUCACAGGCUUACUACAAAGUGUCACUGUGGCAUCACAACAAGGAAUGUGCUGUGUAUCUCAGGAAUAAGCAUGUCAAUAUUGUGAUGUUCCUCUUGUAUUUAAUUUCUACUCCAACUUCUGACACCUCCAUCCAUACAUUCUGCUGAAAGUAUUUUUAUUCUGAUUACUAUGAAAGCGUGAAAAUAUAUACUUUAGCUUCAGUUGUAGUGAUGCCUACAUAAUUUUUCAUGGAACUGAAUUACUUUGAAAUUGUCAAAGACAGAGCUUGACUGUAAUUGGGAUAACCUAGGUUACUGCUUAGAGCUCUUGGGUUGGAAGCAAUCCUGCAAAAGUUAUCGACAACUCUCUAAGACAUCCCUGCUGUUCCCUCGCCCAUUCUCAAUAUGGAUUUUGUGUGAAGAGAGGAGGUCCCUCUUUUUUAACUUGGGGCCUUUGCUAUCAUACUCCUCCUCUGUUUGGCACUUUUUGACCCACCUACAAUUUUCAUAACCAAUCAAAAAAUGGUUAAAGGGACACUAUAGUCAACAGAACAACUACAGCUUAUUGAAUUUGUUCUGGUGAGUAGAAUCAUUACCUUCAGGCUUUUUGCUGUAAACACUGUCUUUUCAGAGAAAAUGCAGUGUUUACAUUAGUCUAGUGAUAACUUCACUGGCCACUCCUCAGAUGGCUGUUAGAGAUCCUUCCUGGGUCAUGACUGCCUAUAAUGCAGCCAAACAUUCAGUAUCUCCUCCCUCUGCAUGCAGACUCUGAACUUUCCUCAUAAAGAUUCAUUGAUUCAGUUCAUCUCAAUGAGGAGAUGCUUAUUGGCCAGGGCUGUGUUUGAAUCAUGCUGGCUCUGCCCCUGAUCUGCCUCCUUGUCAGUCUCAGCCAAUCCUAUGGGGAAGCACUGUGAUUGGGUCAGGCUACCACUUCUGAUGAUGUCAGCAGACUGCUUGUUUUUCUGAGUCAAACAGCAUGCAGAGUUACAGUUUCAGGCUUGAAUACUGUAAGAUUUUGCUAUAUUUAUGGAGGCAUGAGGGGCGCAGGGGGGCUAGAUGGUGGUUUUAACACUAUAGGGUAAGGAAUACAUGUUUGUGUCCCUGACCCUUUAAUUCCAUACAGUGACAUGGCUGCGUACUCUCCCAAACAAAUCUUCCUUUUGUCUGAUUGUUAAGAACUAACAGUGCAGGUGAUUCUUAUGUAGGGAUACCCGUUACAUGUAAUAUAAUGGGAUGGAUUAUAAAGAGUUGAAAGAGUGUCAGUUCCUAGUGAGAAUAUGAUUGUAAUUGUCAGAAUGAAGGAAGUUGUUUAUUUGUAUAAAUCCCACCUUUAUCAAGUCUUUAAUGUAUUUAAAACCUCUGUGUGAACUUAUCAUGUUCUAUAACAUUUGCAUAAUUAAGUGUUACUUGUGUUACAGAUGACAUUUUGCUUAGUACAUACCAAAACAUUGCUCCAUCAUCAUAAAGUGCUUUUUUUUUUUUUUUAAACCUUAAUAAAUUAAACAUAAUACAACCUUUGAUCUCCCUUGUGCUUUAGUCCUAAACAUAAUACAACCUUUGAUCUCCCUUGUGCUUUAGAUCAUGUAAAAAAAAUCAAUUUUUUUUGCCCACUACAGGUAGGAUAUAAUUGGUGGGCUUUCGUUUGUUUAAGGGGAAUAUGAAUUUGCUAUUUCUAUGAGCAAUACUACUAAAUGUAUGUGAAUACAAACAUACAAACAGAAUAAUGUAUUCUUAUUGUUAAGAAUUUACCUGAAAGCACGAAUAGUUUUAAAUCGACGAUUAAUUCACCUUUACAUAUUUUUGGAUGAAGAGUCCAUUUGGAUGCUCUCAAUAUUAAAUUGCAGUUAUGUGACUGAUAUUUACUUGUUUUUCUGUUUUCUUUCUUUCUUUUUUUUUUCUUUUCUAAAAACAGAUUUCUCAAGGAAUAGACUGACUGAAGUUCCAGUGGAAGUUUGUCAAUUUGUCUCAUUAGAAGCACUGAAUUUAUAUCAAAAUUGUAUCAAAUUUCUUCCGGAUGCUUUGAUAAAUUUACAAAUGCUUACAUACUUAAACAUAAGGUAUGUUUCUUGCCUUUUCAUCCAUUGUCAAACUUACAUUUUAAUUUUGUAACAAUGCAACAAAUUUUAUAAACCGCUAUUGUUAUAUGUUUAGAUAUUAGUAAUUUGCACGGAGUACAAUGGACAUUCAUAGAACAAUGGUUAUAAGCUCCACUAGUUCCUCAGUAUUACUACACUGAAAUUAUUUUAUCGGAGUGAGCUAUUGACAGGGCUUGGCAGGGAGAGAACUGAGAAGAAUGAAAUUUGAGUGAGCUACUUAAUGGAAUAAGGCAUUAAAGAAACACUGUAGGGUCAGGAACACAAACUUGUAUUCCUGACCCUAUAGUGUUAAAACCACCAUUUAGGUGGCAUGCCCCCCUUAAAAGGUAAUAAAACUUACCUUAUUUCCAGCACCACCCCUGGUGACAUAACCAGAAUUUAUUAUUUCAGCCAAUCCAAUGUUUUUCCAUAAGGAAAGCAUUAUAUUGGCUGAAAUCAGCAAGGAUGCAGGAUGGGUGUGAGGCCAAAUGUCGGCUUAGCCAAUCAACAGCUCCUCAUAGAGAUGCAUUAAAUCAAUGCAUCUCCAUGAAAAAGUUCAGAGUCUCCAUGCAGCACUACCCCAGGAAGCACCUUUAGUAGCCAUCUGAGGAAUGGCGACUGUAGCUGUCCCCAGGGGGCAAUGUAAAUACUGCCUUUUCUCUGAAAAUGGAGCGCUUACAUGAAAAUGCCUGCAGAGUAUAUUCACCAGAACUACUACAUUAAACUGUAGUUGUUCUGGUGACUAUAAUGUCCCUUUAAUCAGACCCUCUGAUCUAACCUUUAUAUUACUUUAAUUUACUUUUAUACUACUAUUACUGCUACUGAUACUACUGCUACUUUACCUUUAUAACAGAAAAGAAUGUAUUGGAAGUCAUAACCUAACCUUUGUGCUAUUUUUUGAUCAUGUGGGAGAUUCGCUUCUCCAUUAUCUAUUUAAACCUGUCCAACCUUUGAUGGUGGCAUUAUGAGAAAAAGAGCAGAGGUAGAGCCAACAAUUAGGUACACUAAGAAAAUGGGGGGUAACCCCAGGUAGAAAUUAUCAAAAAAGAAAAAUAGUGUACCUACGCAGUCUGAAAUAGAAAUCCGAAAUUAUGAUUGACUGUCAAAUCUCAGAGAUACUAGACUAGUUGCUACCAGAGAUAGUAUUAGAUCCAUAAAAUCAAUAAAUUUUAAUUAUAACAAAUCUUAACAUGUGGUGAAUAUGCUUGUGUACAAACAGUGAACAUAUAAAAGGUAUUCGAAAUCCAUACCCUGUUAAAAAAAUGCCUACUAGUAUUAUGAAUUAAUAUAGCAAUGUAAACAAUUAAGCAGGACUGAUUGAGACUGCACAAGAAGAUUGGUAAGAAUGGAGUCCUCACAGUGGAGUCAAUCAGUAGUAAAAAUAAGUUGCUGAGUGGAGAUGAUAGCAAGAUGGUACUUGAUAGUAUAGAGACACUGUCUAAUCUGCCUAAAGAUAACAAUUCAGCAGGACUGAUUGAGACGCAAAAGAAAAAAAAAAAGGAGUAUAUGUCUAUUAGUGUUCCACUUGACACUCACAGAAUACCAUAUACAUAUUAAUCUGUAACAGAAGACAUCUAGAUCGUUUGGCUGGCAGAGAGAAUUACCUCGGUGAAUUCAAUUAACCCCUUGCUGAAUAACUGGAGAUGGUCCACCUUCAUGUACAUAUGGACCUAAUAUUCAACUAAACUACUUGCAAAUUAUGUAGAUUGCAACAGACUCUGUUAAAGCAGUUUUAACAGAAAGUGUAUUUAUAAACUAUUCACUAAAGGAAGGAGAAUUCAAUUUUACACGAGUAAUUCUAACAUGGAACUGUCAUAUUAUUCAAUGCAGGAUGUAAAAAUUAUGCUUAUAAAAACAUUCAUUGAGCCAUGGAGGUUAAAUCAGCAGCUAAUUAUGUGCCAGAGAUACUGUGUGAUGAAAAGAAGAUUUUUAAGGAGGGUUAUGUUGGUCUUAGCAAUUAUAAAAUAAAUAAAUAUAUAUAUAUAACCAAACAGAUUACUUGAUGGUAAAUCAGAGUAGAGGUGUUGCUACAAUUAAGGGUACUUUGUGUCAACUAAAUGUUUCAGUUUAGAUGUAUAUCCCUGCAAUAAUCGUUACUGUGGAAAGUAAGUAUUCAAGCAGAAACUUUACUUUGUUUUAACUCAUAGGGUCAGUGUUGUCACUGAAAAAUAUUUUGUUGUAUUGAGGAGUCAAAACAUCAUAGGGGUAUGCCCAUUAAAUAUCAUUAUGUUAAAUCAUUUUUAUAUGUGCUUAAAGGAAACCAUUAUGUUGAUAUUUGUUAGAAGUUCAAUAAAGUUGAUUAAAAAACUUUGCUCUAUUGACGAGUCAGAUCAUAGGGGUAUAUCCACUAAAUGUCUAAACUUCAGAUCGGUCAUAAUAUACGUUUUUUUAAAAAAAAGAAAAAACUAGAAAUUAUGAUUUAUUGGACAGUCAGUGACGUUAGCGCCAUUAUUGAUGUAUGAAUGGAGUGAAAUUAAACUCUUUAUUAAGACCAUCUGGUGUGAAUGUUUUUAGAUGGUAUUUGUAAUUGAGCAUAUAUGCUGUAAAAUUCUGUGUUUUAAUUGCUGAUAAGUUUUUCCUACAUACUGGAUGCCGCAACUACAGGUCACUUACCUGAGUCCCCGCCGAUGUCCAUCGGCGGUGGUUUCGGGUUGGCAUCGCUCCUCCCAGUAAUCAUGUCAGUCGGUUGGCGCACGCGCAUUAGGUCUCCCCAUAGGAAAGCAUUGAAAUUUUUUUUCAAUGCUUUCCUAUGGGGAAUUGAGCGACGCUGGAGGUCCUCACACAGCGUGAGGACGUCCAGCGACGCUCUAGCAAAGAAAAUCUUUGCUAUGAAUCAGGAAGUGCCGUCUAGUGGCCUCUGUUUGUGUGUGUGUGUGUGUGUGUGUGUGUGCAUGACUGUCUGCCUGUGUUUGUGUGCAUGACUACCUGCCUGUGUUUGUGUGCAUGACUACCUGCCUGUGUUUGUGUGUGUGUGCAUGACUGUCUGCCUGUGUGUGUGUGUUUGUGUAGCUGUCUGCCUGUGUGUGUUUGUGUGGCUGUCUGCCUGUGUGUGUUUGUGUGACUAUCUGCCUGUGUGUGUUUGUGUGACUGUCUGCCUGUGUGUGUGUGUGUGGCUGUGUGUGUGUGGAUGCCUGCCUCUGUGUGUGUGGAUGUCUUCCUGUGUGUGUAUGGCCGUCUGCCUCUGUGUGUGUAUGUGUGUGGCUGUCUGUGUGUGUGUGUGUGUGUUGGACUGUCUGCCUGUGUGUUUUUGUGUGACUAUAUGCCUGUGUGUGUUUGUGUGACUGUCUGCCUGUGUGUGUGGAUGUCUUCCUGUGUGUGUGUGGAUGUCUUCCUGUGUGUGUGUGGAUGUCUUCCUGUGUGUGUGUGUAUGGCUGUCUGCCUGUGUGUGUGACUAUUUGCAUGUAAGUAUGUGUGUGUAAGACUGUGUGCAUGUAAGUAUGUGUGGCUGUGUGUGUGUAAAACUGUGUGUGUGGCUGUCGGCCUGUAAUUGUGUGUGAGUGUUACUGCCUGAUCCUGUGUAUGUGACUAUCUGCCUGCGACUAUGUGCAUGUGGUGGAUUUGACAGUGUAUAUGUAUAACUGUGUGCAUCUGACUGUGGGACUGUGUGCACGUAAUGCUGCAAAAAUAUACACCUGCAUUCCCACAUAGGCCUUAAUGCAUGUUUUUAUCUGAAUUAAAUAACCAUCACACACAGCCAAUAAACCCAGCACAAAUAUCACAUACAACCAAUACACUCCUAUCACACACUGUUAAUACACCCAUUACAAAUAUCACACACAGCCAACACAUAGCAUACAUAUCACACACAGUCAUCACACCUAUCACAUACACAGACAACACAAACAUUACAUCAUACAUGGAUGAUGGAGGGGAGGGGGGGCGCUGUGAAGAUUUUCCGCACAGGAUGCCUAAAGGCCUAAGGCCGGCCCUGCCCACUAUAGCAGGGGUCGCAGCUGUGGCUGGCCCACUGGAGUGAUGGGCCUGCUCCCAUCUGCGACCCCUGCACUCAUGAUAGUUACGCCAUUGCCUGUGCAUAUUGGGCAUCUGUUAGCACGCAUAGCAUGCUGGCAUCUGAUAACCAAUGGGGCAAACCCCACCUAAGUGCCUCCCUCAGCGAAUGGGGAAUUAAGUCAGCGCUGGCAGUUUGAGCUGCAGUGAGAAAUUGGUCUUGGAAUGGGAUUGCAGGUAAAUCUACCCUUUAUUUUUGUAUUUAUUUAUAUUAUUCCAUUCUAUUCUUUUGCUUUUACAUAGGCCUUUACUUCCUCCCACACAUUCAUUUUUUUGUAUACAGAGAUCUGGCUGUGAAAUGGGCUUUCUAUCCAUUCCUAUCUUUCUCUUGGAUAUAAUUAAACCACACUUCUGACAACACAAAAACACAAGGGAGUUAGCAACUCCUUUUUAAAGCCUCUGUGAAUCACUUAAGAAAAUUAUAGUUCGGCUCUGAACACUAUUGUUUUCUUCUCUCUUGCAGUCGGAAUCAACUUUCUUCUCUCCCUGUCUGCCUAUGUGGUCUUCCGCUAAAGGUUUUAAUUGCAAGCAAUAAUAAGCUUGGUUCCUUGCCGGAGGAAAUAGGUCAACUACAGCAGCUAAUGGAACUGGUAUGUCAAUAGUUUCAAUAUAUCUAUCCCCCGCAUUUAUAUUUGGGGGUGUUUGGGCCUCAGGCUGAUGUGUGGGAUUUAAGGUGUGCCAAAUGUAUAAAUAAUCUGGGAGAAAUGAGAACUUUAUCUAAUGAAUUGAAAACUGGUACUUUCUCGUGAAAUAAAGCAGAUCUCUGGCAGUGACUCAUUUAAAAGACCUUUAGGAAAAUCAUUUAAUAUUACAGAUUUGUGGGAAACAGAUGAGUCUAUAAUUUGUUAAACUUUACUAGAAUAUUAAAGGGUCUACUUACUAAAUGGUGUACUGUAGUGAAUUAAAAAAAACACAUUUAAAAUAAAGUAGGCAUUAUACAAAACAUUUGGUACCCACACAACAUUCUUCCUAUACUUACAGUGUAUCCUCAAAUUCAAUUUUCCCAUUAUGUUGUUACAAAUUAGGCAUGGGGGUGGGGGGAAACGUUGACUGAGGUGCUCAGCCUACUUGUUGUGACCGGCAAGGGUUGGGGGGUGGGAGUGAUGUGUUGCGGCGGUACAGUCCAUGAAGUGAUGGCAGCCCACAUUUUUAAAUCGAUCACAUCCUGUGCUCUGGCACAUAGCAGGUCAGAGACAUGGGCUACCAAUUUUCAUUAGCUAAAAUGAGACCCGAGGCUCAAGUCAAGGUCAACACGAACACCAAUACCCCUACAAUGCAAAUAAAUUAUUAAGACUGGGUGCCCCUAAUCAAUUUGCAAACCAGUUUAGUUAUAAUAAUUAUAGUCUAAAAGUUGGGUUACCGGAGAAUUUUCACCUAUAUGCUUUGCAAAUAAAUCGUGUUAUGUUGCUUAGAAAGGACCUUUAAUUUUAGCUAUAAUUCCCGUUUAAAUACAUAGCACAAUACUUUUUAUGCUGGAGAGGUGAGUUUUGCAAAGUCCUGUUUUAUCUCUGUGAUCAUGCAGCUGGAAACUUUUGGCUGCAAACUCCAUUAACAUUCCUACGAGUUGAUGCUCUCUCCAAAGUCCUAAUGAUAUGACUGCAGAGAAUUUAUACAUGCUAGUAAUUAAGAUACUCCGUGAUAAUUAACCUUGUUAUACUGUAAAUGCAUUACUAAGUAGAUUAAAGACUAUGCAUAAAACCCAUUUCUUUAAAACAUGCUUUAUUUAUGAUUCUCCUUAUUUGGUUUCCUGCAGGACAUCAGUUGCAAUGAGAUCACGUCUUUGCCUCAGCAAAUAGGUCUUUUGAAAUCUCUCCGAGAUUUAAAUGUAAGAAGAAAUUAUUUGAAGGUUCUACCUCAAGGUAAGCGUUUAAUAAAAAAAAAAAAUAAAAAAAUAAAAAACUCUUUCAAUAUGGUUAACGUAUUUUAAACAAAGGCAGAGCUAUUUACCAAUGUGAGAAUUGUCAUGAAUUCAAAGUGAAUUUUAAAUUCAAGGCCACAUUUGUCAAACAGUUGACUUAAAACAUUUUUCCGGUAUAGCUAUUUUGAACUUAAAUUUUAAAUUCACUUUAAAUUCUUGACACUCUUGGUUAUACUUCUUAUAAUGUGAAUACUGUGACUGUGCAUUUGUUUCAUGAAAUGUUUUUGUGGUUUGUUAAUUUGUGUAAAAGAUGAAUGAUUAUGUAGUAGGAUAUUAAAAAACAUUUAAAAAACAAAUUGCUUUAUGGACCAAAUUCUCUUUUGCAAUUCCUUCAUUAAUUUUUUGUUAUUUAAUUACAAGAAGGGAACUCUGAACUUCCUCCGUAUGUUUAUUGCUAAUUACUGCUAAUUAGUUUUAAUGUUAAUUUUUACUGUUAAUGUGUAUGAGCUCUUGAUUUAAGAAGUCAUACUGUUGCGAUCGUUAUUGAGAUGUGAUCACAGACCAAUGAUAAGUAAUUACAUUAGCUGUGAUUGUAGUAUUUCCAGAUUUAGCUUACAUACAGAUUUAUUUUUUUGUUUUUUGUUUAACUAACUGAACUAUAUUGCAGUUCAAGGUGAUUCAUUAACGUUUGAAUCGUCAGGAACUCAAUAUGAAUUCCAAUAAUGUUAGAUUGGCUUUUCCCAGUCUUGCUAUUUUAUCCUUAAAUUUAUUCACUUUAACUUCCUGACAAUUCUAAUUUUUGUCACAUGUUUAUUACAAAUUGAUGAAGCAGUGAGCAUACAUUACUUAUCUUAGGGGAAUCUCAUGGAAGGAACGUGCAAUUAUGUCCCAAACCACAAGUCUCUCCCUAGUUUAGGUUGAUUCCACCCAGUUCUAGCCAAUCCUACUCCUCUUUGCAGUGGUUUCACCAAUGUUCCAGGUACCGUAGCAAGUGAAUAGGGUAGAUGGUUCCGAAGUACGUAAUGUUCUUGCUGCUUUGUGAAAACUCCAAACCUUGACUGUUUUGUGUCACCUGCUGGGCAAUAUAAAAUGCAUAAAGAAACACUAUAGUCACCCAGACCUCUUCUUCUCCAUGAAGUGGUCUGGUUGCAGUCACCCUGUCCAUUAAACCCUGCAAUGUAUCUUCUCUAUGAGGAGCACUGAAUUGGACAUCAGCAGAGGCCAUGCUUUCUCCAUGAUGUUGUGGGAGGCGGAGAGGUAAGCAGCCCUGACGGAGUCUCGGCACUCCAAAAAGGUGACUAAAACUGUACAGCUUUGUAUUUCUAAUGCUAUUAUGUAUCUUUAACACUCAUCUAGAGGACAUGCAAUUGUUGUAAUUAAGCUGUUGGCUUUCUUUCUGAAAACAGAGUAACGUUAUAUAAUCUUCACUAUGAUAGAAGAGUUAGCGUGUUAGUCAUUCGGCACUAACUCUUCACUUUUCUUUAUUUAUUUUAGAAAUCGUAGAUCUUCCCUUGGUGAGAUUUGACUUUUCCUGCAAUAAAGUAUUGGUUCUGCCGCUUUGUUUUAGAAAAAUGGUGCAAUUACAAGCAUUGAUACUCGAGAACAACCCCCUUCAAUCACCUCCAGCACAGGUAAGUCUUACAUUUUCUUUUAAAUAGUCUUUUGUGCACUGUCCACAAAAUUUAUGAUGUGACUAUUGAUCAUCUGCCUGGACUGCACACUUCCAAUGUUUCAGGUGCUGUGUUGAUGGAGUUACACAUUACUGUCCAGUCAAAUCUUAGAUCAGCAAGACAGUCUUACUAUAAGGCAUGUCCCCACUAGACACUUCCUCAUCUGUCAAGUCUGUACUGUUCUGACAUUUCAGAGUACAGAGAUAUCUGCUAGCACUUAGUACUGUCUUCUUCAGAAUGGUGAAGAAUUCAAAGACACGGCUGGAUCAAAUCGGAAAUUUACCUUCCCGUUAAACCGAACUGUUGUUUUGUCCAUUUGUUCUAGCUAUACUUCACAUUCCAAGUUUUAAAUGAACAGUAUUCAGUAGUGAAUAGGAUAAAAUAAACAAAUUGCCAAGUGGAUGAGUGGUUUGGUUGACCAGAGGUCUACUUUAGCUGAGGUUGUUCUUAUAACAAAUAUUUUAAGGAGGUCUAAUUAUCCCAGUAAUAGUGCAAUUCUUUUCAUUUUAAUCUUUUUUUAGUUUUUUUAUUGUAUUUAUCUUUUUAUUUUUUUUUAAUCGAUAUGAAGCUUAUUCAAACAUUAGUGACGUGUUUUAGAAACUCAAUAGAAUUUUAGUCUUUGUGAAGGUAUUUCAUGGUUUCAAAGAUCCAUUUUCUGAUUAGAGGCAUUUUUCUAGUUUUCAUUGUGAGAAAAGUAAAAAUUGCUGCACACAUGUUGAUUUGUAUAAUUAGCGUCGAGAUCUCCUGUAGUGUAAAUGUCAGGCGUGACUAGUAUUUAAUGUCCCAUUGCAGAUCAGUGAUUUGAAGUCAGGAAAAAUCUAUGUGUGUUGUUGUACAAGUACCUUUAAUAAUAGACCUGCUCUAUUCACAGUCAGAGCUCCGUAGAAUACUAGAUUUUUCCUAUUUGCAGUAGAACAAAAUGUGUUUAAAAAUGUUUUUUUUUUUAAAUGUUCUGCUCCUAUUUUUAUGACACUCUACUAUUCAAAAGCACUUCUGGUUUUCAUCAACCGUUUCGCUAUAUUAAGGUGUCCAAAAUGCAUCGCAGGACAUAUAUGGAAAAGACAGGAAGAGAAGGGGAAGAUUAUAUUAGGACAUAUUUAUCAUGACAAAAACAACUGUUGUUUUGGGGUAAAAUGCUGAAUAAGAAGUAAUCAUCAUGGAAAGUAGUAUAAUGUCUAAUCUAGAAUAACAGCUCCUUUGCCUUGAUAAAUAAGACUUUGUUCAUUGUGAUGGAUGGCAGUGCCAUACUUAAUGGGACAGUGUCUUAAUUAAUGGAAUUCUUACAAAGGUAAUAGAAUUACCUUGAGGAUAUCACAGUAAAAGUUCCAAUACCUAAUCUGCCUUAUAAUUUAAAAAGGGUAGUAUUCUGGUUAGGUACGUUUUCUGGUAUAUGAUACACACUCCUGUAAUAUUGAAGGGACAUCAGGAAGGCAACAUGGUGCCUAUAUUUCAAUACAAUUAAAUGCAAAACAAUCAAUUUAGGAGAUGAAAAUAAUUAAUUGCAGGCUACACUGCACAUUGCAAAAUAACUUACAAUUGAUCUCCUCUUGUUUUUAAUGUGAACAGACACUGUUGCAAGACAUAUGCCAUACAAUGAUUUUUUCAUACACCUAGUCAACACCAGCAGAAAAAAGAUAUUCGUAGCAGAGUUUAUCGAUAACUGGAGGUCUCAUUGUGAAUAUGGUUUCUCCGUAGUGUCCCUGUCCAGAGACCAUAAUAAUAUAGACAAAAAAUGGUAAAAGCUUUGAAGCCCCAUUCCAGCUCCACAACUUACAUCCCUUCUGGAAAGAGAAUGUCAAACAUAAUAUUUGCAAUUCCUUUCAUUUAUGUACUUAGACCGUGAUUAUAUUAUGUAAUAUGCUUUCUAAAUGAUUCCAUAAUGUUGGAAAAAUGCCCAAGUGAUUUAUCUACAGAAGUCUCAAUUAUGGGAAGUUUGUAGAUAAAACAUUUGGAAUGUAUUAAAUGAUUUAAAACUUAGAAUCCUCACCGUUGAGUGGUUCCAUUUUGAGUGUCUACUCACUUGGCAUUCUUUUUUAUGUAGCUGGAGUGUUUUAUUGUCAUUAUUCUUUGUGGGCUCCUGGCACAAUGAAUCUCCUCAUUAGUGUAUGGAGAUAUGGGACAUGUAUUGCUCUUAAUACAUACACACCUAUAUUUCACUACAAGGUGUUCCUCCUUUCUAAAUGAUUUGGUUUAUAUUUUUUGCCACAUUGCUAUCCAUUCUUUUAUUACAUGUUUAUAGUAUGUACAUCAUGUUUCUCAAAUUUCAGCCUUCAGCACGAUUGAUAUAUUAAAGAGUAAAUCAGUUAAACUUCUUAUUAUUUAAUUUCUGAAGUACUAAUACAUUUCUUUUCCAUAGAGCUCAAUAAAGGUGAAUUAACAUUAUUUGGUGAUAUGUUUUAAAACAAUAAAUAAAGUAAAUAAAAAUAGUUUAAAACCCACAAAAACAUGGGUGCGCUAUAAUGUGUAUGUGAUAAAAUUCCUAUUUCACAUCUCAUUUCUCUCUUUAGAGCAUUGUAAGAUUGUAAGAGUGGUAGCAUGCUUUAUUUAGGUCCCUGUAGAGUCUCUUAAAAUAAAUAAUUCCUGAUUAAAAUAUAGACUAAGCACUGCAUUUUUAAAAGUGUCCACCAUUUAAUCAGCAGUGUUAUAACCCUGCUCCUUUGGGAUUCAUGUACUUACUGGUGUUUAAGUUUAAAGUUUACGUCUCAGUGAUGCAUAAUGUUAAUUUUUGAUAAUAUGCUAAUUACAAAAUCCUAAAAAUCUGUUAUGUAGAUAUAGAGUAAAUGUAUAAUGAAAAUUUGUUUUGAACGAAAAUAAUAAUUUCUUCGUAACAUCAUUCAUUAUUUGCAAUGAAAGGUCAGAACUAGAACAAACGUUCAUAUCUAAUGAGAUGCCAAAAUAAUAAAUGACAGAUGGGGUAUAUACAAAUAUCCAAUUAAACUUCGUUCUGGGUAAAUUACAACUUGUAUUUUAUUAUUAGGGUCUGUAAUCUGUGUGCAUUAAUAUUUCAGAAUUAAAAAUUAGAAUAUCACUUCUCCUGCAGUAAUAGUUCCUCAUUUUCCUAAUUCUGCAAUGUUUACUGAGGUAAACAGUAAUGUGGAUGUUAAGUUAAAAAGUAACAUGUCUUAGUCUGUAUUUCUCUAUGAUACCGGUUCUACCAAAAUCAGUAGUUAUACAAAAAAAAAAAUUAUCUGGCACAAACCCUCAGAUUUAGGGGGAAAAGGAAUAAAAAUAAGAAGGUGGCAUGAGAAAAAUGAACGCAAGCAAUCAUUUAAUAGAUUGUCCAUUAGUACCUGCUCAGGUCUCAGAGUGAGUUUUUGCUAAUGCACCUUUACAGAGAAAACCAGGGCAAGAUGCAUAUGAGAUCCCACCCAGAAAGGUGAGCUGGAUCCAAAAUGCCAGCACGUUACCCUAAAUGCCUUAUUAUGGGCCACACCGUUACUAGUUCUGUUUGGACUCCUUGUUAAGGAACAUCAAACAAUGAAUAUGGCAAGCUACAUUAAAACUAAACCUUUAUUACUCAUAAAUAAAACACGACACGAAUGUCCUGCCAGCAACCAAUCAAUAAAGGUGUUUUUUUUUUUUUUUUUAAACAAAAUUUAUAUAAUAACCAGCUGCUAAAAAGUGAGGCAGAUUUUGUACAAUGUAGCAAUAGCAUCAGAAGGCACAGAUAUAUAUGGUGGUAAUUCAGACCGUAUAGCCCCCAAAGAAAAUAUAGGCUUGUGUCCACCCGGGAGGGUUAUUAAAUCCUCCCUUAGACAUGCCUUUGUGGCCACCUGAACUGAACUUUAAUACUGUAUGAAUCUGUGCUAUACUAAACUACAGUUUCCCUUAAUGAAAUAACUAUUCUAUAGAAAAUAGUAACAGGCAUAAAAAUAUUGAGAAUGCUGCUCAGGCAAUAUGUAGCAAUAUUAUAUAAAUACGGUAAGUAAGACUAGAUAUUACAAUGAAGUGGCUGGACUGGCUAAAAUAGGGCCCUGACAAGCUUAUCGUUGGUCAGGCGGAUCAUCAAGGGUGAAAGACGAUGGAACACACUGGAUUUUAAAUAAGACAGCACCACGUGCCAUAGGUGAGUUUGUUAACCAAAAUAUAAUGAAAAUCAGGUGUGUCAUCGAAGAUGACUACUCAGAUAGAGGGCAUAGAUUGAAUGAAAAUGAAUGGCAUGGGGCUGGAGAAGAAGAGUUUACCAACAUAAGAAAUGCUUUAUGGAUGGGGAUUACCACAAAUGUACCCCCUUGAAAUGCACCAAAACUACUGAAAACCAAUAAAAGAUAUUGAGGACACCAUAACAAUGGUGCAGAAACGAGUGCUCUUUUCAAAGAGUGUUCAAACAAUUUAAACAAUGUAUUAAAUCAAUAAACACAUUUACAACAAAACAACGUUUAGGCCUGUACAUAGAAAGUUGCAUUAAAUGCUUACUCAAGUUGCAGUAGUCAUUUAUUUUAUGUUUCUUCUUAUAGGUUUAA